GGAGGUCACAUGCGCGCAGAGGGUGAACAUCAAGCAAGGGGGACGGCUGCUUGGGGAGCGCUGCCAGGGCCCAGGUGGCCGGUGGGAUUCCCAGCCUGCUAGAAGAGGGGCUUUUGUUAUGGACUAGAUCUGCAAGCCCAGGCAGUACUCGACGUGACAGGGUGUGCAGGCCCCACCGAGCCAUGCAGAGAUCUCAGGGGCAGAGCAACCUCCAUCCGGCUGGGGGGAUGGGACGGGGCUCAGGGAGAGCCCCCCCGAGCCCUGCCAUCCCUCCCAAAAGAGCCAAAGUUGCGACGACUGAGCAGGGAAGCCCUGCUGCUGCUGCGCCGGUCUUCCUGCAGGAGCUGACGGACACAACGGUCAGCAUCGGCCACAGCAUCCUGCUGAAGGUUGUGGUGGCAGGCAGCCCCCAGCCGCACCUGAGCUGGUACAAGGAGAAAGUGCCCAUUGCAUCCACCAAGGAGCAGGAUGGCCAAGAGGAGGAGUAUGGCAGCCUCCGGAUCUGCAGCUGCAAAGCAGCCGACGCCGGGGUCUACAAAUGCAUGGCCAAGAAUGAACAUGGCGAAGCAGUCAGCAGCGCCACCGUGACUGUCGCAGAUAUGGAAGGUACGGGCAAAGUGAAAGGUGGUGGUGGCGGUGGGCAAAGCUGCUCUGCCUGAUCUCUGCACCGGCAGCAAGAAGCUUUCUGAAAGGAUCAAUGAUUGCUGCUCUUCUCAGAGAUGGGUGGCUCCAGGUCUUCAGACCUGUUGAGGGUUGAACCACAGCUAGAGCUUCUCCCUCUUUCCAGCACAGCCCUAGAAGUGGUGAAAUUAUGCCUCAAACCAUUCACAGAGUGAGUCAACACAGCAGUUUCCAAGGAAUGCCUCUGGGAUUAGUGGUGCAAGGGGUCCACUCUGGUUGUUGGCUCUUGGGCAGGCUUGAGCCCCUGCACCUCUUUAGAAGUGUAUCAGAGGCAUGGAACAGCCCUCUGCCGCAGGUAGAGGCAUUGCAGGAAGAAUGGGGGCUUCCUGCAGGCCGUGUUGAAGACUUGUCACCCCGUAAGCAUCUGGGCCUUUUUCCUUGGAUAGAACUGGGCAAAGCAGUGCUGUAGCAGCAGCAGCUAUUAGAUAGAUAGAUAGAUAGAUAGAUAGAUAGAUAGAUAGAUAGAUGAUAGAUAGAUAGAUAGAUAGAUGAUAGAUAGAUAGAUAGAUAGACAGACAGACAGAUAUUAGGACUAAAUUGGAAGCAGGAGCCCCAGAAUCUGUGCACUCCCCAUACUUUUUGUCAUUGCUGGGGUGCAAAUUAAACAUAAGGAAGUGAGUGUCUUUGAGCACAUACAGAGCGGCAAUCCCUAUUUACAGAAGGGCCGUAGCUCAGUGGAACUGCACUUGCUUUGCAUGCAUAAGGUAUCUCCAUGUAGGAAAGCCCAGCCUGAAAUCCCGAAGAGCUGCUGCCAAUCAGUGUAGACAAUACUGAGCAAGAUAGACCACUGGCCUGACUUGUUAUAAGGCAGCUCCAUGUCGUUCCUAAUAACCACAGCUUUCUCUUACAUGUCUGCGAUAAGACUUCCCAGCAGCUCUGAAUCUGGCUGCUGGUGGAAUUUUGAUGUUGAAAUUAGGUAGCAGACCCCUGGAGGACCUAUUAGGGUGCUUUGAAACCUUGCAGGAGAAUUCAGCUUGUGGCGCAGAUAGUAUCAAAGGCUGUGUUUUUAACUGCAACACAAACCUGGCAAAGAUAAGGGGCUCUAGACAGGCACAUCCUUCCUACCCACUACGUGAGCACAGCAAUCCGUAGCAUCUGAAAUCUGAGUCCUUUCAGGAAAUUAAAAAUGCCUCACACUCUGCCGGCACCCUGCCACGUAGGUUGCUUCUGGCACCAUCUUCUGAAUCAUCCUUCCCUCCCAGCAUCCUCCAUAAACUUAAUAUGAUCUGUGGUUCUGCAGUGGUGCUGGGUGCGCAAUAGAAGCUGAAGCUUACCAACCGAAGAUUCCUUCAUCGCGGCUUGCGUCAGAGAUAGGGGAAGGUGGUGGUUUGGGUUAAAGUGGGCCCACUGGGAAGGUGGCGGCAGUACAUAGGCCAGGACUGGCGUGUGCAGAGGCGAUACAUCCUGUUUUUGCAUCGCAGUUCUGUGAUCUCUGCUCAGAUUUAGGGUUAAAGUUGGGGUUCCUGGGUUAGAAAACACAGAGAAAACACCCUUUUCCCUUUAACAGUAUUAAGAGAGGCAUAGAAGGGAAAACACUGCUAGGUGUGGUUUGUUUUUCUGAAUCGGCGUCAAGGACAGGAGAGGCAGAGAACAACCCUUUCAGGCUUGGCAACUCUACUGUUGAUGUGUUAGGGAGGCCCCUGCCAUCUUUGCAGCCUUGGGGUCCCCUCAUUCCUGAAAAAUCCCGUAUUUGUGUUACAAACACAUUUGGCGCCAUCUCUGGGUUGUGUUCUCUGAGCAUCGUCCAAACCACCAGAGAAUCACAUGGCAGCUGUUCCUCUUGGGGAAUUGUUGGCACCGGCACCCAUUUUGUCAGGGAGGUGAAGGUCAUAACCUGGAUGGAUACAGAUACAUCUGGGCCAGGGGAAAAACAACCCUGGCCCUAAUAUGGCCCAAAAGUUUCACGGGGAAUGUGUGGACGGGAGCUUUGUAAAUUUACCCCCCUCCCCCUGUCCCUUGUCCUGUAUCACAUUCAGUGUCUGCAGAGGAAACAAGUAUGUUCAAAUCCUCAAGCUUUGUAUAAUUUAAACAGUCUGGGGAGGCCUACCUUCUUCCUGGGCCUCCUUUGCUAGACACAGGGCCAGAAUGAGCAUCUGGAACACUUGGGUAAAUGCCAAGCUAAAAAGGCCAUGGUAGGAUCUGCCCAUGCUGAGGCAGAUGCCCCUUCAGCCCACUUGCUUGCCUGUUUCCUCCUCUGUGAGCUUCCCUGAGUCUGGGAAGCCACCGGCCAUGUUAAACUGCCCAAAAUGCACCAGCCCACUCCAAGGCAUUGUGGGAAAUUCAAUAUGGCAAGAGAUUCCUCAGAGCCAGGUAAGCUACAGUUUAAGGAGACGACUGACCAGGGGUGGGGAUGAUGGCACCCAACUUCGCAGCUGGCCUGGAUAGGUGAGUAGCAAAUGUUUUGUAACAAGGCCUAACGGUUUCGGUUCCAGAGAUACUGGUAACAGAGAAGAAACAUAGAGGAGUUCAGUCCUACCUGGUUGAGGCAGCCAUUUUUGUUAUGCUGUAGGGUUCCUCACUCACCACCAUAUAAUAUGAUGUGAGGCUAACCGAGCAUAAUGUUGCUUUCCUCCAUGUAAGAGGGAAGGAUCGCAUGGAUUAGGCCUCGGGGUGGAAGGCUCAUCUCUAAUGUUACCUUAUGUGCUUGGUGAUGAAGGGUAUGAAACCUUUUCCUCCCUCACAGGGAGACAACUCCUGCCCACAAAGUUGCUGCUCCUCUGGCUCCCACCCAUUAUGUUCAUUUGUUUGUGAACUUGAAUGCAGUGUGCAAGGAACAAAUGAAUGGUUCUUAUGGGGAAGAACCUACAGCAGGGAAGGGGAACCUGUCGUCCUCCAGACACUGUGACUAUUUCCCAUCAGUCCUAGCCAGUACAGCCAAUGCCCAGGGUUAACGGGAAUUGUAGGCUAGCAGCCUCUUGGAGGGCUAUAGAUCCGCCCCCCCCCCCCAAGUCACUGUUUCUCUUAACGCAAUGUAGGUUUGCAAUGAAGAUUUAAGGCUGCUCUGCUGCCACUGGAGGAAGGAAUUUACUUUGCUUACAGGACAGCUGGGCACACUGCAGACCCCAGGGCUGGUGAGAUUCUGCCCACCCACCAUCCACAUCUCUACAUACAAUUUGGCAUAUAGGUGUUGGUUGUUGUUUGCAAAUGUGUGUCAUGGGCCUGUGCCCUGAGUCUUUUAAAUACCGCCUAGCAAUGCCCCUGCUUUCAAUGUUGCUUAGCAAUUAUCCCAUUCAGGUGUUUUCUGUGUGUAGAGAACCUACACACAGAGGAAGAGAGCAACAGGACUGCACUGCUGGCCUCAGCCCCAACAUAUUGCGUGGCUCUGGCCAUGCCCUCUGGGUACUCGUGCAUGGGCUGUCUGCAUGGGGAAAGUUCCACACCGUAAGAAACCCUGCGCAACCAGGAUCUCUGAUCACGUGGGAGCCUAUGUGUGAACAGCUGUUUGCACAUAGGCUUUCCGUAGGCAGGUGUCUGGACUUCCAAGACACAUAGAAGGUGCCACAUGGAUGCUGGGCGUGAGGUCAGCAAUGUUGUCAUGCUCUGACCCCCACAUAUAUGCUCCUGCAUGCAGGCUUCCUGUAGGCAUCUGGUUGGCCACUGUGAGCCUUUGGCCUGAUCCGGCAGGGCUCUUCUUAAGCACACACAAUGUCUGAGUGGGGACAAGAAAAAGGAAAGUGUUGUUGUUGCUGUUAGUAUGUGGGCCAAUUCAAUUACCACCUCAUGCACAAUCCUCCCAGGACUGGCCCUGGACAUCUUGCCAGUUGCAAGUUGCAUGAGGUGGAGUGCAUGAAGUGAAGGCAGUGCUGCCACUCGGCAGGACCAAGGUGGGGUGGGGUGAGGUGGAUUGAUGGUGGUGGCAGGCAUAAGUGUGCACACACCUGGACCCACAGCUGUCAACUUGGGACAUGCCUACCCCUGCUGCUGCCCUGCCACAUCCUGGUCCCAGCAAGCAGCAUAGAAUCAUAGAAUUGGAAGGGUCAUCUUGUUCAAUUCUCUGCAAUGCAGGAAGAUUUUGCCCAACACGGCGUUCAAACCCACAACCCUGAGCUUCUCAUGUUCUACCAGUUGAGCUAUUCCAGUGGCCCAUUCCAUUUCAUUACCACAAGCCAACAAGACUGGCAGCUUGAUCUUACUUCAGUCCUCACAGCACCCUCCCCUGCACCGCAGGGCAUCAGGCAGGCAGUGGUGGCUGCUGUCUAUUGGGACUGGUAAGGUGUAAUGCAGGAGGCCUGCAGUAGGUGGAGCUAGAGCCAAUGACAGGCAGAGCCAGUUAAUUCUGUUUUGGACUCCACCUGCUGAUUUCUACAAGGGGCAACCAUAAGACCAGUGAAGAGGAUGGCGAUAGCCAGACCCCUGGACUGGUUGCAAGUAAACGCAGGUGAGUGCGAGCUCGAUAAGGGCAGGCUGAAGUUGGUGGGGGCAGUUGCCCAUUUGACCUAAUCAUGGACCGGCUUCCACUGGCACCAGGCUAGCUUUUGGGUGCAGGGCAGGAUGCAAGGUACACACAGCUCUAAUACUUAACCUCUGCUCCAUGCCCUCAGCAUCCACUGCUUGGGUAAACCACCCCACUCUGCCCACAUCUGAUUCGCAAAGUUAGAAGUUGCCCUUUCCUGCCUAUUUUCCUUAAGAACUAUCAUUGUUCAGUGUAGAAGUAGUAAUGUAGACCUAGGUGGUGUGGCACAAUAGGUCUGUGCAUCUGGCUAUUAACCAGAAGGCUGGCAGUUCAAGCCCACCCAGGGAUGGCUGUGGGCUGGAUUCCAGCAUUGCAGGGGGUUGGACCAAAUAAUGACCCUGAGAAUCCCUUCCAACUCUAUGAUUCUAUGAUACUAAUCCAGGGCUUAUACUAAGAGUAUCCCACGGUAUUAGGUAGGGGUCUGGUUGGUACUGAUAAAACAAGAGUCUUCUGGGGGUGGGGGGAAUCCUACUGCUGAUGUCAAUUAGACCACCUUUAUCCAAAAUGUAUGAGUUACCUUUCUGGAUCAGAACCUUUUUCGUUCCUAACCAUGACCAGCCAGAUGCUAUGGAUUGUAAUAGUCUGAGGAAGAAGAGGAUGGGCAUCUCAUUUUGUUUAUGCCACCAACCCCACCCCAUUUUCAACCCAGAGGCAGGACCCAAGUAUGAGGAGGAAAGAAGCACUUUAUUGGGGAUCAGAGAUCCUGCGGACCCCAGCCCAGGUUGCCAGGAAGCUGAAGCUAAAUUGUAGAUAAGGCUUGGCAAUGUUUGUGCAAGCUGAUUUCCCUGUAGCUGUGCACCUACUGUCCAGAUCUUUUGGGGUUUUUUUCUGGAGCCAAUCAAAAGCAGUGCUAGAGCAAAACAAGUACUGUAAUAUUCUGAACAGCGAGUCAUGGCCCCAUCCCUUCUUUAGAACCGAAUGUGUGCUUGUGCAGUUAAACUACGAAUUCUCAUUUGAGAGACAGAGAGAUCUGUGCCCUGUGUGAAAUGCGCUCCCAGGGACUCCCAGCCCCAGAAUUUCUUGUUUAUCAGCAGAAGGAAGGUGCAGCAGAAAGGAAAGACCAACAGCUAUCAUGAUCAGGGACUACAUUGGUCACAUUCGCACCGUACAGUUUAGGGACACUAAUAAUUCCACAUUUGAAGUGAUACAAUUAAGCUUCUUCAUCAUGAUUUGGGCUGGGUGGGAAUGAGUUUUCAUCUAAUCUGCCCGCUUGAAAACCUCCCACAAAAUACUGACAGUCUGGAGGCAGCCCCUGUUUUCCCAAAACACAAUGCCUCCCCCCCAAUGCACUUGUUCUGCAGUACAGUGGGCUAGAAGAAGAAAAUUAUCUGAUGGCCACCAUGUGCUCUUUACCCAGAAUGCCACAGAAUGACAAAACACUUGGGGAUCGCGAUUUAGGAAAAUUGCUAUGGUGGCUGCCAUUGUAGGUGCAGAAACAAAGGUACUCUUGGGCCUUGGCUGGCAUCAUUUCCUGUGAUGUGGUGUCUCCAGGUGGAGAGAGAUGGUGGCUUAGGGAGACAUAGGAAGCUGCCUUCGACCAGGGCAGGCUAUUUGUCCACCCAGCCUGUCUAUGUCUGAUAAUGACUCAGGGUCUCAGAUGGAGGCCCUUCCACCACUACCUACCCCCGAGCCUUUCCAAUGGCGAUGACAGUGCCUGGACCUAGGACCUUCUGCAUGCAAGCCAGGUGUCCUGCCAUGGAGCUGUGAGGCCUCCUCUUGAUUCAAGCCACCUAAACAAGAUCACUGCCUGCAUUGAAAUUCAAGCCAUGGCCUGCUUGGCUCCAGCUGACACUCCUCACCACACUGCUAUGCCACCUCUAUUCAACGUGGCCAAUACCUUAUUGGAGUUUUCAGCCAAAGUCCCUCUCUGGAGCCUGGUUUUAAUUUUUAUUUUAAGCCAGCCCUUUGUGUCCUUGCUAUGUGCACCUUUCUCCUUCGGCCCCUUCCCUUUGGCAGCCGUCAACAGUGCUCUCAUUCCACCGCCCUUCGCUCUCCUCCUGCAGCCUUUCCGCACUAACUCCUCAUUUGCCAAGGACUCACCUGGUCCUUUUCAUCUCUCUCUCUCUCUUUCUGACUUGGUGCCCAGCCUUUUUGUAUCCAUGCUGCAGUGCCAUCCUUGGGGACAAACCUUGCAAGAACACCUAGUCCUCUGCUCUGCUCUGCCUUGCCAACCUUCACAGGUGCUGACUUCAGGGCUGAUUAGCUUAACAAGGGCGGCAGGGAGGGGUUGGCAUGCUGGCACGACUGUCCCCUUCAUAAUUAUGGGAUUGAGGGCCCACUUCCAGUGCCCCCAUACGUGGGACAAGACUGCAUCAUGGCUCUGCAGGAGCAGAGAAGAAAACGUAGCAGCGAGCAACAUUGCUGGUGAGGCUCAGAGUUUCUGUGCCAGGUGAUGAUUGAUCUCCUGGUACCUUUGCCAUUGUCCUACGUAGUUAUACUGGGUGGGUGGAGAUCCCGCAUCUGAGAUAGUUACUCUUUUAAGGAGGGUGACAUGGGGGCCUGAAGUUUUCAGGUGUCAGCACUGGGAGAAUAUUUUUUGGGAGCACAGCAUCAUAGACAAGUCAUUUGCCUGCCUCAAGAGGCUCUACGGAAAGAAGAGGUUUGAAACUGGACAGCUGCCAGGCUGUGGACCACAGCCAGCACAAUAAACUGUGCAGGUAUUUGCCUGGAAGCAAAGGAUCAAAACCACAAUGCUUUAACAUACCCAUAUGCACAUUUGCAAAUCCAUACAUAUCUAUGCACUUGUAUUUUCUGGCUAGCCAUCUUUAUUUGUUCAAAUGUACAUGUGAAAACAGGGACAGAAGUGCAGAAAAGGGGCCUUAGGUUGCAUUAGAACAGGUGCCAAGUUCUCAUUUGGAAAAAAGUGCCUCUGCCUUUCAGUGUUCUGAGGCACCAAAACAGGAUGCAGCUGCAGGGCCUUCUGCCCUUUUCCCUCCGCGAUCCACAUUGCCUAUGCCCUGCUCUUCCCUUUCUUGAUGUGAGGUAGAAUUAGGGUUGAAGCAAAUGUGGAAGAUCUGUGUGACUAGGUUUCUCAUGCUUUCCCUUUAAAGCAAAUGUGUAUGUACAGGGUAUGUACACAUGCAUACAUGCAUAGUCUGACUGGAGCAGUUUUAAUGCUCCCCCUCCCACUGUUUCCCCAGCCUAAUGACUCCUCAAAACCCGUAAUUGACUCUACAGGGUAGGGGAGGCACCCAACUGACCAGGGAUUGCUGUAGCAGAUUUUCUACAUUGGCAGGGGUUGGACCUUUGAUGUCCCUGCCAACUCCAUGAUUCCAUCAUACAGGUACUUGCCUUGUUUCCUUCUGUAGCAAGGGAGGGGGGGUGAGGUACAUAUGGGAAAUAAGACAAGGGAAGAGCUUAAAGAUCCCCACCACUGCACUGAUUGAAAACAGUCCCCCACUUAGCUGUUUUAAAGAGGGUGUGUGUGAAGUGGGAGAUCCAAUUUCAGAUCCUUCUCGCCACAGGUGAGAAGAUGAUCAGUAGGGGAAUCCUGUGAGAGGUACCAUGGUUGGCACCUGUCUCAAGCAUCUUAAGGCAAGUUUUCUGGUCAAAUGGAAGCUGGUUUGAGGAAAAAGUGCUUUGAGGAUUCCUAGGGCUUGUGGCUAAGGUCUUCUAAGUGCAGUUUCACAAACUAGCAGUCGGAGUACAAUGGAGGCAGAGUAAUAUUAACAUGCUCUCAGAAAGGAGGAGAAGGAGCUGGAUCUUCAGAGAGUUGGGCCAAGACAUUUGCUGAAAAGAUGAGACAAGGGGCUCACCCACACAUUUGCUUCACCUGUAUUUUGACUGUAUUGUGUAUUGAUCACUUCUCCCAGCUCGGAGCGCGUUUCUCAAUGUUCUGAAGCUAUGCUUUGUGAAAAUCCAAUCUUGCCCGCUGAAGUGGAUCUUAUCAGAUGCAUAGAAAAUCUGAAGAUUUUGCUUAACUGAGCUUCAGUUCAGCAGCUAAGAUAGGAUUUUAACAAGGAACAGCUGUGGAAAAAUGAGAAAAGCUUUUAUACCUGGGAGAAUUGAUCAGUACACAAGGUAGUCAAUAUAUGUGUCAAGUGAUAGUGUGAAUAAGUCAGAUCAUAAGGGGGGUGGGGGUGGGAGAGAGAUAAGAGUACCAUAUAGUGAAUAUGAGGCUAGCAUGGCUAAGGAGUGAAGUCUAUAAGGUGCAAGAAGUCCUCAGAUCCUUGGCUUUGAGUUCUCCACACCUGCUUGUUCUGAGGCUUUGACAUGAAUCACUCACCCACUCUCUCUGCAACAAGAGAGCUGCUAAUUGUGAGGAGAAAGUUGAGAUUUGCAGGUUUCUGAAAAGAUAGGUCUAUUCCAUGGUAGGCAUGGUGUGCUUUUCUAAGCAGAGACCCCCUCAAUUAACACCAGAAUAAUGAAAACAAUGGAAUAAUCCAGUCUAAUUAGUGUUUCAGUCAAAAGUUAGGUGCUGAUACAGAUCAUGAUAAAAGUGUUGUAGGCGCCAGCACAAAAUGACUGCCAGAAGCAGGGGGGCGGGGGAGUGGCAGCCUUCACAGAAAAGCAUUGAGUUUAAUACAGUGUAGGUCAUGCCUUCUUUAGGGCAAACUGAGACAGUGGGCCUCUCUCUUCAGAAGGUAAUGUAGAAUGACCAUGUGAAAAAGAGAACAGGACAGUGGCACUCUUUAACAUUUAACUUGUCAAUCCAGCUAUACCUGUUGAAAUUCCCUAUGCCUAUUUAGGGUGCAAGAGCCCCACCCUCUUUUGCAUCUGGCCACUCUGGCAUCAUGUGAUGUUGGAAAAUCCAAUGCUUGCUUUUAAAUCCCAGUCUCCUGCUUCUUGAUUUGCCCUUAUGGAUAAACCAACAAGUGUGAUUUACAGGGCAAUUCUAUAUAUGCGUGUUCUCAGAAGUAAGUUCCUUUGAGUUCAGUGGUGCUUACUCUUGGUUGGGGAGGUAUAGGAUUGCAAAAUAUCUGUAAUCGGCCGAUUUGAGCUCUGCUUUGUGGGUAAUAGCACCAGCCACACCAUCCAUUAAGUUACAUUCAGUGGACAUUUAAAGCACAUGACUAUUAUUAUAAAUUUAUUGUUUAGGCACCUUCUAAACAACUGUCUCAAGGUGAAAUACACUGAAGAUAAUUAACAACACAAAUAAAGGAAAUACAUUUAAAGCAAAACUAAAACUUCCACCAAAGAAUCCUGGGAACUGUAGUUUCGCCCUCAAGGAGCUACAAUUCGGCACACCCUUAACAAACUACAGUUCCCAGGAUUCUUUGGGGGAAAGCUUUGUUCUUUAAACGUGUAUUGAAUGUGCUUUAAAUGUGUGGUGUGGCUCUGCCUGAGUUCACCCUGUUCCCUUGUUGACAAAUAACCCCCACCAAACUGUCACUAGAGAAUUAAAAGAGAAAAUUGGAGGGGUACGAGGUGACAAACUUUCCUUUUCCAUCAGAAGGGCCUAUCUAACAGAAAAGUAAAGGUAAAGGGACCCCUGACCAUUAGGGUCCAGUUGUGAGCGACUGUGGGGUUGCAGCGCUCAUCUCGCUUUAUUGGCUGAGCGAGCCGGCAUACAGCUUCCAGGUCAUGUGGCCAGCAUGACUAAGCCGCUUCUGGCGAACCAGAGCAGCGCACAGAAACACUGUUUACCUUCCUGCCGGAGUGGUACCUAUUUAUCUACUUGCACUUUGGCAUGCUUUUGAACUGCUAGGUUGGCAGAACAGCAGAUCUCAGUAAAUGUGUAUCCCAAUGGGUGUGUGUUUGUGCAUGACCAGGAUGUAGGGAUCGGGUGGGGGAAGAACAUGUGUUUAUGUGUGGAUAUCCUGGCAUAUGUGCACUGUAAUUUUGUGCAAGAGUGAGCAGGUUGUGUGUGCAUGUGUUGAAGAAAGGAUUAGGUACAAUGAAAAAGAGGUGGUGGGUUUGUUGCCGUUUCUGUUACCAAAUUUGUGUGUGUGAAGAUUCCCAUAUGUAACAUCCUCUGCCCUAGAGGCCAUGUUUCCUAAUCCUAAAUGUGUAUGGGCUUGUUAUUUAAUAGUGAAAGAUGCCAUAUAUACUAUUUCACAUCCCAUUGCAGACUGUAUUCCAGUGUUGACCCAUGCUGGCAGUCUCUACAUUCUUCUCGGUUAAAUAUUUUUUUAUUUUAUUUUAGUACCCAGGACUAGCUGCCUAGACAGGAGAUUAGGGUUAGCUCUUCUUUGAUCUGCUUUUCCAUGCUACAAACACAGAUAGGCUUCCCACACGCCUUAGAUUAUCAUUGAUCCUCUCUGCACCUGCUGUGCUUGAUCACUUUUCUUUGUUUCAUAUGGUCCGUACUGUUAAAUGCCAACUCAACCUCUGAGCAGUAAGAGACUCCAGGAGUUCCACCACUUAUCCAGUGUUCAGUUUCCAUGGAAUGAAGGUCAACUGUGUGUUUUUAGGCUAUAUGGUUUUAUUUGCACGUAAGUGCAACCUGAGCAUAAGAUGGAGGAGCUCACAGCAUUCACACUUGCUUCUCAAUUAGUUACAGCUCUGAAUCCAACACAGAGCAAAAACAUGUCUCUCUCUCUGCCUCCAGCUCCCAGCUCAGCUCUCACACAUUUCUCUGGCUUUUGUUCUUUGUUUAUGGCACUUACCGUACCUUGACAAAGGAACUGCAUUGGCAAGCUUGCUCUUAUACAUUCCACCGAAUUCCCACACCCAGAUCCCAAGAUUUGGAAGGAGCCCAGACCGAUCCCCCAAACUCCUAAUAAUAUGAUUCAUUAUGUGUUUCCAGCAUUGUCCCUACUGAUAUAAUUGGCUCAAUUUUGCUUUUGUUGACUAACCAGCAUCAGGAUGUUUUUCUAGACUGGAUGCUCACAAGUGUCAAAACUCCCAUUGUGGAGAUCUCUACUAAUAACAUACUGACUUUCAUUGAAGGUGGGCAGGAGUAUGUAUGGGCAAACUACACUAACGCCCCUGCUGCAGAUGUAGCCUCACUUCUAAUGCCCCACAGGUGUUGCAUGUCAUGUUGUGUUGAAACAGUUCGCUGUCCUUCUUCUUCCCCGAGAGAAAGGAAGCUCCAACCACAAUUGGGUGGUUUUUAACCUGCUUCACAGGUUUUAUGUGAGGAUAAAAUGGGAAAACUCCAAGGUUUCCUUUCUCUUUCUUUUAAAAAAAGAAAUCAACUUAUUACCAAGAUGCACAAGGAAAUGACAUAACAAGAGUGAUGAUAGAAAGAUAGAUAGAUGAUAGAUAGAUAGAUGUAGACAGACACACGUACACACAAACACGCACCCCUUCCCUCUGAGUGUUGUAGACCAUAAUAAAAUCUGCUAUUCCCCCCCCCCUUAGAUAUCCACAAAUUAAAAACAGCAAUUUAAAUCCUAAACACUUUGGGGAAAGAGUCUGGGUUACUUAGCCCCAGCAUUUUGCAUUGUGCCCUGGAUCUUCUGCCUCUUCCUCCUCUUUUAAAAAGCCAGCGAUUCAUGUUUUCUCUUUGCUUACAGGGAAGCUGGGUGCACUGUAAAGCACAAUGUUGGGGAUGCCUGAGCCGACAGAUAAAUUAGCACAUGCAAGUGUUAAUGCAAACUUGUGUCCUGGGCCUGUGUCCUAAGUCCUGCUUAGGACUGCUGAAAUACAAAUGCAAAUAUGUGGCUAAUAAACUAAAUAGUUCCAAAGUGAUGCAAAGGUUUUGGAUCCAUCAAGAUUCAUAGUUCAAAAGGCACAACCUCUUUCCAAACAAGUCACUGACAGAAUUUCUAUUCUACAGAUGUGCAUGACUGCCAGGAAGCUAUUAACAUAGCUGGGGAACAGAGUUCGGAUAGCCUGCUUAUUGCAUCCUAUUGGACACUGAACCCAUUUGAGUUCCCACCCUAUCAGUUAGGGAUCUAAAAGCAUGGUUGCACCUCAAGACCAAGAUCAGUAAAAAAGCAUGUGUUUUACAUUAUUGCUCUUUCUCUGCUUUUAAAAUGUCUUCAUGCCAUAGUGCAACCCCCAUUUCUCCUCCUCAUCAGAAGCACAAGCGGAUAAGUGGACUAAAAUCCGGCAUAAGUGGUAGUCAAAAUGGUCGCCUUGCCCCCCAGAUGUGUCAAGCUGAGUGACUUUGGCGCUGUCCAACUGGAAGCACCCCUGGGCCAAGAACAACCCCUCCACAUGCUGCCGGGGGGAGGGGGCGGCACGUCCCAAAUGCAUUGCUAGUCCCAGUUUCUGUGUGACGGCUCUGUCUGUUGCAGCUGUCCAGUCAGUCAGCCUCUCGCUUGGGGUUUGGUGGCUAUUUUUGCGACGGAAUGUGCCAGCCCCUCAGAUUCUAGCGGUGCAGCCAGAGCUUGUGUUACACACCAGGCAGAGGGCAAGUGCCAGGCCCACAAGGGGAGUAAAUAUAGUGCUUACACUAGAACAUUGCACUGAACCCUCCUCAGGCAUCUAGGCUUUUCUCUGAGUGUUGCCGUCUCAUGCCUGAGAACAUGGCCGGCUUCUUCUCUCUCCCCACUCCCACUGGCUCCUGACAUGUUUCACCACCUUUAGGGCAAGGAGUGGGGGAAAGAUGAGGAAGGGUGUCUCCACCAAACACACCCAGUGAAGCUGGCAAUACUCACCCAGAGCCAGUUGUUAUUAUUAUUAUUAUUAUUAUUAUUAGUCAACUUUCACACGAGUCUCAAGGCGACUUACAAACAUGCAAUAAAAACAAUUCAGUGCACUUUGAAUGGGAUUUCAAUCACAUGUUGGCAAAUCCAGGUUGCACAAUUCUAGUUGAUUGAGAGGCCUUGACCCAGAAAUCCGCUUGCCCUAAAGAUGACUUUUUCCGUCAGGAAAAUUGUGGGGGGAAGCCCUGGAAAGUGUUGUGUAUCCCUUGUUUUGAUGCAGAGUUGCCUAACUUCCCUGCAAACAAAUUUUAAUGAAUGUUUAUUAAAUGGCCAACAUUGCCUAAUAUGCCUGCAAACAAAUCAGGAUGUAUGCUCAAUAAACAGGUUGUCUGAAAGUGCCUUUAAAAUGGUUUUUAAAACUAUGCAAAAAGCAUAGAUAAGUUUAAAAACAAUGCAAAAUGAACACCUUAGACCGAGAACUUUUCAUGAAAACGCUGUGCAGUCAAUUGACAGGGUAAAAUAAAGUUACAUCUCUUGAGUUUCUGAAUAGGAGAAUCUGGAGAGAUUUUGAAUAGCAGACAGGGAAAGUGAGAGCUGAAUGAGAUUCUUGUUAUAACUAAUUAUACUCAGAGCAUUUCAGAAGUGCAGCACAGCACUCUGGGGAUAAUCUUUCCCAUUCUGCUCUCCAACUCCAAGGUUAGAAAGGUUUUGGUGCUUUGCUUCCUGGGAAUGGAAAAAAAGGCUUCCUCUCUGGCUCAGAAAAGAAAAAUAUUGGGGCUUGUAAUUCUGGUUCACAAAGCAUAUUAGAAGCAGAGCAACCAGAUGUGGAAGGGGAAGGUGCUCCUGCACCUUUAGUAGUUGUGUGGAAGAGGAAAAUUCAGCAGCACCAGUCAAGGUGCAGGAGCCCUGUCCUAUUUUUCCAUCCAGGGCCAGUCCAAGACAUUUUGCUGCCUGAGGCAAAGGCAAGAUGGUUCCAACUGCCCAGUCACAGCUGACUCAUAGCAGCCUGGCAUUGAAUUCUACCUCAGCACUGGUGAUGAGAGACCGUCCUUCACUGCUCCUGAGAGCAACAGGCUAGUUUCUGGGCCGUGGGGUACACCACAUGGCAUACAUACAGCUUAGCCCUCCGGCAUCUUGCCAUCAUUCUCCCCACUCUCUCAGCAUCCACUGCCUGAAAUGGCUGCUUUUCUCAGCCUAAUGGCAGGGCAGGCACUGCUUCCCACUGGCCACUCUGCUCAGAGGUGGGACUUUCAAAUAAGCCCCAGGACUUGAAAGGGAGGUGGGGAUUGUCCAGAGGCCCUCUGAGUACCUCCAGGGAAGAGAACAACUGCUAGGAAAGGAAGCUGCAAAUGGUCCCUUCAUUGGAAAUUACACUUCAGAAGGGCAGUAUGAGGUCAGGGGCAAGACUCCAACCCUGGGAGGAGGAACAAGGUCCUUGCAGCCAGACAUUUUGACUAGGUAACAAAGCAAGUCAAAAUUUGCCCACUGGGGUCGCCCCUACAAAGGUAGCAGAAGUGAGUUGGGGGCAUUGAAAAUCUAUUGACAGGAAAGCAAAUAUCACUUCAAGUUGCUCCAUGCUUAUAUUCCAUAUGCAACCAGUGCUGUUAUUCUACAUAAGUCCAAAAAAGAGAGGAAAGACUACAGAAUGUGGAAUUGAUCGAAAAGCAUAUUGAGGGCCACAGGUUCCCCUUCCCUUUACUAAGGAAAACCUUCCCUCAGCCUUAGGUCAGAUGCAACAAAGAAGGACAGGGUCCCUGCGCCUUUAAUAAUUGUGCAGAAGAGAGAAUUCAGUAGAUGUAAGCUUCCACGACAAACCAUGGCCACUGAAAUUUCAUCUUCUAUACCACUAUUAAAGGUGCAGGAACACUGUAUUUCUUUUUUUGAACAGAGUUUUAGGGAUCACGGAAAAGUGGUAUGAGGGCAAGGCUUCAUUAAGAGAUGGCCUCGAAGUAACAACCAGUAAUAUAUAAGAAAUGAAGAGGUGUGGCUAGCAGUAGAAAACAAGUUGAAAAGAUAACUCAGAUGCAGUAGUCUUGCAGUACAUCAAGGGUGGGGAACUUUUUCAGUUUGAGGGCUGCAUUCCUUUCUGAAUGACCUUUCAAGGGGCCACAUGUCACUGGUGGGCAGGGCCCGAGGCAAAAGUGGGUGGACCAAUAUUAUUAAUUUUUUUACCUUUGUAUAGUAGGCUACUUUCAACACACACUUGCCUGCCCUGCUCUGCCCAAGCAAGUAAGAGUAUAUUCAGUCUUCAAAGAUGCAUGACAGCCAGGCAAAAACACACACCAAGGAUGUGCCGCAAGGCUGGUGAGGGGUGUGUCUUGUGGAAGGGGGGUAUGGCUGGAGAAGGGGCGUGGCCUGGGGAGAGUAUCUGUGGCUAGAUUGCCUAGAAGAGUGAGUGCAAUUAGACCUGAGCCUCUAUUUAUUUAAGCAUUGGCAGAGCUUUUUCCCCUUCAGCCGGAACUCUUCAGAACCCAGUUCUGGCACCUCUCAGGUGGGCGCCAUUGCCCUUAUAAGAGAACAAGGGAGGCGCUCAUGGUAAGUUCUGGCAUCGCGUGUUGGUAUUCUUCCUUUUAGGGCUAGCUCUGCCAAGGCCACUCCCAGCUUUUGAAGACACCGUUCAUUGCAGCAAAAGCAGUAAAACAACAGGAAAGUCUUAUAGCAGCAAGGGACGGUGCAAGCGCUAAAGGUCCCCUUCCCUACUGCACCACUUGCUGGGGGGGCGGGUUGCUGUAUUGUACCAUGAUAUGGAGCACCAACUCAAAGUAGCUUUGAUCCUGAAUGUAUGGAACAGCCAGUACUAUGCUCUCAGGAUGGGGGUGGAUGGCUGGCAUGACCACCUUUUAGGGCUGGGCAGGUCCCACUUGACAGAAAAGGAGAGAUGCCACCUAGAUGCUCAGCUGUUCUUUUUGCAAGCCUCUGGCAUUUUGUGUAUUAUGUUUCACUGAUGUUGUCUUGGUGGUUAGUAAUGGUUUGAUGAUGGUGGGUUUUUUUUGUUUUAUUGCUGAUAUUAACACAAUAUGCAAAAUGGAGGGCAUUUCUAUGGUGGUUAAACUGCAUCGAGCACAGUCAGUGUAGAAAAUGGCCUGGAUAGUUAAAUGCUCCCUAACAAAGAAAAGGAAAAAAAUGGCUCUGCACACAGAAAAUAUGUUUGUUGUUUGGGAAGCAGGCUAUAGGCUGAACACUUCUCUCCAGUAUUUUCCUUCUCAAUGUGCAAAAAUUCAAGUAUUUUAACAGGAGGUAGUGAGUUAUUAAACAUGUGAUUUCUCCACUUGCACCCUGUAUGUUCCUGGAAAAAGAGAGAAAAGAUUUACCAUUUGAUUAUGCCGAAAUCAAAUGUAUAAAUUGGCCCCAACACAAACCCCAUGGCAGUAGUUUGUGGCAGAGGCUGGCUGAGUAUGCUCAGGCAGCAAUCGGCGCUCCUGCUGGUUUGAUUGAGUGAGAGCACUUAGCUUCACAUUCAAAAUUAAUGAAUUUUUUAAAAGCCUUUAAAAGCCAUUCAGAACUUUGUGUGUGUGGCCUCUGGUAGCUUGAACUGUUUUGUAAGUUGCAGGCUUGCAGCUGAUGAAAUUGGUCUUGGUUAUGGAAUAAUGGGUGUAGGCCAUAAUAGAUGUAGGCUGGGCACACAGCAAAGAGGACAGGCUGCCUGCACCUUUGUGCAUAAAAAUCUAGCUGAAAUUCACUCUUCUGCACAGAAAAUAUCUUUUAUAUGCCUGUUGUCUUUGUCCAUGGAGUUUUCUUGGCAGGGAUACUGGAGUGGCUUGCCGGUUCCUGCUCCAGAUGGAUCACGUUUGGUCAGAACUCUCCACUAUGACCUGUCCAUCUUGGGUGGCCCUGCACGGCAUAGUUCAUAGCUUCUCUGAGUUAUUCAAGCCCCUUCGCCAUGGCAAGGCAGUGAUCCAUGAAGGGGGCACAGUAAUUAAUGCUGGGGAAAUCUUGCCCACUCUUUCACCUGGCCACCCUGUGAGAUGUAUUGGUCUUUAGUGUGUCGAAAGACAAUUUGUUUAGAAUGUGUAGUCUUAUGUGCACUGUGGCUAAUCUUCUGGUUCUAGUGUUUUGUGACUGGUUUGCAUAUUAUAUUAAACCAUAGUCUAAAACAAACUAUGGUUUUAUGGGAAUAAGGAGCAUGAUGGUGCAUACUGUUCAGAAGCUCCCACGGAGCUCCUUCCCUGCUGUUACUGCUGCAAAGCCAUGAAUGAAACAGGCCAGAGUCUGCUUUUUUGUGUCAUCUGAACCCAGACUCAUGGUUUGUUUCUCUCCAAACAAACCAUAAGUGGUAACCAAGGUUUGUUCUUCACUUACUGACAGUUGUUUGUUUAGGAGAAACAAACCACGAGCCCAGGUUUGGACGAUGUGAUGAGCCAUAUUGUGACUUGUUUCAUUCAUGGUGUGGCAGCAGCUGGAGUGGGAGAGUAGCGCCAUGGGAACUUCUGAGCAUCAUGUACCAGCAUGCUGCUCAUUCACAUUAAAAUUAUGGUUCAUUUUAAGGUUGCCUCUUGUGCAGGUGUUUGUGGCUGAAGAUCAUUAGUAAAUGAUACAUGCUGGUAUCAGGGCUGUCCAAUUUCCCCACCCCUUGUGAUUUUUUAACUGCUGCAUGACAGCCAGUAAACCAGAAGGUGAAACUUUUUACCUGAAGGGACUGAGCUUUUACUAGCUGAAUUUUCACCUACCUGCAGCUGUUAAAGCAGGGAUGGGGAGUCCCAACAACAGCUGGAGGGCUUCAAGUUCCCACCCCCGUGUUAAAAGCUCAGGAGCUCUGCCAGAAAAAACACACACAGAUGUGAGCAUUAGUUGGCACACUCCAUCACCUUGUUCUUGUAAAAGCAGCAGGACAGCAGGCUGUUUCUUAUAGGCUUGUCUGUUGAACGAAAUCUGGUGCCUCCCGGUAUUUUUUGUACUUCUACUGUGCUAAUGGCUUUCACCUUUUGUUCAGCUUGUGCAUAUACAUGUGUUAUGCAUGGAGCUUAAGCCUUUCUGGGACUCCGGCUCACUCCUACGCUUCAGUGUUUGACAGAUGCAAAUAUGUACACUUUCUUUUACAUUACGCAAACCAUGAAUGAAGCAGCAAGCAAGUGGCAUGAGCAAGUACCUAGGUGGUUCUGGGGUUGCUGCAUGCGCUGCAUGCUGAGGAAGUUUGGGUACCUUUUCAUAAUAACAUAACCAUUUUUGCAUUUUUCAAAGCAGCAUUCAGACCUUAACACCAUAGGCUGUGAUUGGAGUAGGAGGUACAUUUCAAGGCACACUGUUCAUUGUAGGUACACAUUUGGUAAAUGUACACUAGACAUUAUUGAUAUAUAGUCUUUAAGUGCAGAUAGGAAGUAUGCAGACACUUUGCUACACGUGAGGCUUGGGACUCAAAGAGACUCUCCCUUAAUGAUUGUUGUUGUUGCGUCGUUUAUUGACUUAUAUACUGCUUAUAUCCCAAAAUGGCUUCUAAGUGGUUUACAGCUAUAAACUCAAUACAUAAUUAAAAUGCACAAUUACAAAGCCAUUGGGGGUAUUAAAGCUUCCUCAGUUAAAAUAUAGAAUAAAACAAACAAUUGAAAAGCAUAACAGUUAAAGAGACAAAACAAUAAAGUCAGGAGCUUGCUGCAGCUCCCCUUCCAUGUUAUUGUUAAACUGCGGCUGGGAAAAUGCCAGGCCAGGCCCGUGUCCCUUGAAGGUCAUGGCACUGCAGGAGGAGAAGAGGCUGUGCUGUGAAUGACACAGCCUAUCUUAAGCAACUUAGCCUUGUGGACAGACACCCAGAGAGCUAAACAAGGGGGGUCAGGUUGCAGUUUGGUCGCUCCCUUCUCCCCUCAAGGCUUCCUAGGCACAAAUAAAGCUGGUGAUGUCAUAGUCAGCACCCUGGCCGGAUCUUUCUCCCCAAGGUGCAGGCCUGGGUACAAGGUGGGACAGGCCACAGCCAGUCUGGGGUCCUUGCCAUGAUGAUGAUAUCAAAGGAAAUCCUGGUGAAGGGAGUGAUCUCCCUGACACUAGUACUCUCUGCAUUAGGCCCUUUUAAAAUUCCUGUCAGCUUAGAAAAUGUCAGCUGCUUCCUUUUUUAGAUGAAAAAAACAUGUUCCCCAAAAUGUGGAAGAGUGGAGGAAAUGAAUAUAUGCAUCCUGUGCACGAAUGUGUGAAAUAUACAGCAAAUGUUCCAACUGUUCUUAUUUAUCAAGAGCAAUCUCUGUUUUCAGGUCCCUGGUAAAUCAUUGUCACUAUUUUGACUGUUUUAGGAGACUGAAGGCUGUUUCCCCCCCCUUAAGAAUUGAAUAAAGGGGUUUGUGACUAACAGGUUUAUUAUGGCACCAGCCUUCAUGGAUCGGAGCCCACGUUUGACAGCUGUAUAAAAUAUCUAUGUUUAUAGACGGGGGUGGGGAGUGGGGAGGAGUCUUGUGAACAGCACAAUCAGUGGGGUAAUAAAAUACAAAAAGUACAAUCUAUGUAAAGCUUAAGUUAUGCAAAGUGACCACAUUCACAACUGCCAUGACAGGGGAUAAUUCCAUCAUCAUAGCCGAAGAAUAAAAAUGUAGUCCAUGUACGUUGGCCUACUUUCCAUUCUGUAGGGUUCAGCUCUCCUCAGGUCACUGAAGGUUAAGCUCUGGCUACAUACACACUCUACAUUUAAAGUGCAUUACUUUCUCCAAAGAAUCCUGCCCAUGUACGUGGGGCUGCCCUUGAAGACGACUCAGAAACUUGAGUUGGUCCACAGUGCAGCAGCCAGAUGCUGGCUGGGGGUCCUUCCAGAUGCUGUGUUUUAAAACAGCUGCAUUGGUUGCUGGUUCAUUUCCAGGCCCGCUUCAAGGUGCUAAUGUUGGUGUUGAAAGCCCUAAAUGACUCAGGCUCCAAAUAAUCUGAUAUUAACUGUUAAAAGCGUUUGCACCCAUAGAUCCUGGGGUUCGAUUAAAAAACCCAAAGUGGUUCCAGAAAGUCUGGCAUCUGCCCACCCCGACUCUAGGGGGAAGGAGUGCCAUUGAUGGGGUGCCACCACAGAUAAGGCCCUUCCCCACAUCACUACUCCAUGCGCUAUGCUUGGUGAUGGGAUCAUGAAGAGGGCUUCCUCUGCAGGCUGCAGCUAAUAGAGGAGAGUUUUAAGUGUUUGGGACCAAAGUCAUUCAGGGAUUUGUAAGUGAGUGACAAAAACCUUGAACUGGUCCCAGUAGCAUAUUGGCAAACCAGUGCAGUUUGAACAGGACCACUCACAAAAGUGGCAGCCACCUUCCACGCUAGCUGCAGGUAGCCCUGCAUGGAAUGUGUUGCAGCCAUCCAAAUAUGAGGUUACCAGAGCACAGGUAACUGUUGCUGAGCUAUUCUAAUCCAAGAAUGCUGGAAUGGUGCUGGAAUGCUGACUGAGCAUUGAAGGAGAAACAAAACUGGGGAGAUGAGAAAUGGAAUGGCUGGAAUGCCAAACAGGAAAAUCUCCAGGCUGCACCAUUUUGUUGUACUUGUUAACCCACAAAAUGCCAGUACGCUUAUUUCUUUCCACACCCAGCCUCCGCAACUGGGUAGCAAAUGUGUCCGGAUGUGCUGCUGCUAUUCUAUAAAUUCAACCAGACUUAUUCUGAAACUUAAUAUUUCAUUCCAACCUCUUUCAGUUUUCAAAACUAUUUCUGGUUACAUACUACAGCAUAUAAAAUCUUCUGGCUGGUUUAGUUUCUUAUUUUCUGUGGCUUCUCUUUACUGGAUAACCUGGAAUCUUUCUUUUUUCUUUGGUGUGCUAUAUAACGUUGCUCCAUUUGGUACUGCAUCGUGGUUAUUAUUGUGGGAGGGGUUCUUUUGUCGAAUUUGUGAUGUUGCAUAACCUGCAAGAAGAAAAGCGAUCAAAUGAAAAUAAAAUGAGAAACUAUUUAUAGUCAGUAAACUCUUACAAUUGGGAAACUAUUGUGUUCAGUUUCUGAAGCUCAUGCUCUGCUUCAAAAACCAGUACCAGGAAGGUGUCUUCAGGGUAAAUGAGUCCAGCAAGUCAAUGUGUAAUGGGGGGAGCACGGAGGGGGGGCUGUGAGAAGAGAGGUGCUCCUGCCUUCCUCUGUGAAAUACUGGGUAUUACAAAACAGGGCAAAUGAGGGUUGCUUGGAUCUGACACUGCGCCCAUAUUGACGUCUGUGUGGAAUUGAAGUGAGCAAGGAGUAGCACAGAGAGGAACUAAUGGGGUCUAGACAAACAUUGAUCAUUUGGCUUUAUCCCCUUUCCAAUUAGUCUGAAAGUGUUGCGUCUUCAGCCCCACUGAGCAUUCUCUUGACGCUAGUUUCAUCCAGCCCACAUUUCUCUUGUGAACAUAUAAAAAUGUCUUAUGCAAAUGGUCCCCUAAAAGCUUUUCAGCCUGCACCGUUGCUUUCGCCUUCUCCAGUAUACUAACCGCCCACAGUUAGGAAAAAACAAUGAGUGCGAAAAGGAUUAGUUUUGCGGAUGUUUUCUUUUUAACAAGUCCGUAGGGAUUCCACUGUAUGUUAUGCUAUCUCCUUCCACCCCCAUUGCUCCUUAAGAAUGCUUCUAGCAUCAAGACACUGGCCCAAUAGCAAACCAACAUGGAGAUUUUUCUGAGACAUUUACUGUUAUCUUUAAAAGGCAGCAGCAACUGCAAAUUUAGCUUCCCAGAAAAGAAAAAUCACCCACAACCUAGUCUUAACUAGAAGAUUGGUGAGCAUUACUGCCCCUGGCAUUUCCUGGUUUCCUUUAGUUUGGGAUGAACUUGAGUUGGGUAGCAAUCCACUUGCUAGAUUUGUGUGAGUGUGUGCCCCCGUUUUUUGCAGUUCUUUUUAUUUUUAAUAAACCAAAAUUGGCCCAGGCAUCUGCUGUCAUUGUGCAAAUGACAGCUUCAUUGAAUAAUAAUUUGGGUGCAUGGUAGUGGUGGGGGCAGAUGGAGAAAUAAACCAGGUCAUGAUGUGUACAGCAAUUUAAAAAUGCUACUUCAAACGCAAAGGGUGGGAAGGGGGAACCAACUGCUGUGUUUUAAGCUGCAAAUCUGUAUAUGCCUUGAGCCUAAUGAGAAGGAAGCUGGCAGGCAGUGCCCCCACCCCCUGGUCUGGCUGUAGGCAAGGAGGCAAGCAGGUGGGGGCUGGCUGAGAGCAGACUGAGGUUGGUGGGGCAGUGCCCCAGCUGCCCUAAUAGAGCAGACACCACUGGGAAUGCACUUGGAUUUAGAGGCUUCAUCAGCUCAUAAAUGACCUCUUUUAAAAAGGGUCACUUUCAGACCUUGGAGUGGAUCCAUUGUUAAUGGACCAGUUAUGAAUUGGACCCUGGGGAGCCUAUGCAGCCAUUGGUUUUCCCCACCUCUGCUUAUUCCCAUUUCUAGCUUCAGAAAUGCAUGUUUUAUAUGAAUUUCCUGCGUGCUUCCAUGAAAUAUUUUUAAAGAAAUGCAUAUCCAUUUAAAUUAUAGUAUUUUUUCCUAGCUUUGCAUCUCUCUCUAUAAAUGAGCAUAUGCAAAAUGUAUGCAAAUCUGCCCCUCCUUUCUCUAUUUUUUGUGAUGCAGUUCCACUCUUUUGGUGUUUGCAGAGCUGAAAUUCCCUCUUCAGUGCAACUAUUAAAGGGGCAGGAGUUCUGUCCUCUCUUUUUCUGGUGCUAGAAAGGCUCAGAAAGUAUGUUUUUAGCUAGAUCUUGGCCUAUUUUAUAUCUUGCCAACAUGACACCUUCAGAUAGGGAUCCCAUGUGUCCAGGCUCUGGACUGAUGUGAAAUAACUGUUCCUUCUUUUCUUUUGGAAAGUACAAAUUCCUUUUCAUUCCCUUUGAGGACUGCACAAUCAGCUUAUCAAAAGCUUGAAGCUGUCGCUGUCUGUCUGCACAAAAGUAUCUGAAACGAGGAAGAUAUGUUUACCCCCCUGUGUGAAAUGACGCAGUCAGCCCUCAGAUUCUCAUAUCCCACAGAGUGAGGCCUUGUUUAUAUUUUCAAGUACAAUUUCCACCUUAAGUGUGCACCGUUUGAUCCAUUUCAAACUAAUGUUCCUUUUCUUUAUCUGCUAGUAUCCAGUUCACACUAUUUAUUUAUUUUUUACUGAUGAUAGGAACCAUGUUGUGUGACUAUGUGCAGCAGGCAUAUUGUUUCAUGCAGACUGCCACUCGCUCCAUGCAAUUUCAACCCCCCACAUCUAAUUAUGGCCUGCUUUGGUCCUGCAAAUCUACAAGAAUAUUUAUUUAUAUGAAGCUCCCAGAAUGUCUUAGUAAGGCCACCCCUUGCCCUCGGGCUUAUGAGACCCAGUGUGGUAUAGUGGUUAGAGUGCUGGACCAGGGAGACCAGGGUUCAAAUUCCUACUCAGCCAUGAAGCCUAACUCACAGGGUUGUUGUGAAGAUAAAAUGGGGAGGAGGAAGAAUCUGCACAUCACCACCGCCUCUCUUUAAAGCAAAUACAUCUAAGCGGAUCCAUUUUUGGAAGCAGCCUUUCACAUACUUGCAACAUGCUAAAUAUGUGACUGAGGACACACAUUAGAUGUGUGUAAAGAAUACAUUUCAGCGUAGAAGUGGUCUAUCCACAUUACCUUGCCUUCAAAAGUGCAAACAACAAAGAGUCUUGAGGCAUCUUAAAGACGACGGUAACUUUUGUAGUCUUCUUGUAGACCAUUGUCCACUUCAUCAGAUGCAGGAAUCUUUGCUGUUUUUGAAAUGUUGAGAGAAAGAGAGUCAUUUGAGGGAAAAGUAAGUUGUUUGGUAGGCUAGAGGGACAACCGAAGGAGAAUGAGAUGAAUGUGACACUUGAGUAUACGGUACUUAUAAGAGAGUUGAUACUUGUUAGAUAAGCUAGAGUGGACACACUGGCCACAUUCACACCAUUCAUUUAAAAGCACUAAUAUACCACUACAAACAUCCAUGGUUCCCUCCCAAAGAAUCCUAUGAACUGUAAUCUUUUAAGAGUGCUGAGUGUUAAGGGACACCCCCCCACUCCCACAAUCCCCAGAUUUCCAUCCAGAAAUCAAUCCAGAAGAAUGAUUGAUUGUUUAACCACUUUGGGAUGACCCAUAGCUCAGUGAUCCAUGCCUUGCACAGACAGAUCACAGGUUCAGCAUCUCCAGGAAGAGCUAGGAAAGAAACCUUGGAGAGCGACUGUUAGCCCAUGCAAGCAAUUCCAAGCUAGAUUGACGAAUGGUCUGAUUCAGCACAAGGCAUGACAACCAGAGAUUCAAUCUCUUCAUUCAGGGGAGCUCACAGGUUGGGUAUUGCCAUUCUGUAUUGCUUGUAAGCUUAUAAACUUCUCAUCUGGAGUCUGUCAUUGCACAAGGCAAAAUGCUGACCAAGGUGAACCAGCAUGAAGUAGUCUGAGUCAGCAUGGUGAUCCUUCUGUAACAAUCCAGAAGUGCUCCCAUUUCUCCCUAAGUUUAUGCAUCUUAUGCUGGAGUUAGAGUGUCCUGAUUUGACCUUCUUUGCACUGUUUGAGCUGAGCGGCUGUGUUGGUAAAGCCUAUCGCUGCAAAGAGGGCCAGGAGUGUCAGCAGAAUUCUGUGUGGUUCUGCUGGGCCCCCGAAGAGGUUGCACGAAAUACCCUCUAUGGUGGGAUCUUGGUCAGUUAUGUUUGGUUCACCAUUUCUGUUUGGAGGGAUUCCUAGGAAUGAAUGGUUUGGUAGAUAUGAGGAGCACAAUUGAUUGAAAGUGGAGAUUCAAGGUGUGGAAAUUUUGGGCAGGAGGCAGUGAGAGGAGGCAUUGUUUGUGAAGCUGGUAGCCUUAUAUUAGUUGCCAUCUGAUAGUUAGCCUCUAACCCACACAAUGGCAAACUAAAGGCAAGGGGCUGUGUACAGCCCCCAGCCCCAUUUUAUGUGCUCCCCACUCCAUGUCUUCUGAAACUGUUACUCUUCCACUCCAUCACAGAUGCAAUCUUCCUAUUCAUUUCCUUCUUAUCUUUCCUGGAUUGUUAAAGGGUCAGUACAGUGGUACCUCAGGUUAAGUACUUAAUUCGUUCUGGAGGUCUGUUCUUAACCUGAAACUGUUCUUAACCUGAAGCACCACUUUAGCUAAUGGGGCCUCCUGCUGCUGCCGUGCUGCUGGAGCACGAUUUCUGUUCUCAUCCUGAAGCAAAGUUCUUAACCCGAGGUAUUAUUUCUGGGUUAGUGGAGUGUGUAACCUGAAGCGUAUGUAACCCGAGGUAUCACUGUAUUUUAUUUGAUAAGCUACUUGCUUUCUCCCCUUGAUGCAUACCUUGGAGGAAAGAAGGUUUCUCCUACCCCUUCCAGAUGUCAAAGAACAAAUUUGUAGUCUUCUGUUCUAUGUAUCAAACCUUGUGGGGUUUACUUCUGCAUAAACCUGCACAGGAUUGAGCAUUUUAUUUUGAGGUAGCCAUUGUGAAAAUUGAAAAGGGUGUUUUCUUGAUUCUAGAGUAACACCUUUGUCUCUGGCUCAUGAGGGCUCCAACUGAUGACCCCUCCACCAAGGGAAUGCAGCCCUUGCCCGCAACCUGCUUUAGCCCUUCUACCCAUAAGUAUUUUGUGUGUGUGCGUGCACUGCACACAAACACACCUUCCUGGUCUUUCCCACUUAACCUAAAUUGAGCAGGAGUUUUGCUUUUUCUGUGUUGUUCUGUGCUGCACCUAGAGCAAAACUUUUACUACACACACCCACAAAGUGGGGAAGCGUAGUCCUGCUCAGGGUAGUGGGCAGUGUAGUGUGUUUGCAUGUGAAUGUCACGCUGUGUACUGGUAGAUUUUAUCCAUGGAUGGGGAAGGGAGAGAGGGGAUGUUGAACCUCACAACUUCAGACAGGAGGAAACAAGGACUGCCUUGUAGAACAGAGGAAAACUGCAUCUGGUCCAGCAUCCUGCUUUCAACACUGGUUAACCGGAUGUCUGUGGGAAGCUCUCAAGCAGGGCAGGAACAAGGCAACAGCAUUUCCUUGUUACCUGUCCCUCGCCCUCCCCCCCACUUCCUCACUGGGGGUAUGCUGCCUUUGAACGUGGAGGUUCUCUUUAGGUACCGUGGGAAACCCCUGUCGAGAGACGCCUCCCUCUGCAAGGGGCUUUCCUCGUGGUGCUCUUGGGAUGCAGCCGGGAAGCACCGGGGCAGUGCCAGCGGCAGUGCCAAUGCCCACUAGACGGGACCCACGUCCCGAUGCCGAGCCUUGGCUUUGCACCGCGGCGCCCUUUCGCCCGUCCCUGCCUCGAUCCUUCCCACGAGGCCACCUCGCCAUCUUCCAAGAUGGGCAAAAACCUCUCGCCUACCUCCAAGCCCUCCAUGGCAACCGUGGAUUGAUGGGCGCUGUCGAGGGUGGCUCUGGGAGGGGUAAGCUCCCCACCCCGCCAGGUUUAGAGGGGAGGCAGCCCUUCUGCGGGGUGGGGGGGCCACCCCCUCUCAUUUCUCUCCCCCCCAGCUCCUCCCUCCAACCCCUCCCACCCUCCGGCCCCUCCUUCCUCCUGGCCCCCCCCCCCGCCUCCCCGCCUGCGCUGUCAUUGUCUCGGGCGGGCGGCGGGCGAGGCUCCGGGCUGGCUGGCAGCUCUGCCAGCGCAGGCGAGGCAACGAGCGGAGAGAGGCCGGCGCCCGCUUCCCGCGGAGGGAUGCUCCUUCUGCCCCGGCCGCCCGUGCGCUCCGAGCCCGGCCCCGCCGCAUCGCGCUGACCGCCGGGGGGUGGGGUGGGGUGGAGGGCGCCCAGGGGGCGACGGAGGGGCGGACAUGAAGAAGAUCUGGGUGAAGAAGCGUCUGCAGGUAACGGGUCCGGGCGUGGGACGGGGGGAGGGGAGGGACGGGGUGCCCAGGCGGGGUGCCCAGCAGGCAUCAUCAGGGCGUUGUGGGCGCCGGAGGGGAAACUGAGGACGCGCACCCCUCGCGGAGCCCCACCCGGCUUUCCCGGAGUAGGAUUCCCUUCCGUUGGUCUCGGGAUGUGUGCCACCUUGUUGCCGGGGUGGGGUUGGCCACGCCAGGGUGGUGGUUGUAGAUCGGUGGUCCUCUGCGCUCACCUUCCAAGCCCCUCGGCUCGAGGUGAUGAUGAGCAAGGUGCUGUGUGGGGCUUUAAAGAAAUGCCCGGGAUGGGAUGGGGGGCGAUUAGAAGAGCCGUGCCUCUUCUUCCCCUAAGAUGCCCGAGGCGAUGGAUCCUGGGGGGUCGUGGCUCUUUUUACUCUACAUCCCCAAGCCCGGUGGCCACGGAGGCUGAGCGCCUCUGCGUCAUGAUCCGGCACUGCGCGUCAGCACCUGGCAGGAGCGCAGCUCCUCGUGGCCUGGACGUCACUCGGGGGCCUCCAAGCAGGGAUGAUGGAAAGGGGGGGGGGGAGGCUCCCCGGUUCAACUAAUAGGGAGACGGGAAUCAUUCACAGCAGGCAUAGCUAGGGCAUGUCAUCACCCCACCACUGCCUGCUCCAGUAAUAACGUAUCCCACCACUUUUCCACCCCAUUCCAACCUACGCCCCAGCGCUGAUCUUCCAGCCAGGAUGCCCCACCAGCUUUCCUCUCUGCAGGGGAGAGACUGGGAAGCAAGGGCACCAGAUGAAAUAUGGAAGGGGGGUGGGGCGGGGGGUUGUCAUCCUUCGUGCUUGGUAGCUGUCUAGAAGCAUUUGUCUGGGCAUCCUUGGAAACAGGAUGCUUCAUCUUUGAUCAGAUGUCUCAAGGCUCUCCUCCUCUGUUUCUACAGAGGCCUGCGGCCUUGGCAGCCUGAGGGGAGAUGAGCUUUCUAGACCUGAGGACAGGGAUGCCAGUCUCUCACCUCUGCAGAGCAGAGAGCUGUUGCAUCCCAAACCAGGCAGGCAGGAAACAGAUUGACACACCUGGUGGAGUGGGGAGCAUACAGCCAUCCAAAACAUCUCUUCCUCUCCUAUAUGCAGUUAAGAAUGGAGAGCGGCAGAGAAAGAAGGACCCUGGCUGGUAAAGAAGGCUGGAGUCCGGUUUGGCCAUACAACCUAGUCAAGGCUAUUGUAUCCCCAUUCAUUGCCAAGGCAACAAAUCCCCAUUGCUAAGAAGGGAUUUGCCUCCUGGCAGCCUCCAGCUGCAACACCUUUCUUGCUUGGUACUUACCUCUUUGUCCAAAUGCCAUUUUCCCUUUUUCCUACCAUCCUAGUGCAACUCAUAUUGAGCAGGAUGUCCAGCAAGGUGGCCACCUUAAAUUUUGGGCUGCUUGUGCUAUUGGCCACGGAGCAGGGAUGCACUUUGCCUGCCCAGAUGCCUCUUUGCCCAAUGUGCCACAGUAGGAAGCUGCUGGGUAUGUGAUCCUGGAGCCAGGGCUUGCCCAUUGCCAUGUGCCGGACAGGGGGGAUGCCAGCCAGGUAUCCAUUACUGCCGUUUUAUUGCAUUUCCGUUUUCUUAAUGGGGGAAUUAUCCACCAACAGCAUAGCUAAUCUAUUCAUACAUCUUUCUGGCCUGGCACAUGGGCUGCCCGCCAGCGCCAGUCUUGUUUGGGCAAGCUGGCUUGGCUGGAAUACAAAUCCACCUGGAUCAGUUGCUGUUGGGAGCAUUUGUUUCUUCUGGCUGGAGUUUAUGCCUCUGAUACCUCCCACCUCAAUGAUGUCCAGUACAAAAGAGAAAAGGCCAAACUGGGUGGGGUGGGUGUGUACAUCACCCUCUCUCUUGUGCCAGCACCCUGCAUCACCACAUCUCUUACUUAUCACAGAAUGAUCCUGUCACCUCCAUUUAUUGCUGCACAAGGUGUUUCACCUCACCAUUAGCACUGUGGAAAUCUAGCUGGAAGAGCAAAUUUUCUGGGAGAUGGGACAGCAGGAAAUCUGGGAGCGAGGAGUGGGCGACUUUGUGCAUCAGAUGCUGUGUGUGUGUGCGUGCACGCGCACACACACGCACGUAUCAGUUUACACACAUACACAAGUGCAUCUGUUUCACUGGUCCUGAAUUCAGAGAGCUGUCCUUCCCUGAUGGAUGGCAUGAUUGGCCUGUUCUUGGGCAACCUGUCACCUAGGAAGCCAGUUGUAGCUGGAUGCAUGUGCCAGGAAUGAUUUCCCACGUGGAUCCCGUAAGUCUUGAUAGCUGCUCGGAACCACAUAGAAGAGCAUAAUGGAGAAGAGAGAGUGAGCAGAGGGGAAUUGCCAGUGGCAGCACUUCAGCCUGUUACUGUUAGGUUGGUGUGCCUGCGCAUUUGGGGCAACUGGACUGGAUCCUCAUCUGUGAUGAAAUGCGCAAGAUGUGCCUCUUCUGAGGGGACUCACCAAAUGUUGCAGACUCCCAGCUGCUCAGGGCUCACCAGAGGGCAGCAAGAUGAGAAUUUAAACAGUGGAACGCUUAUCAUUGGGUGGAGGGCAAUCUCUCUGAGGAUUUCCUCCCAGGAAAGGGGCAGAAAGUCAGCCUCUUCUUUCUUCUGAUCUGCCUGGAUCACCACAAGCACUCAGGCUCCUGUCCUCCUGACUUUUCCCGACUUUUGGUGGAGCCGGCAGCACAUGACCUUCGGUCGCACCCACGCCAUAUGUUUAAUGUACAUUGCUUCCUCCAGAGACUCCUGAAAUCUGCAGUCUACCUCUCAGAGUGCUACAGUUCCCAGUACCCUGAUCAAACUACAGUUCCCAGGAGCCAUGCACACUAAUUGUAUGGUGUGGAUGUGACCAUUGUGCUUGGCUCUGGUGGAUCCCAUGCCUUGCAAGGCUUGGUGUAGAUGGUACGGUAGGGGCUUUUUCCCUGGUGGCAAGUUCAGGAGUAGGUGGAAGGCCUUUCCCCUGGCCUCCUGCUGGGGUUCUGGUCUUUGUGGUGACUGAUGGCUAUAUCCCGUGAGCACAGCCCUGUUACCAUAUUUCCACUAUCUCCCUCUCUCCAUCUCAAUCGGAGGUAAUGCUUUUUCCUUUUCUUUUUCCUUUGCAGAAAGGUGGCCACUCGCGGCGUUUUGGGCGCUUCACGCAUGGUGCGUUGUAUUACUUCUGCCCCUUCCUGCCAGAGGCUUUCCUGAUAUGUUGGGGGCUGGGGGGGGGGAGGGAAGAGAACAGGCAAAUAGAAAAAGACUCUAGCUGGGGUUGAGGGGUGUAUGACUAGCCUAUCCCAGGUGUGGGGAACCUUUGGCCCUACAGAUGUGUUGAACUACAGCUCCCGUUAUCAAUGGCCUAGGGCUGAUGGGAGUUGUAGUUCAGCUGCAUCUGGCGGGCCAAAGAUUCCCUACGCCUGUCCAUAGCAACCUCCUCCUGCACCCACUUUGGGAGGUAGAUUGCGGGGGUGCGAUGAGCUUAGCUGAUAGAAGUUAGAGCUCAGUUUGUAGACCUUGGGAGCCGUACAUAUUCUACAAAGGUAAAGGCUUCUGUUCCGUUAACAAGCGAUACUUUAUAUGUAUAGUUUCUCCUACAAGGUUGCAAUGAUGGGAGAAACUACACCUUCGCAAAGUUGACCUGUCUCAGAUCUCUACAAGGGAUAGAAGCCCUGCCCUUUUCAGAAUAAGGAGGCAACAUUGCCAAAAGGGGGGAUCCAAAGGGAAGCUGUGCACUGUGAUAUGGUGGCAUGUUGUGUGUGUUUUAUAUAAGGAAGGACCAAAAGACAGAUAUUUCAGACAGAUCGAAUUGCUUUGUGCAGAAUCACAUUUAUGACAUUUAUGACAUUUGGAUUACCCUGUCUCAGCUGAAUCCUAUCUCUUGCUCACACACGCAGCCCCUUGGCUCCUCCCUUUAUGUUUGAGCAAACAAGCUCUCUACUUAAAGCAUUGUUUCCUAUUUCGUCCAAACCAGGAAAAAAUGGUUACCAGCUUUGGAACAAGUCAGGAUAUUAAACCAUAGUUUGAAAUUGGUUUAAUCGCCUGCAUUGUUCUGAAGCUGGAAACUAGAUGCCACUCAUUGGUAAUAUAUUUAGGACAGGCAAGAUGAUGUCCAUAUAGAAUUCCCUAGGAUGGUACAUAGUGCUGGUCUGUAGCUUAGGUGGCUUUAAGAUGCAUUCAAUAAAUUCAGAGAGGGUAGGCCUAUCUGUUGCUAUUAACUGUAAUAACUAAAUAUAAAACGUGCUUGUUCAGAGGCAGUGUAGCUUUUAUUACCAGAUGCUAGGGACAAAAUACAGAGGUUGGCCCUCAGGUUAAUGUCCUGAUUGUGAGUUUGCUGGGGGUGGGUGUUGGAAGGGGGGGGAUUUGUAGUUAGCUACCAUUUGGAAACCGUAAAUGCUGGAGUAGGUGGAUCUUGAUCAUGCAAGUUAAGCUCUAUAUAGUCACAUAAUAGGGGGCUUUUGUUGCCACCCAGCAAGGUUUCCUUUCAUCAGCUGGCACUUCAGCUGCUGUGACUUAUAGGUGGAGGCUGCAGCUUGGGGGAAAGGGAAUGAGAGGGUCGUGGCUUGGGGGAGUGGAGAAGAUACUACUGGUGCUGGGCGUUUUGAACCCGGGUCUUGAAACAUGUGGGGAUUAUUAGAGAAAUGGCUGUUGCAACCCCACCCACCCCAGCCCAAGUUUUUAACUUAGUUUCCUGCUAGAUUUCACUCCCCAGGCAGGUCCUUCUGAGUUUCAAUGGCAGAGCGGCACCUUCUACCAUUUAGGUUAUGUCCAUAUGCCUUGCCUUCUUAUCCACUUUCCCUGCACAUGUAUUCUCCCAAAUUUCAAUGGGUUUCAUGGGCCAGAAGCUAUAAAUCUCCCCUUCCAUCACAUGUUGGAAUAUUUGAGGGCCUGGGCUGAUUUGGGCGGUAACGCUUUGUUGACGUGUGUCUCUCUUUCUUGCUGCCCCUAUGGAAGCGAAGUUUUCCGCUCCUGCAGAAAGCAAAGUUACGGUAGGAAAUUGUGCUGCCUCAUGCUUUUCUCUUCCCGAGCUGCGUUUCAUCCCACACCCCCUCCCAGCCUACCCUCCUGGCUCUCUCCAUGCCCUGUCUUCAUCCUGCUGUUGCUGCUCUCUUCCUUUGCGGGGCUCAUCCUAUUCUAGCAGAAUUUGGUGGGCAUCCUUUUGCUUCGCUGUAUGACUGGCCUGAGCAUCUUCCCUUCCCACGCUGCCGCCAGCCCUUCCCUGCACUACUAGUACAUGGCGGAAGGUUCUCUCUGUCUCUCCCUGCGAAUCUUGCUAUUAUGCGCUGACUCGAUUUCCCAUGGCGAUGGACAUGCAACGCUGUACAUGGAUCCCCUCCUGCCCCCAACAUUCUCUCUUUUUAACCGAAAACAGACUUUGAGGAGGUGCGGUUGUGGGAGCAGCUUGACACAUUCCCUUCCAGCUAUUAUUCUGCUAAAAUAAAAAUAAAAUAAAUCUCACAGACGCACCAGCACUUCAAGUCCUCUCCCCAAAAGGAGCAGGGCUCUCAAAGGCCCAAUUUUUUUGUUUGACUUCCAUUCACCUGGCAUGGCUGUGUUGUUGGCCUUUCUUCAACCUGCCAGUCGAUUUGCUGCCACACUGAUCUGUCAAGCGUCACUCACGACUCUCCCUGUGGUUUUCUUAGCUGUGGGGUAAAGGCUCCUACGGAGAGCUGCAGCUGCCAGAAACAUGAACUUCUCUCUCUCUCUCUCUCUCUCCCUCUCUCCCUUUCCUUUCCUUUUUUUAUGGAGGAGCCACCAUGCCCAAGAGGGGCAGACUCCUGGGCUCUCAGUAUUUAACUCCAAAGACUUAAUAAUUUAUGUAUAUUUUUAUCCAGUCCUUCUUUGGGGAUGUGCAAUCCAGGCUGUACUUGGGAGCAAUCUGUCAUGCUUCCGUGGAAUCUCUCUGAGGUUGCUGUUGAACCAAGGGGGGCAGAAUGAUAACCUACAUGUUAAUAUGUAGUGGCAUGUAACUUUUUCAGAUUUAUAUAUAUUUAAAAAGCAAUUUCAGGAGGCUGUAAUUGGGCGUAAAGGAAUGGUGGCUUGGGAAGGCUUAAGGUAUUCCCACCAGCGUGUUUUCCCACUCAGAUUAGUUCCCAUUAAACUACUCUUUCCACCUGCAGGGAAGAAGCUACAGCCCCCCUCCCAUAUCUUUCUCCCUGUGGAGAGGAAAGCAGCAGGGGGAGGGGAAAGGCAAUUAUAAGCAGAAAAAUGGCUGCCGGGGAAAAGCACCUCCUUCCCACCCACAGGUCUUCUGAUCCAGAUUGCAGCCUGACUUUCAUUUUUUAAAAGAGAGAAUAUGUCUAUAAUAUGAGGUUUUGCCAUGAAAGCCCAUUUUCCCUUGCAAAGUGUGACUUCUGAGGCAGUAAUUUGCAUCUAAGGAGAUGCAAGAAGAAAGGGAGGGGACCCCCCCCUUCCACUUACCUCUUCCAAUGUUCAGGGCCCUUGUUUACCUAGCAGACAAAGUUCUGGAAUUCCACAGAGGUAGAAUUACAGAGAUACAAAUCACCUCCUCCCUUGGGCUCUUUUCAAGGGAGAAGGAAUGGGCCUUCCAGGCUUCCUUACUUGCGGCUUUGGUAUUUGUUUUCCUCUAGGCACUAUGGCAGCCCUGAGUAUCUAGAUCCUGAGAGGGUGGCAAAUUAUUGAGAGUUGAAACCUGCACUGCAAGGAUGCCACUGGUUUUGCAGGGCCCUGGAUAAUCUGCAUAUGUUCUUUCACAUGGCUGAGUCUGCACAGUUUGCCAUUUGAUGCCUUUCCCUGAGACUCCAGGUCAUUGCUGUUGGGCAUAUUGCAAAUUAGGGGAGCCCUGAAAGAAAAUGGAAACUCCACAAAGAGAAUGCUUCUUAGAAUCAGAUUCAUUUCAUUGUAUUUAGUGACCAGCCAUCAUGUCUUUCAUUACAUUCAGAGCAUUCAAAAUGAUCCGUGAUAAGCCUUAGCCCAAAAUAAAACUAUACUAAUGUAUAAAAUGACCUAGAAUGCCACAAAUACAACCCUAAAACAAAUAUUGUUCAAUGCUUUUCCAAUGCUACAACAAUAAAACUGUGAGCAUAACAGAGCCCUACUCCAGGAUUCUCUAAAGCUGGGCAUUGACAGUGGUUUAAGAGCAUCUCUGCUGGAGCAGCACAUCUGAAACCAUUUUGUAUGUUUUUCCUCUGUGCCCCCCAUACUUUAGUAAACACUUAUGAAAAAAGAAUCACCAAAAAUAUAGACAAUUCUUUCCAAUAAUGACUAAUUAUUUUAUGCAAUUCAAUUUUUAUAUUGUACCUUCUCUUCAUAACGGAGUCAAUUUUGUCACAAUCCGGCCACCCCUUUACUGAGAGCUGAAUUUUCAAGAUCUUACUUGGGACUUCUGAGUCGCGCAGGAUCUGUUUGUGACUCUGCCAUACAGUUUUGAUGGAUGAGUACAAGCACCCAAGGCGAAGGUGUGGACUGACCUGUCGAUCAAGGUCCUCCCCUCAUCUUCUCUUUUCUCUUGCUUCAGACUCGGAGACGGGAGAAGAUGAUGCCAGCAGCACACAGGUGACCCAGCGCAGCCAGCUCCAGGAUGAGACCACCUAUAGCUCCCCGACAGGUGAGGAGAAGGUGGCAGGUGAAUGGAGAGGUUUGGCAAACAUUCUGAGCAGAAUGGGCAUGGAACUAUAUUUCAAACAAUGAUGUUGCUGCUGGUGCCCCAGCAAUUCUGACCCCAAAUCCCCUCACAAUCCUGAGACUGUAGCCUUCCUGCUGCCUGGCCCUUUCUGAGGCAAGAGUGGUAUGUCACAUAUACCAUGCCAACACAAAUAGCACCCCCCCCCAUGAUUUGUUCACCAUGAAUCCUAUGAGCAGGGUCUUUUUCUGUCCCUGAGUGUCCAGCUUUUUUGGAUCAUUGGCCAAAGAGUUUAACUCUCUCUUCAGGGUUCCUUUUUGCAGGCAGCUACCAUUGGAGCAUGAGAAUUACUGCUCCCCGGAGACAUAGCCAACCUGACAUCACCUUUUCCUGGAAGAAGGGCACAUAUUAACCGACGCAGAACAUUAAUUUAAUAAAGAGGGCAACUUUAUAUCAGAGGAGGACUCAUCAAAGCAUAAAGGCCAUUAGAUUCCACAGAAAUAAAACUGAAAAAUCGCAGGCUUUAACUAUAGCCUCCUCAUGCUGGGUUCCUUCAGUACCCGGUCACUUCAGACAGUGCUCAUGCACCUUCCACAGAAUGACUAGGCAAAUGGGGCAAGGGGAGAUAGAGCCCUUGGUUGAUCAUGCAUCCCACUUAGCAAAUUGUGCUUAAUGGGGGCUGUAUUCUGAAUUGAGCAACACUUGGAAUCUUUAAUGAGCAGGGUUUAAGUGUCGAUGGGCAUAUAUAUAUAUAUAUAUAUAUAUAUAUAUAUAUAUAUAUCGUUCUGCAUAACAUUAUACUGUAUAAAAAAGCCAGUCACACUCCCGGGUGACAAAGAAACAGAACUCAGGAUGGAGCUGUGCACAUGUUUAUGCAGAUAGGAGCAAGCUGGAUUCUCAGAAGUCAGCAGUGUGGGGCGUCAGGUUUAUUUCCCUGAGAGCACCCACCUAAGCAGGUGAAUAGUUUCCAUUCAUUCUUUUGAGUAAAUGUAUGAGAUGAUUAACCAUGCGCUUCUCACUGUUAGCAACCUUCUUUGGCUUUCCAACCUCAGUUUUUCAUUAGGCAACUUUUAGCCACCCGUUUGCCUUUCCACAAUCUCCUUUAGUUUAAAUCGUUCUUUCCUCUCGAAGAGUCUCUUUUAAAAAAAUGCAGUCCUAUUCUCUCACAUUCUUUUUACUGAACAAAAAAACAGGUCCGAGUUUUCCAUCACAAAAGAGGUUUCCCAUUGUUUUGAUCACCCCGGUGCCUCUUUUCUGGUGGUUCCAGGGACAACAACACAAGGCAUAAGCUCCCAUUUUCAGUUUGGGCAACUUUAUCCCCAAUGAACUUGUCUUCAGUGCCUGGCACAGAGCACUGCGGUUCUGGCCUUCCAUCUCUGCUCUUCCUUCAGUAGGUAGUCUUGGGUAAGCUAGUCUCUAAAAAGUUGGGGGAACGAUGAUCUACCUUGCAAAGCAGGAUAAACAAGCCAAUAAUUGCAAUGCACUGUGCAUGUUAAAAGAGCUACAUGAAUAUUCAUUUAUAUCAUUGCAAUAAGAAAUUGUUCGUCUCUCCUUCCUUCACUGCAAAUGCCUGACCUUGUGUGUUGCAUAAUUGUGUUUCCCUUCACUCUGGCCGCACCAUCUUGGUGGCUGAGUUGAGUUAUUAAGUGACCAACCUGGCCUUGUCUUCUUUUCCUUCUUCGACCCUCUUCUUUGUCCUUUCCAGCUGAGAGAAAAAUGCUUAUUCUUAGCCCUCAAGAACACGACCUGACGCUAACCCAUGAUAUAUGCAGUGGCACUGCACGCUCCAAGAAACUGAUACUUUACAGCCUCCUAAAUUAAACAAUAUCGAUAGAAUCUCGGGUUAUCAGGCCCCGAUCUGAUGCAAGGGAGAUGGGGGGCUUCCCAGCCCCCUCGAUCAGUCCAUGUCUGUCUUUCCUUGCAGGGGAGUCGGACACGCUGGUGGAUGCCUCCAUGAAGACCACGCCGACCUCAGUGCCAGGCCUGUCCCAGACAGAUGAGCACUCCAACUGGUCAGGGAGCCAGACCACGGUGUUGGAGAAGGACCCAGAGGCUGGCCCCACGGUGAGGGGACCCUACCUGCACCCCAGCAUUCCAAGGCAAGCACCUGCCGAGGCCCGGCACCUGGGGGUGGAGCCGCUGGUGCGGGCAUCACGGGCGGAGCUGAUUGGCGUGGCCCCGGGGUCCGAGGACAGCCUGUCUCUGGGGAGCGACCCCUACGGCAGUGCCUUCAGCCUGUACCGGGGCCGUGCCCUCUCCUUGCACGUGUAAGUAGCAGUGGGGCCGUGGAGUGGGGUGCAAGGGCCAUUAUGCUGGGACCAUCUCUUCCCCCCUACUCUCCAGUCAUAAUCCCUCACUGAACCCUCAACCUCUUAAGUCAUUGAUUUUGAGGCACCACCGAAACUUUCCUGAGCCCCAUCAUCACAGUCCCGAUCCCUGAUGUCAUGGCACCCUCCAUCCACAGCCCCCACUGCACUCUCUAUACCUUCUGAAGCCACCCACACUAUCCUGCCAUUGUCUCUCCUACUGCUUCCUCUGCUGCAGUAUCUUCCCCCUCCCCAUCACCUGCUGCCUUCGCUCUCCUAAAAUGUUGCUAUGAGGACAAUGGGCUGCAUAGGUAGGUAUCCACUGCUGCCCCAGGCUUCCCACUCCCUAACCAGCAUAGAGAGCAGAGUCUCCAUAGCUUCUCCCCUCCCCGGGGUUUGCUGUCUUCCUUUGGCUUGCAGCUGACCCUGUUUCGCAUAAAGCCAAUGGCAUCAGUAAUAGGCCCUCCAACACCAAACUCUGAGAGAUGCCCAUUUAAUUGGGGCAUCAAUUGUGGCACUUAAAAAAAAAACAACCCAAGCACAGUGGGCUGCACUCACUCUUCUGACGCAUGGCAAUAUUAUUUAAAUUGUUACUAAAAUAAUGCCUAUAUCACCUUUCGUUUCAAAAGGAAUACCAGUCCUGGUAUGGGCUAGCGAAGAAAUUGCCAUGACCAAGCGAGUCAUUUAAGCCCUCCGAAUCCUGGAUAACCCAAAUCCAAAUUUAUAACUUAUGGGUGCAAUUGAGCUAAUAUUAAGCACUUCUGAGUUCCAUUUACUUCAAGGGAAGAUUAAGCACCUGCUUAAAAUGAAUCCUUUUGAGAUUAGUGGGACAUAAAAGUGCUCUACUGAGGCUUGAUUGCGCUUUAUGUAAAUUAGCCAAACCGCGACAGGACCAUUGGAUGGGAAAUUGCCGUUUCAUCUGAAUGUUUGAUUUCACCCACACACAGAGGAGACCUACUUGGUGUAGGUAAAGGUGGAGACAGUCACAGGAGGUUGUGAUUGUCAUAUAGACAGGGGCCUAUACUAUUCCCACCAAGGCCUAGAUUAAUGGGGAGAAAUAGCAGGGUUUCGAUGCCACCAUCCGCGUUUGGGGAUUUUAGUUUAGAAAAGUAAAGUAAAGGGAGCGCAUCAUUCAGGAAUAUAUAAUUAUGCAUGGUGUAGAGUAAGUGGAUACAAAGAUUUUUUUUUCUCUAGCUGGCUACUGUGGAGACAGAAUGCUGGACUAGAUAGGCCAUUGGUCUGGCCCAGCUGGGGUCUUCAUAUGUUCUUAUAUUCACCUAUUCCUGAGGUCAGUGCAUCUGACUGUUAACCAGAAGAUCGGGGGCUCAAGACCUCCCAGGGAUGGCUGUGGGCAGGAUUCCUGCAUUGCAGGGGGUUGGACUAGAUGACCCUCAGGAUCCUUUCCAACUCUAUGAUUCUAUGAUCAUUAAACAACUUCAGGCAGGCAAAUCUGGAGAAACAAUAGAAUACAGAAGCACAAUCAGAGGUAGGUAGUCAUCCUCAUCCAUAAGGAUGAUGUGAAAGAGAGACUGGUUGCUGGUGAUUAAGGGAAUGGUAAUUAAGAACCCAACAAAUGAUGUAAUGAUGGUGAUGUGAUUAUCUCUUUGGUAGUGAUGCUUUUGGCUACACUAAUUCAACUUUUGUUAAAUUCAACACAUUUUAACCCCCCCUCCCCGCUAAGAACUCCUUUUAUCCCAGAAAUGUAGCGAUGCAGGGAGGCAAACGGGGAGAGAUGAUAAGCCGUGUUGAGUGCCAAAUCUCUUCCUCAUACCAUAUAUAGAUCCAUUUCAGUUUCUGAGCCAUUAGCAGGCACUGCCCACACAUUUUUAUUAUUCCCCCCUGUAAUAAUGGGAAACUGGAUACCAGCGGUUUUUCUUAAAAGCGAAAGCUGAAACCCGUCAUGCUGUGAAAAUGGCAGCACACUCCAUGUUAACUGCAGAGGCAGUGAGUGUAGUAAGGAUCUUUGAGAGGGUGGGUGCAGAGCUACAUUAGGUCACUUGAGACUCCCUCAUCUCCUUCUUCUUUCCUCCUGAGUUUGCUUUCCCAACUUUAUCCUCACGCUUAUCAUCCUCCGGCUAUGGUACCUGACUAAGUAUACACUUGCAUAAUUCUCACUGUGUGCGUGUGUGCAUGCAGCUGGACACGCGUGCCCAUUUGUUGCAAGGAACUAAGAUGGCCUUGGAAUGAAUGUAUGUGUGCCAAGUAUGUAUCUGUUCGUAUGUACACCUGAGUUAGUGUUUGUACCUGUGGGAAACAGCAUGUCUGUGUACAGGAUGCAGCUUUCUAUUCUCCUACCCUCUGCCUUCUGUUGCAUUUCUGGCUGCCCCAGGGCCUCCCCUUGUCUUCCCCUGCUUCCUCAAGCCAGGCCAGCCUAUACUCACCUACCACUGAUGCACAGCCUGAUGAACUCCCCCCAAUCUCUUCCUUUGCCCUAGUGCAGCAUCUGGCAUGGCUCAUUCAGCAGAUAAGACCAAGAGUUGGAUCUUGCCAGGAAGAGUGGGUAUUUUCCCUGGACUCUUGGCGGAGAAUCCCAGUUCACCCAUCUGGCCAGUCUUGGAAUCAAAUAUGAUGCUGAUUUAUUUAUAUAUAUGCCACCCAUCUGACUGGGUUGCCCCCAGCCACUCUGGGCAGCUUCCAACAAAUUAAAACACAAGUAAGACAUCAAACAUUUAAAAAAUUCCCACAUUUUUAUGAGGCAAGACCCAUCGCAAUGCAAUCCAGACCACAGUAUGCCACAGCACAGAGCAGGGGCACUGUAGAAAGGUCUAGGUGGGGCAAACAGCUUGAGGAGAUUCAGAUAGUAAGCCAAGCCACACACUGCUGGAGAAGGCAAAAACAAACACACACACCCUCCUCUGUACACAUGCACACACAUCUUCAUCUAAGGACAGAAGUACACGACUGUUCCUCCUUCUCAUUGCCUCACCUCUCUCUUCCAUGGCUAAUUUAAACCCCAGGUCUGCCAUUAGGAGGGGUUGGCCAUGUGCUUUUUUAUCCAGGGGGGUACUCAAGGGUACGCAGUGCUGGCACCUCUUUUGUUGUGAGGCACUUACUGUAACAACUUCAUGGUGAGUACCAGCACCAAUUUUUUCUGGAAAAAUAGCACUAGUUCUCCAUAUUUAUUUAUUUAUUUCAUAAAAACGUAGCAAGGCGGAGUAGGAGGAUAAAAUCAACAAAAGGAUAAAAUCAGCAAAUAUAAGGAUAAAAUCAACAAAAGUUCCGUAAAGCAGCAUUCAAAACAUCAAUAAGACAUCAGCAUAGGCACCUGCUCCCUUGCCGCUCACCUUCUUUUGAGUUUUUCAGGCUGUCCUGCCUUAGCAAACUAUGCCAUGUCUUGCCUUCCAACUGCAGCAACCUCCCCCAUGGUGGGUACCGGAGGGAUGAUGCCAACAGCAGCAGCAAAACCAGCAAAGAUACCCUCCACCCACCAGCACAGAAGCCUCCUCUCCAGCGCCCAGUGUCCCCCAGAGCAGGGCAGUGCCCCGUCCAGCCGCCUGGGGCUGGCCGUGGCCCCACCCCACCUGUGGCUCCCCGCAGGAAGCUGCUGAUGCCCCCCGAGUUCCAAGAUACGGCAUCCGAGGAACUGGACGAAAAGCUGAAGCGCCCCAAGUCAUCUGGCUACUCUCAGGCUUGCACAGGAGAGUCCCGGCCCCAGACGCCGCUGAGUGAGGCCUCCAGCCGCGUCUCCGUCCUCCGCCCAUCGCCCAAGCUGCCGCGGACGGGCUCCAAGAUCUUUGACAAGCUGAAGUUCUUUGAGGAGCGGCGCAAAAGCCUGGAGCAGAACGAGAACCCUUUCGCGGGGCACACGUGGCUGCCGCUACGCAAGACGCGCUCUUUUGACCAGCCCGGCUUUGACGAUGCCAGCCCCUUCCUCUCAGCCGUCUCCCACGAGGACCUGCAAGAGGACACCCGCUCCGAGCUGGGCGGCGUGGCGUUCCGGCGCCGGGCCUUCCACCAGAAGGCGGCCUCCUUGGAUGAGCGCGGCCGCUUCUCCAGCCGCGUGCACGACAUGGAGCACAAGUUCACGGAGGAGCUGGGCCGCAUCAAGCGCACCGUGUCUCAGCAGCAGCUGCGGCGGUCGCAAGAGCUCUUCAGGUCACCGUCGCCACGUUCCUCCGCCGAGCCAUCUGCUCCCAGGGUCCCGCCACCACGGAAACUCAAGCCCCUCAAGGCUUUGCCCCUGGCAGAGAAUGCCCACGGCGUGCAGCAGCUGGUGUUGUCCAGCGUGGUCCUGGUGGGGCCCAGAGAUGAGACCAAGGGAACGCAAAAGCCUCUGGCGAGGAGCGUGGCCACAGCUGAGCAGGUGGCAGAGCCCAGCAGGGGUCAGAAGGAAAGCGAGCUGAAUGGGCAGGAUCUGCGGAGGAAGGUGGAGCAGUGCCCGCUGACUCUGGCAGCCCCCUUGGGAAGGAGAGACCUCCUGCAGGCUGGGCAUCCAGAGAGCAAUGACUGCAUGGAUGGAGGGUCUGUGAACGCGGCGAAAGGGAGCUAUGAGCCCAAGGGUCCAAGUGCAGCCUCGCAUGCCCGGAAACGGGAAUCUGGCCAGAACGGACAUUCCCUGCCCUGGGCCAAGAUGGAGCCAGGAGCAGAUAGAAGCAGGGCAGGGACCCACGGUGCAAACAGAGAGUUGGAAAGGAAGACUGGGAAAGUGGCAGAGAAAAAGGACAACGCAUUGCAGCCUCAGGAAGGGAAGAGCACUCGGAGCAGAGGCAAAGGGCGCCGGACGCGGCGAACGUCGCCUGAAUCAGGUAUGGAAUCAGGGCAAGUGCUGCUGUCUCCUUGGGGAGGAAGCUGGCAAGCUACGCUGUGCUGUAUGCCGUGGGGAGAACUCCACCCAACUUCCCACAGAAAUGGAGAGGCCUGUAAUGUCCUUUCCUCCACUGUAGGCAAGACCCUUAGGAUUCAGGCCAGAGCAUCAUGCAUGCCUGGGAUUGUAUGAGCUCCUCGAGAGGGUUGGUAAGUGCUCAGUCUUGGCUUGCCCUUAUCUGUUCUGACUGCUUCUCACAUUUCUGCCCAUGUCAUCAGCAUCUGGGAUGUAAUCUCAGCCAGGCCUUGCCUGGAAGAGUCAUUGGUGCAUAAGCUUAGCAUAGGGCAGGUGUGGGGAUCCUUUAGACCUCCAGAUGUUGCUGAACUACAACUCCCAUCAGCCCCGGCAAGCAUGGGGAAGAUGGGAAUUGUAGUACAGAAACAUCUGGAGGACCAAAGGGUUUCCACACCUGGCAUAGGGUGUGGGGAAGAGCAGGUUUUUGCAGGGAAAGCUCUGGAGCAAAUACAAACAAAUGGUUGGACAUGGAGCUUUUAAGCUCAGAUCUGUGCCUGGAAAAAGUGGGGCAAAAGCUAAGUGUGGAUAAACCCCUCCUCACUAUCCUUGGCCCUCUGUCAUUUUUGUUCCUUUCCAUAAAACAAAGGGACAGCCUCUGAUCAAUGGAAGUUGGAAAGAGGAGCAUGAACUUGAGAUCCAGUUUUUGAGGCGGCCGAGUGAGUGUGGCAACUUCAUCAGGGCCUUCAAGUAGCUGGCAGAUACAAGACACGGUGCAACAUUUACAACAGUUAAUUAGUUCACAGUUCAUUGUGGUUAUGUGUAUGUUACAGAGAACUGUAGUCUCCUAAUGGCUAACACAGGUUUUGUGACAGGAUUUUCAGUGCUUCUGAGUCAAGAAUGGAAAUACGUGCUCUUUGGUGCAGGUUUUGUUCAUUUGCUUAGCAUUUAGGUACAUUCCUCAUGCAUUCUUGCUACUGCCUUGUAAGGUAAGCAGGCUGGCCUUAGUAUCCCCAUUUUACAGACUGGAAGUGAGGUUGAGAAAUGCACACAUCUUGAAUGCACAGAAGUAGUGUGUGUACCAAGGGGCUGCUGUACUGGGCCUACCAAAUUACUGACAGAAAAAUAAGUCCUCCAACUUCCUUCCCAGGUAGCCUGACUCAAUAAGUGAUCAUAAAUUUAGACACAUUUAUGACUAGUGUCAGCUUUGAAUGCAUUGAGCUGUAACAGUAGUUUUAUGAGGGUUCUAAAUUUCCCCCCUCUCUAAACAAGUGAAAUGAAGCUCAUCCUCUUUAGUUAUUCUUAGAGACCUGUGAAGGUGGCUAUCUGCGUCAAGGCAGAGUGAACUGUGCCACUCAGGAGACUCCUCUAAUCCUUUGGACUCAGCUAGGUAGCAAUAGAUCAAGAAUCCACACUGUGCUAGAGAGAGACUUGGGGAGAUUAAGGAUUUUGAGCAAACUGUAAUCAUCAGCACAUAAAAGGGCUCUCACUCUCUCGGGGCAUAACAGAACCAGUGCAUGUGAAAAAGAGAGCUAAGAUUUAAACACAUUCCUUCCCAGAAGGCAGUGGAGAGUUUUAUAUCCAUGCAAGUUGUGGACCUUUUCCCCUCCUCCACACCACCUCUUUUGCAGCUGCUCUUUCUCCCUCUCUCUGCACAGAAUCUUCUGAUGAUUCCUACAUCUCGGCGGGUGAGGACCCACUGGAACGCCCCAUCUUUGAGAUCCCUAUCCAGGAUGUAACAGUCGUAGCUGGAACAGAAGUGCUGUUCAAAUGCAUCAUCACAGGCAACCCUUCCCCAGAAGGCAAGUGCAUGGAGUACCAGGAAGAGUGUGGGAUGAGUGAUGAUGAGCAUGCAUAGGCAAACCUGUGGGGUGCCCAGUGCAAGUCAGAGUGAGAGGGGCCAGGAGAUGGAUGGGGGCCAUCUACUCUACCUUUGCUGUUGUCUCUUGGAUCACACAGGUGUCUUCAUUUCCACAGAUCUCUAGGGAAAAUUGGUUUUAUUUGGUUUUGUGUAUGUUGCCUAGCUCACAUCAGUAAGGAUUCUGCUUUGAGUAUGGUUCAGAGCCAUGUGGUCCUGGUAGCAACACUAGGAGGAAAAACACAAGGCUGGGGGAGAGAAAUGGUUGCAAUUCCAGCUGCCCAAUAGUACCAAUUAAUGUGACUGGCAAGUAAUGUUGCAAUUAACUAAAAUGGAGAAAAAAAUGGCCUAACCAGGUUUUUUGCUUUUGUUGCAAGAAAAACAAAGGGCAAUACUAUUUUAUUUUUAGCUGCAAUCCUUUGAUAGGCAGGCAACAAUCCUGCUAGACUUUCCCUCCCUUCACCUACCAGGUGUUUGGGCUUCAUCACCAGCUCUGCUUCCAUGCAAAUAAUUCAACCCUUACCCCCGCACCAGAAUGUGCUAUUUCAAAAGUUGAUAACUUUUACUAUGAUGCAGUUUUCCAGCAGUAACACCUGUGGUGCUGCCAAACUGUAGUCCUGUAUUAGGGCUGGGAAAUAACCCAGGGGAAAUAACCACCAUCCCAGGGCAUUACCCUCAGCGGCCCUGCUGCAUACCCUCUUCAAGUGUUUUUGCCUGGCUGAAAUGUGUCCUUGAAUUCUGAUCAUGCUUCUUAUCUGGAUGGAGGCCAGAGAGGGGAGUGUGAAUGUGUGUAGAAACUAGCCUACUGUACAAAGUGGGGGAGAUGCAUUUGUUUGUCUGUGGCCCUGCCCACCACUGCCAUGUGGCCUCCGGAAGGUUGCUCAGAAGGGAAUGUGGCUCUCAGGUUGCAAAAGGUUCCUCACCCCUCCUCUCUGAAAAGGACACAGUUCCAGCAGUCAGUGGAUAAAGUGGAAAGUGCCAUGUAUGGGGGGAGGUGCUGUAUGUACAGAAGUGAGAUGUCCCCACGUGCUCUGAUCUCCUGCCCACUUGCCCCUUCCCCACAGUGUCAUGGCGAAAGGAUGGCGUCCCCUUUCGGAGCAGCACCACUCGCCCUAUCAAAGCAGAGGGAGAACGCCACACCCUGCUGGUCAGGAGUGCCCGUGCGGCUGAUGCCGGCCUCUACACAGUUUGUGCCACCAAUGAAGUGGGCGAGGCCUGCUGCAGUGCCAUCUUGACUGUGCGGCCAGGUAAGUGGCCGGGGAAAGCCAGCCAGAUGGGCGGGGUACAAAUAAUAAAUUAUUAUUAUAUUAUUAUAAGUGUGUGAUGAAUGCAGUGGAGGCAGCCCAGAGAGGACCAGCCGAAUCCCUGAAGGCCAAGGGAGGGUUGUAGAGUCAUAUUCCUUCCCAGGCCAAGUUUGGGGAGAAGCAGUUUCAUGCCUUGGGGCUUAGUUAGCAUCCUAGGCUAGGUCUUUUUCUGUCAACCUUGUGGUGCCUCAGGCUGCUGCCGCUGCUCCUGCUGAAAGAGAGAUGAGGCUGCCUUUACCCUACAAGGCUUGGUUUAGGCCAGCCUGGCUGACAAACAGCCAGCAGCAGUCUUGAAUGCGGGGAAGAAGGGAGAGACGGCCUGGACUGCUGGGCUCUCAGCACCAACCCCACGAGGUGGCGGCGGGGGAGGUCGAGCUGGCUGACGGACUGACUCCGAUUCCUGAUCCGUGUUCCGGACCACAAACUCCGCGGGGAAACCCGUGUCAGCGGCGCCUGCGGUUUGCAAGCCUUCCUGGGCAAGUGCAAAUGAAUUAUCCGAAAGGAUGCAAAUGAGGUCGCCCGUCUGUUGAUCUGAAAUGUGAGCCCUGGAGGGGCUGGGGUCGGCGUCUGUCUGGAGCCCCGAUGCCUUCCUCGGCUGUGGCUCGAAGGGAAGGCGGUUCCGAAGAGGCUCCUGGAUUCUGCCCGGCCUCUGGCGCCUCCGUUGAGGAUCCGUUUGCCCACUCGUCUCCUCCGUGUCGGACGCUGUGUUUGAUAAGAAUCGGGGAUUGAGAGAGAGAGAUCAUCCUCGGGAAAUGGCUGUAGAAUCCUCUUUGCCGCGCCGAUUGCAGGCUCGGGAGGGGCGCGCCGUUUGUUCCCUGCGUUCUUGCGCUGCAAUCCUAUGCAUGUUUACUCGGAAGUAAGUCCCGCUGCGUUCAAUGGAACUUAAACCCAGGUAAGUGUGCAUAGGAUUGCAGCUUUAGUGGGUUUGGAAUUGGGAACUCGGCAGGGAGAGGGAACGCAACUUUUCAUCUCCUAGGUGGGCGUUUUGAGGGGAACAGAGAUGGGUGAAGCGGAGAAGGGAGAGUGUCUCUUGCUCCCAUUAACCCUUUGUUUGUACAAGUGAAUGGUGUGAAGGGAUGAGGACCCUCCAACAUCACCACAUCUGCCCUAUAGGUAGGAAGAAAUGGGAUUUUGCUUUGGGUGCCCCUCUGGGGGCUGAGAAUUUAUUGGGCUAUAACCUCCCAAAGCAAUGGGGCUGCAGAAGGGGAAGCCAGCCUCAAAUGCUCUCUGGGCCUCUUACCUCCUUGUCCAGAAACUUGGAGGUGAGAGAGACUCUUAUGCUAAGGUGUUUUACCUUGUCUUUGGGGAUAGGGGAAAGCAAGGAACUACAAGGCAGGCCAUUCCCAUCAACACAGGAUAAUCUUUCCCUGCCUGCAGCAGAGCAUGAUGGAGGGCUUUGAAAGACUCACCCUUUUGUCUGGAUCGGACACACCUCUGCUUCUUCCUCCUAUUUUGUGCAAAGGACUAAGAAACCUAUCCUGUCUCUUUAGAUUUUCUUGUAAACAUCCCACCCAUCCCUACUCAGCUUGAAGGGCAGCAUUGCCAUAGAAAUUGCCACAAGACUAUUUCCACUAACUGGCCCCACAACAAGGCCUGCUCUUCUCACAAUGCAUACACUGCAAGUUGUAGUCGUCCCAGCUACUAAUGUCACCUUGGCCCCUUUCAGGGAGAGCAAGCCAGGAACGAUGCUGCCAACAAGAAAAAGAGUAGUGGCGCCCAUGAUUGGAGUUGCCUGAUUCAUGACUGUUUAAAGUCUUUCUUUUUACCAGUUGGAGAUGACAUAGAUAUAUAUCAGCAGUGGGCUUCCCUGUAUGCCCAUGGGACUUGGCAGGGUUACAGGCAGUGUUGGAUUUGAUAUCUUCUAAAGCAGCACUGGGAAAAUGACUUGUUGUUUCUGUUUCUUCACUCUGCCUCUUUCUGGGUAAGAGGAUUGGAUAUAGACUAGAGCCUAACUGCAAGAAGCGUUUCAUAACCCAGAUGAUCAAAUUAUUUACAUUUAUUUAUUAUAAACAAUGCACUAUGCAAAUUACACACUAAUAGAGAUGUUGUUUGUGCAGAUUCAUAUUUGCAUAUUUGAGGUGCCAAACUUUUCACCUCAUGACUUUGCCACAACAGAUUUGCACAAAGAGCUGUUUCUCUGAAACGGCCCCAUUAUACACACAUGCAUGAAAAGUAGUCAAAGAAUUGUAGGUCAUUACUACGUUUAUUUAUUUGUUAAUACACUUUAAUCUCACCCCUCCUCCAAGGAUUUCAGGAAAGCAUAAUGGUGUCCCCUCACCCCCAAUUUUAUUUUAUUUUAUUUUGUCCUCAAAAUGACCCUUUGGGGUAGGUAAGACUUGAGAGAUAAUGACUUGCCCAAGGUGAGCUUCAUGGCUGCUGAAUAUCUGAAAACUAACAUUCUUUCUUGAACUGAUAGUUGUCAUAUGGGGGUGAGUUUGGAUACAAGCCUCUCCAUAGAAAACUGAAUUAAUAAAAUCCUUGCAGAAGGAUAUUACCAUCUCAGUUAUGAAGACAAACAUAAUUCAGAAAUGUCACAUGGUACAGUCCUACCUCCUCAGAAUGCGGGAGGAGGGAAGUUCACAUGUUUGUCAUUAAAAGAAAAAACAAAACAGCCUCCAUGUCUGUGGAAAGCAUGUCAGGAAGAAGGACGGUUCUGACUUAGUCUCUCUUACUUUUCUACUUACAGAGAUAGUUAAUUUAAUUAAACGGGUAGCAUUCAAACAUGUGAUCCUUCAACUGCAUUUUGAAUGAUACAGGCCUAGGAGGACUGUAUACCAUGUGAUGUUUCUGAUUGUGUGGUUCUGUUCUAAAUCAGCCUCUAGGCUCCAUUCCACAGAAGCAGCAAAGGUCUAUUUGAGAUAACAAUGUUCAUGCUAGGCUAAGUGCAGUGUCCUAAUUGCAAAAUAGGGCAUAGUGGAACAGUUAAGAGGAAGGAUGGAAAGAAAUAAUGGGGUGUUAGUUGGCUUAGGUAGGGGCAGGAAACUGGAAACUUGCAUACAUAAGAAGGAACAGGGGAAAGCAAAGAAUGAAAACGCUCUAACCAUUGCACACCCUUAGGGCCAGUGUUUUCGUUUCAGGGCCAGGGCCACUGUUACAUUAUAUGCUUGCCACUUCCCCAAGUUUCCAUCUGGGGCUGCUCUAGUAACGUUUGAAUGAUGAAAAUCACGUAGAAAGAGUUGACAAUGUGUUACAUCCCACAUCAGCAGAGUGGGAUGGAGCCUGCUAGGAAGCUGGUAGCCAUAAUGCCCCAGUAAGAGUAUCUAAAGAUAGCAUAAGCAACCAAACAUUUCCUGCUGCAAUGCAUUUCUAUUACUAUUUUGAAGGAACCAAUGUAUUCCAAUGGUCAAUUUGUGUAUGUGCCCCCUCUUCAUGGGCUAUUUUUUUAAAAGCAAAAGCAAAUGGAAACCUCAUCCCUUAGAAUACACUGUAGGUGCACUGGGCUAUCAUGUAGAAAGCUAGAUUAUAUCAUUUACUCUGUGCUUGUGGCUAAACCGUCAACUAAAAUCCCUGUGUAUGAGCCCUGGCUGCUAGGUGGGCAGCUAUGUCCUGGUCCUGCUUUCCCCCUUGAGCUGGAGAGCUUUGCUGCUUCAAUGUGCUGUUCACAAGCCAUGCCCUAACCCUCUUCUGCCUGUCUAGCUCCCGCAGAGUCCCACAGCCGAUUGGUACCCCAUCACGAGCUCAGCAGCCCUGUCACAUCAGAUGAAGAGUACCUGAGCCCCUUGGAAGAGUUCCCUGAGUCUGGCACCCCACGGCAUCACCCUGUCAUGAAAGUGCAACCCCGAUCUGAGAUUGGCCCACCCCCAGUGCAUGUCGGCAUCAACUUCAAGGCUGCCCCUUCCUUUGAGGUGAGCAGGUGGUGAGACUAGCGCAGGAGGGCAUGACAGUGGAACCUAUGGCUUUUGCAUACUUGAAUGAGGAUUCAGGUUAUAAGUCGGCACUUCCUUGGAUUGGGGUUGGGGGCCCUGGGCUUUUGACAUGCUCAGACCUUUGAGGCAAAAGUAAAUUUCAGCUUUUACUCCGUUGAAGGUAUUGCACCUAGCAGAGCUUGCCCUGCACUCUGCUUAUCCCUGCCCCCUGCCUUAAAGAGAACUUGCUUCCCAUCUCCCUUUGCAGUUGGCAUGAUCCUGACACCCUCUCUUGCAGGUGACACUGAGUGACCAGGAAGUACUGGAGGGGCAGGAUGUGGUCCUGCGCAUUCGGGUACAGGGAGAGCCAAAGCCCAUUGUGCACUGGUGAGUGGGUUUUAUGAUACAGCAUAACUUCACAAGUAGCCAUGUUGUCCUGCGAUGAGAUGGGUGGCGAAGCUUUCCCAGUUUUGCAAAAUAAGAAUCUCUCUCAGGCAACCAGUAGGGGAACUUGUGUCCAUCAAGAAGAGUGUUGGGUUUAUUUCAUUUUUCCUGUCUGGCCGUCAGUACUCCACAACUGACUAACAACAGUGUGAUAUGUAGACUGGCAAAAUAUUAAACAGACAAGGCUGGUCUUUGAUUUCCAAAGGGCACAAGACCCAUCCAACCUGAGAAUGGUUUGUUUUGUAUGUAAGUGGUGGGAUGGCAAAAAGAAAGCAGGUCCUCGGCCUUCCAGAAUGUAUCAAGAAUCAGACCUGAGACUGAUAGGCCUGGAUGUAAUGGCAAAAAAAAAAGAAAAGGGAUCUCUGAUCUUAUGGCUUGAACUGCCUUGACUAUAUUAUACCAAAAGCUAUGUUUGUAGUAGCAACAAGGUUGGGAGAAGGCCAGUGCAGAAUUGACCGUCCAGAUGAAGUAUGUAGCUUCUUCCUGAGGCAUGCUGCUGUGGAGGAGGGAUGGUGAGAUGAGAUGACAGAAGAAGCAUUUUGUGAAGUUGGAUGGAGUUGCAAGCACUGCAGACUCUCAGACCCUCUCCUCUGUCCUCUAGGUUGAAGAACAGGCAUCCAAUAAAAUAUGGGCGACGCAUUUCUGCUGUGGAGGAGGACGAUGGAUCUUUCUGCCUACAUAUCCGCAUGGUGGAGUGCACUGAUGCUGGCUAUUAUGCCUGCAAGGCCAUCAAUGAGUAUGGCACCAAGCAGUGUGAGGCCAAGCUUGAUGUACAAGGUACCUUUGGAAGCCACAGAGCAUGAAGAUUAAUGCUUGCCUGCCAUGGGCUGUCCCCAGAAUAUCCUGCUUGCAUGCCUAUUUCCUUGGUUUACUCACUCAUGUAAGCAUGCUUCUGACUCCCCCCCCCCCCAACAUCCUGUGACCUAUAUCAAUCCUCUGCCCACGAGUAGCCUGUGGCUCCAUGGCUGCUUGUUUCUGGUUGUAUUGUAACUCUGUCUCCUGCCCCUAGAAUUCAUGACAGCCCUUGACUGAAUUUUGCCCUUUUUUCAUCAUGAGUCUAAGAAAUUUAGAGCUCCAGUUUAGAACUUCAGCCUAACACCAGAUUAUCAAGAGGCACAAGCAAUCAGGUUUCUGUGGACUACUAUGGUAAAUGGGGCAAGGAGAGGAGAGAGGUUCAGCUGAAAGCAAGAAGGUAUCAUGAGUUCCUGAACAUAAAUUAGGAUAUCUUUAACACUUUUUGAAUGUUGAAAGCAUUUCCGAAAUCCUUACAGCAGACUUGUAUGGUAGUUAUAUUAUACCCAUGUUGCCAAGGUGGGCUUGAGGUUAAGAAGAUAGUGGCUUGCUGAGGGCCUCCAGAUUAGUGUAGUAAGAGGCAGAUUAGAACUGGGGACUUGGCUAUUUAUUUAUUUUAUUUAGCAAAACUUACAUACAGCUUUAUAGCAAUAAAACCACAAAGCUGUUUGACAAAUAGUAAAAAACAUUAAAAGUAUAAAUAAAAGACAGUUAAACAGGUACUUAGAAAACAUUCAAAACUAAUUAAAAUCAACAGUAAGCUAAACCAUUAUUCUAUGCUACAAGCUUAUAUUGGUUUUUCUUUCAUUUUAAGUGGCAUGGACAGGGUGAGGUGUGCCGCCUCUGGUAGCAGCUAUUAAGUAAUGUUAAAAAGCAACAAAUUAAUUAAUCAAUAGAUUUGGAUUUCCUGCCUCAGGCACCAAAAUGUUUUGGACUGUCACUAUUCAUGACUUUCAUUAGAGAAUCCUGGGAAUUUUACUUGCCUCCUUAGAACUGGGGACCCCUGGAAGGAGGGAAUGGGGCCAAGCUAGUUGAGAUACUUCAUUUUGGAAUAGUGGAUGCUUAUGCUGGGAUUGAGAUCAGCCUUUAAUGCUGGGAUUAGGGGUGCUCCCAGUCUAUUUUUGGGUGGGAUUCAGUCACAUACUGAGAAAUUCAUGUUGCACAAUUAUAGUUGGUUGGGAGGUCUCUACACACCCCAGAUAGGACUCUUUCCAAUAAGGAAAGUGAUGGGAAAACACACUGGAUAGUAUAGGGUAACACUUACUUAAAUGAUGCAACAUCAUUUAACCUCCCACAAACAAAUCAGGAUGAAUGUUCAUUAAAUAGCCAACAUCCUCUAAUCUUCCUGUAAACAAAUGAGGGUGAAUGCUAAUUAGCACCAGUCAUCUGAAAGCACCCUAGUAAGAGCAGCAACGGGAAGGGGAUUCUUCUCCAUUCCAUUUAUUUGUACACUCAAAAUUUCACCCACCCAUGGGUGGGAAAGCUGUGGGUGGGGACUGUGUGUGUGAAUAAACAAAGAGGAAAGGGCUAAGUGGGCCACCCACUUCACUACUCUUCAGCUCUCAAAUGCAACCAUUAGAAAGUUCAAGUUCACGACUGUAGUGUGGGCAUGCUCUGAGCCACUAGCCACUAGCGCAGUCCAACACAAGGCCAUUUUUUUGCAAUCCUCAGCAACAUUUGACACCCUCUCACCCUUCCAGCCCUUGCACUGCCUUCCCAAAGGCUCUGGGGUUUGGGAAGGAGGUGUGAGGGCUCUGACAGGGUCAGAAAGUUAGCUCUUUCUCAGCUCUGAGAAGAAGCUGGAAGGGCCUUAGGACACUGCCCAAAGCAUUGCACCUCCUUCCCAAAGCCCAGGCAGCAUGAGGUUGCGGGGUGAGGUGUCAAAUUUUGGCCUCUCGCUCUCCCCCACCCUGGCGCAACAAGGCAGCGUGUGGCCCACGGGUUCCGUAUUGAAGUAGGUAGGAAAAGUUGGACCGUCCCUGCACUAGGCUAGGCUCGUUCUCCUGGGGAGCCCUCCAUAGGUAGCUGCCUUCUCCUGAGCAUGGCAAGUGCAACUGCCUUGAGACCCUUUGGAUGCCUGUUCCAGAUGGGAAGAAGAGCAUUCAGCUGUUGCUUAGCAACCGAGCACCAACUGCCUGUGUUCUCCCAAUCCUCCCCCGUCCCACCUUGAGCUGAAACAGUGGCAGCUGCUGUGGAAUUUUGGAGAAAGGAACCAUGAGCCUCUGCUCAGAAAGGAAAGAGAUGAGAGAGAUAGCCCACUGAGGGGGCCUGAUGGCUGUGUAUACCAAUGUACUGCUCCCACAUUCCCAUAAAGACAACCAUUGGGGCAAUGAGCAGCAGCAAGUUUUACCGCCAGCUCUCAGUACACUCCUCCCUGACCCCUCAAUCCUACUAUCCUUUUUUUUCUUGGCUUGGUUCUGCCUUUCCCCCCACCCUGUGGUACCCAGAACUGGGUCCCAGUGGUGGUCUGCCACCUUCUUUCCAGUUCAUUUCCAGCAGAAACUAGGGCCCAUCUGCAUUAUACAUUCAAAACACUUUAAACAGCCAUGGCUUCCCUCAGAGUUUCCUUGGAACUGUAGUUUGUCAAGGUUGCUGCAAGGUAUUUGGAAACUCUUACUCUCCUCAAGAGAGCUACGAUUCCCAGAGUUUGCGGGAAGAGGACUCAAUUGUUAAGCCACUCUGGGAACUGUUGCUUUGUGAGGGGAAUAGAGGUAACAAUUCUUAGCACCCUUAAUAAAUGACACUUCCCGGGAUCUUGUUUAGGGAAGCUAAGGCUUAAGUGUUAUGAUACUGCUUUAAAUGUAUAGUGCAGAUGGGGCAUGCGCCAGGCAUCGUCACUACCAGCAGGUGAAGGAGCAACCCAAGGCAUUUUGCUGCCUGAGACAAAAGGCAGGAUGUGCCUCCCCAUUCCAUGUACAGAAUCUGACCACUUACAGUAAAAUUACUUCUUCAGUACUGAUGCCGGGGUAUCCUCCUCCACUGUACCUGAGGGCUGCAGGUUGCUUUACAGGGCGCAGAGCAGGCUAGUUGAUAGGACUCAGGCAAAAUGGUUGUAGUGGGGCUGUUGCCACCCCAGCAUUUCCUGCCUGACGUAGCUGCCUCGCUUUGCUUAAUGGUAGGACUGGCACUGGAGCAACCAGCUCCUGUCCACAUGGGCAUCUCUUUACAGUGCCUGUGAGCCUAAAUGGGAUGCUAUCCCCAUGCUGGUUACAUCUAGUAAAAGGAGAGGCUCACUAGCUGAGGGUAUAUCCAAUAUUGGCUCACCUCAGUCUGGCGGGACUUUUGGUUCUUUCCCCUACACCCAUUUAAAAGGUGCCCUUUCCACUUUGAUCAGCCUCUCUUGCUGCCUCGUGCUGAAUGCAAAUCCCUCUGAUUGGCCCAUUGCAUCACCUUUUAGGGAAAUAGAGGCAGGGCUGUUUUCAGGUCCUGAGUGAACAGGACUUGCAGGGUCAGUUCCUAGCAUCACUGGAUCUGCAGAAUGUUCCCAGGUGGCAUGUUUUACCUAGAUAGGAAGAAGAGUCUGAGACUUCCUAUAAUGGGUUCUGCCUGGCUUCAGUGUUGGACUGGUUGGCUUGGGAAGAAGCGGACACUGUCAGGCAAAUGGGAGUGUGUGUCUGUGUGUAAAUGCACUGUGCUUGCUCUUUUGGUUUGCCAGACAGUGUCUACAUCUGUGUAUCUGCCAGGCAAACCCUUUGCUUUGACCAGGCAUGUGUGAAUUUGUCUGUGCUUUGCUUCUGUGUCCACCAUGCUACACUAACCCUUUGCUUGCUGACUGUGUUUUUGUCUGUACAGGGGGAGUGAGCUAAGGUACUGCUUGGCCCCUGGGCCGCUCUAGCCAGACAACUUGGGCAGUUGCCUCUGCUCCCAGCGUUGACUGAACAAACCAGACUGGCAAGGCUUGGCUCCUGCCCCCACCCACUGGAUGGCCAGCGCCGAGACUCACCUGGACCCACAGGGCCUGGCUGCAGCUGGAGGAGUGAGCCACUGUGGGUGGGAGAGUAGUUCUGGGCUGCCCUUAGCUGCGUGAGCUGAACCAAUCUGUGGCAUCUCCUUAGUGCGUGGGCAGGAAGCCUCUCUGUACAAUCGAGUCUCCAUGUGAUCCACUCUAGGGCAUAUAAUCUCAGUGGUGGGCCCUGUGCCUGUACCCAGGCGUUACACCUCUAGGUGCUGAUGGUGUUUAAUCCCCGUGCCGGCAUCCAUUUCUGUCUGGCCUGAACUGUGGCCAAUGUGUGGUGCUCUCUGUUUCUUCCAUGUGUCCAUGUCUUCUUGCCCCUGUUUGCACACUCCUGUUUCCAGGGGCCUGGGGCAGAGCACUAACUUGUCUGCUCCCUGGCCAGCUUCUCUAGAGGCUUGUGCUGCUCACCCACGGACCACACACACUAAAAUGAGGCAGCUUUGGAAGGAGGAGGCCCAAUCUAGGCCUUGCUUUCCCUCAAAUCCAAGAAGGUGUCUGUGGGCAGAAGACUACAUGCUCAGCUUUACGCAAGGCAGCGUCCUUAUCUGCACGAAGUCUGGACAGCACAAGCUCACUGGGAAGGGACCUUUGCCCCUGAGUUGUGUGGGAUGGAGGAGGGCUCAGGGAAAUAAUGGUACCCCAUUAGACUUGAGCCUGCUGGGCUAUGGAGCAUCUUUAAUGAAGGAGGCCAGGGAUGCAGUCUCUUACUACCAUUGUGCCCACCCUGCUCUGGGAAGGUCUCACAGGGGCUGGGCUACAGUGAACCCCUUUUUUGUAGAAGAAAUAAAGUCUGUUUCGUUUGGUAAAAGUGCUGUGUGGUUUGUUCCUAGCGCAGACCCCUGUCUCCCUCUUUCCCACGUCCCCUUCUUACCCCAAUAUCCUGCUCUUGUGUUCUCCACACCCCAUCAUUCUUUCAUUCACAUUUAAUUUGCUUCUGAAUAUGGCUGCCUUCCUCUCUCCUGCUACUCAUUCCUGGUUGCAGUGGUUAAUGGGUUGCCAGCCUCAAGUAGUAUUUUGUUGAAGUAUUAAACACAGUACACACAGAAGUAUUUGCUCGGAUUUGUCUUAACUUGGUAGUUUGAAGUGUGCAAAAUUUACAGGCCGUUGGUUCCCUGAUGUGUGGAGGAAAGAUGACACUGGGCUAUGGGGGAAGCAACUUAUUCCUUCUCCUUAGUUCUUAGUCUUGCAUCCUGGUUUAGCACUAGAACUAGAGUUAUUGCAUCAGGUUUUUCCAUUCUGCAUUUAUCGUGGCUUUGGGUGUUUGAGAUGUAGGGGAGGAACAGGCAGUGCAAGAUACAUAUGCUUCCUCCUCCUUUGCAUCUUGAGCAGCUUAAAGUUAUUUGUCAAGGUGAUGGUAUUAGUUACCCCCAGUGAGUUGUGCAGCUCUUGUAGAAAGUUAGCCAUGCCUCAGAGCUACUCUGGGAGAGUGCAGAAGCCCUAGGGUUUUUUUGUUCAUUAUACUUAUACAAUUGAAGAAACUAAUAGACAUUGAACAUAGCCAGAAGUGCAGUGAGUGAAGUUUCAGCAUACUGAAGUCAGUCAUUGCUAGUUUAAUCUAGCUUAGCAUUAUUCUUAUGAGAAUAUUGAACCAAAGGAAUUGGAGUACUGCAUGACACUUAACAGUAGGGAUGGGGAAGGAAUCGCACCCUUUACUCUUGUUGGCAAUCAACAAGAUGUUGGCCAGCUUGGCAAUCUCACUUAGCCAUGAAUACUCACAACAUGCUUCCCCCACCUUGUGCCCUGCAUCUUUUCCUGUUUUUGUUCCAUUGCUCAGAGACGCAUCUUUCUUUCUCUCUCUUUUUUUCCGUUUCCUCCUCCCUUCCCCCUCCCCUCCUUUUCCCCAGUGCACCCUGAGACCCAGUCCUUGGCAGUGCUGGCCCCCCUGCAGGACGUGGUGGUGGGGGCUGGGGAUGCAGCUCUCUUCGAGUGCCUGGUGUCUGGCCCACCUGAUGUGGAUGUGGACUGGCUAUGGCGGGGGCGCCUGCUCCAGCCUGCUCUGCUCCAGUGCAAGAUGCAUUUCGAUGGGCGCAAGUGCAAGCUACUGCUUACCUCUGUGCAUGAGGAUGAUAGUGGUAUCUACACGUGCAAGCUUAGCACAGCUAAAGGUAAGGAAGGAGGAAAGGCUGCACUGGGAGAAGUCAAGGUGGUCCAGGAGCAAGAAGGGGAUGCUUGUAACUGGCUGCUCACUUUCAACCAACCAUUGUAACAGUGCCUUUAAUAGCAGUGUGAUGAACAUAUAUAAAUAGGUGAUGUUUAUCUCCAUCCCUUGAAACCCUUAACCUGCUUGUUCCUCCAUAUUCAGGUGCUCUUACAGGCACGAGAGCAGGUUGGGCUCAGUUUUUUUCUGGUCAGCUGGCAACCCUAUUUGCAACAGGGUCAUCACUGCACUGAUAUAAUUGGGUGGGGGGAUGGUGUCUCUGUGAUGCUGAAGUUUUAAGAUUCCAUAAUUAUUUGACCAUUCAAAAUAGGCACACAUGUUUAAGCAGGAAGCAUGAAUAGCCUGCUGCCAUAGGCCCUGGGGGCUGGCAUGCCUCAUUAAACCAAUGUAAGAACCUUCACAUCACCCUAUCUGCUUCCUUGCCACCUAGAAAACGCAUUGAGACUGCAAUCCUAGGCGCACAUUACUUGGGAGCACUUGAUGGACUUUCUUCUGAGUAGAUUUGUUCAGCUGGAUAGCUCAGUUGGUUAGAGUAUGGUGCUGAUAAUACCAAGAAUGUAGGUUUGAUUCCUGAAAGAGACAACUGUAUAUUCAUGCAUUGCAGGGGAUUGGACUAAAUGACCCUGCGGGUCCCUUCCAACUCUAUGAGUCUAUGUACCCAUUUGAGAGAAGGUCCUACACAUUAAACUCAGUGAGACUUGUUUCUGAAUAGAUGUGUAUAGUGGUGUAUCCAUCACAGAUUUAGUAAAUCAAAUAUAUAUAUCAAGGCUGGGGAAGGGCAACUGGAUUGGAUAGGGGCAACUGCAGAACAAAUUUAGUUUAGUUUACUUAUGGACAUCCUGAAGUGACUUAAAAUACAAUAACAAAUUCAAUAAAAACAGUACAAAUAUAAGAAUACUAAAAGUGUUCAUGCAAAGUGGGUCGUGGGAGUGGAGAAAUUGCCUACCAACAUGAAAUAUGUCCCCACUGCCAUACGGGGUGAACAACAGCAGCUACCAGAGCCCAGCCUGCUGUCCAAAUGGCCAAGGGUUAUACAGCACAAGUUAGAGCCAAUCCACACUUUUCUUUGUCCCAUGAUUUCUAGUCACAGGUCUGAGAGGUUUCUUUUUUGUCCUGCUGCUUUCCCUGGGAAAACCCGCUGUUUCCUGCUGAAUCAGAACAAACGUCAAACUUCAGAAAACCAAAUAAACAGCACAAAAAAUAUAAUGGCAUGUUGUGGGUAAUUCCCUUGCCAGUCUUAUUUCUAUGCUACUAGUUCAUUACAAUUCUCCUGCAAGGACCAGGCACCUGGUUGUUUUUAGGGUGUGGGGUAGAGAAGAGCUUCCCUAUUUCCUUUCGUGUGCAGAGCUAUCUAGGGCUGAGUAGCCACCAUACAUUUAAAGCACAUGUAUUUCCCCCAAAUAAUUCUAGGAAAUGUAGGUUAGCCCCAUAGAGCUAUAACUCCCAGCACCUUUAACAAAUUACAGUUCCCUGGAUUCUUGGUGGGAGAGUGAAGUCAUUUGUUUUAAAUGUGCUUUCACUGUAGAGUGUGUGCUCAAACAUGGUGCACUUGAGUUGGCGUUAGAUAAAAAGACAUUCCAGACUAAUGAGCUGAGAUAAAUUCCUGGGCAAUUUAUGGGUUGGGGGCAGGGGGUCAAAGGGGCAAGAGGUAUAGUAAAGGAUGCAACUAUGUGGCCGCGCCAGUCCUCUCUGGGUUACAAUCCUGGAUUUGAGUCCCUAGCUAAGAGUUGCUUUCUGGACCUGUAUUAAGGGACAAGAAGCUUCAGCAGAGAAGGAAAGAAAUAUAUUAAUAUAGUAGGCCUUAUACCUUAGGUAUGUACCGAGCUUCUGAACUGGCAGGACAAAUAAUACAGCCAAGAAUAACCUCCACAGACCUGCUUGCUUGCUUUUAUGUGGCCAGGCUGAAAAGGUCAUUUCGUGCGUGGAGAGGUUACAUGCAGAGCAGCUAGCUUGCAAAAGUGGGCAAAGGGAAAGCCCCCACCCUAUGCUCAUAUGAGCACACAGUUCACAUUCAGAAAAGAAGGCUGUGUACAAACCAUACUUAAAGCACCUUUCCUUCACCCAAAGAAUCCUGAGAACUGUAGUUUGCUAAGGGUGCUGGGAAUGGUAGCUCUGUGACGGUUCCUUGAAUCCUUGGGAUGUGCUUUGAAUGUGCUUUAAAGACACGGUGUGUAUGUAGCAGAAGACAUCCAAGCACCAUUUUUUUUCCCAGGGAAGGGGAUAGCCAUAACUCUUAAAGAGUUUGCACCAAGUCUUGAACCUGUUUGUCGCUCAGAUGCUAUGUCAUUGUGCCCUCUAGCACCCAAGGCCAUACACAGCUACUCCGCUAUCAAACAGUUGCAAUAAGGAACUCCACUGGUGCUUUUAGCUAGGCACCAGAGUUCUAGCCCCAGGUUGGGAGUUCCAUGAGAGAAAGGAGCUGAGCAGCCCUAUUUGACUUGCCUCAGACACACCCCAGACCCCUUUGGAAUCUGUUCAAUGGCUUGGAUGAAUUCCCCAAGUGGUGUGGGAUUAGUUAGGGCCUGGAAUGGCAUUGCUUGUUACCCAUUUCUUGCCACAAUCACCUCUUUGUGGCAGGAGCGGUGGGGCUGGCUUUAAAAAUGGCACCUUGUUUGAGUGCAAGCGGCUUAGCAAGGUGAGACAAGUUAUAUUGGCACCUGAGGGAAAAAAUCCCCAUAAGCAGUGGAGGCUGGUCCAAUAGGGUGAAUGGAGCACUGGGCUGCCAGCCUCAGUCUGUCCUCAGCCAAUCCCAGGGGCAAAACUGUCUGUCGGCUUCCUCCUCCUUAGUCUUAACAGGGUUUCCCUUGCAGAACGAAGCAGGGAGGAUGAUGGGGGAUUUGCUGACUCUGCCUGUUAUUGGCUCUGGUUCCACUGAUUGCUGGGCCUCCUUCCCGUCUGCCCCACCAAUACCAAUGGGAACCAGCCAACACUGCCCAGAAGUGCUUAUCACUGGCAACAAAAAAUACAAUUUUACCUUUCAGGGUUGUACUUAUCGCCAACAACCUGUUUGCAAAUUAAACCCACUGGUAGUGCCCAGUGUCUUAGUAAUGAUGACACUACAGUGGCUGUCACUAUUAGAGAGGCCUGCACAGUAGUAGUGGCAACCUGAUUAGGGAGGCAAAUGACUUUUAUUUACAUUCUCCUCUCUCCUAGUCUCAGACAUGCUCAAGUACAUCCUCUGACGGCCCUGUCAGAUGACAGAUUCAAAGCCAAUGAACAGAUGUUGGAGGGAGUUGCAGAGGAGGGGAGGGAAACUGGCAAACCUGACGCCUACCCAUACAAAGGGGCUUAGAUUCUGUUACCUUAGUGAUUUGAACAGAGGCUGGCAGCUUUUGCAGGAAUGUUCUAAGGAGGGUUGUUGCCACUUUCUCCUCUUACCCACACCCUAGCCUGUGCCUUUAACAGCAACCUGACAUGCAGAAAUUCAGCAGCUGAGGAUUUUUGUGGUUUGGAGAUAAAUCUGUGUGUGUGUGUGUGUGUGUGUGUGUGAGAGAGAGAGAGAGAGAGAGAGAAGAGAGCACCUUUCCCUGUUUCAUUUCUGUGCAUCAUAAAGAGUGGCAUUCAGUGCAGAAGAGCAGAACCAUUUAAAAAGUUGGAUAAUUCAUUCAUUCGCCUGCUUAUUUGUAUGCUGCUUUCCCACAAGAUAUUAGCCAAAGUGGCUCAAGGUGUUAUCAAAAGAUGAGCAAGAAUUUUCACAAGGAAGAAUAGCAAAUAAUUAUAUUGCAUUAAUAAGUAAAUGAAUCAUAAAAAUAACCUACCUCCAAGCAUUAGGAUCUAAUGGUCACAAGGAGAAUUGGAAGCCAAGGUCAGCUUUAAGACAGUGCCCAGAAAGAAGCAGGAGCAAUUAGCUUAUGAACUCUCCUCUUCCUUAAUAACUCCAACCCUAUGCCCAAAGAACGUCCUUCCUGCUCUUUUGCCCCCAACGUUUCCCUUGCUCACAACUUCUCACAACCGUCCCAUGCCCAAGGGUAUAGCCGUCCAGUCACACAACCUGCUGCCAGCUGCUUCCCCUACUGUGCCUCCCAUCCAUGGCACUGAGACUGCUUUCAGAAGGGAAGGGAAGAUUUCUCCAGGGCCCUCCACUGUAGCUGACCCUUCGCUGUGCCUUGCAGAUGAGCUGACAUGCAGUGCCAAGCUGACGGUCUUGCCCUCGCAGCAGCCACUCUUCACCCGCAAGCUGGAGGCCGUGGCUGUGGUGGAGGGGCGGAUGGCACGGUUCGACUGCAAGAUCAGCGGCAAACCCACACCAGUUGUCACCUGGACACGCUUCGGUAAUAGCCUCCAUCUCCCAGUACAGGAGGCUCUGGGUAACAGGGAAUUAAAAAAUCAGCUUUUGGGGGGUUGGGAGGACAAUAGAGUGUGGGAUCGGUGCCCAUCUAUUCAUGGUGGCCUUGAUGUUGCAGAGAGAUCAGGCCGCAGGGUCAAGCUGCUCCCCACUCCACGUUCCUUUUUGGAAACCAUGACAACUGGGAGGAGGGGGCAGGGGCAGACCAUCAAUUAGCUUCUUGAAUUGAAACCAGUACAUUUGAUGAUGGUCAAAUGUGUCCACCUAAGGACUGGGCACAGAGUCCCUACCUCUCAGUAUCUAUGGUGUUUGGCUGGGGUUGCACCCAUGUACAUGCCUCUGUAGCAUUCUCUUCACUGUCUUGUUGGAGUGUCCACAGUUCUCAAGUGCACAGCAGGCCUUUCUGCAUACUCUGUUUCCAGCUACGAACUCGGCCGCUGCUCUGGAUGACAAAGUUGAUCUACAAGUUUUUAUUCAGGAUCCUGAGCUGUGCUGGAUGCCGCCCUCUUCUUCAGACUGGGAGCUGGUUGCUGGCAAAAGAGCUCUCCCACAUUUGUAGCAAGACUAGCAUGUGUAGGGCAGUGUGGCCUACCUACCCCAUGUCAUAAAUUUCGGUAUAGCUACUCUUCUGGGGUGGGGCUGGGCAAGGCCUCUUCCUCUUUAUUUCUGUUCCCUAUCGUGGCCCAAGGGAUAGAGGGAUGCCACUCCCUGUUCUAGGCCCUAAACCAGUGGAAGGCUUGGUUUCGUUCAGGAUAAAGCAUGCCUUGGUUCCUCUUGCUUUCGGACCAGGGCUCUCUGACUGAGAUGUGUCUGAUGCAGGCCAGCCUGUGCAAGAGGGGGAAACCAUGCGCCUGCAGCGGGUCGGAGGGCUGUACUCACUGCUGCUCCUGCACGUGAGCUCCGAGGACGAGGGCCAGUAUGGAGUCAGUGCCAGCAACAAACAUGGCCGAGCCGAGUGCACUGCUGAGCUGUACGUGGAGGAGCCGAGACCAGCAACCAGCUCUCAGAUGUGAGUAUGAGGAGAAAGGAAGGGCUGAGGAUGGGGCCUAGGAUAUCCCAUUAAAUCAGGGGCAGGGAACCUUUUUUCCAGCUCAAGGAUCACAUUAGCACAUAGAUAACCUUUCAAGGGGUGAAAGGUUCCAUGGGUGGUAGGUAACCUUUCUACAGUAGGCUUCGUUUCAGCCACAGAAAAGUCAGAGAGUGUUCUCUCUCUUUCUCUCUGCACCCCCAAACACACACCCUUCUCCAUCCUCUCUCCAGGCAAGCAAGGGACAUUUCUACAGUUCAGGAACAUAUUCCAGUCAGAGGGAGAAAGCACUUGGGGCCUGAGGAGUGGGGUGGUAGUAGUCUGGGGCGAGACCCAAGGGCCAGAUAGAGAACCUGGAGGGCCACAUUUGGACCCUGGGCCUGAAGUUCCCUACCACUUGCCUUAGGUGUUGGGUCACAGUCAGUUGUGGGCAUUUUAAUAUUUCUUACAGCCAAUGUUCUGGCACCAGCUAUCUUCCUGUGCUAAUUUGCUUAUGCGAAUGUACCCAUGGCCUCCUAAUUUGGCUUGCACUGUGCCCUGGCACUGCAUCUUUUUUUGUGGGGAGGGCACAUUUAAGGCCUGGGCCAUUUUUAAACCGUCCUGACCAAUGGAAUAAAUGCUGUUUGUUUUCUUUGGCUUUUGACUACACAGUGUGGCUUCUCCCCACCCCCAAGUUCCAUAUUAAUGUCAGGCAAUAAAGAGCUAGAAGUUGUUUGUCUGUGAUAUUAACUUCUGUGUUUCAAAUGCAUUGCCUUACUGACAUUUGUAUAUGAGUGGUGAUAGCUGCUCCCCACCCUGGCCCAGCAAUCCUAAUAUGAGGGGGAAACUCCUCAACCUGGGAGUAAUUCUGUAUUCAUGAGAACCAGACCCGGCCUCUGUUCUCACUGACCCAAGCUCACAGGAAGCUCCCUGGAAUGCAGGCCCCGUCACAGCCUGGCUCGUUGCCCAAACCAGAGUGGCCCUCAAACACAGUCACUCUCAGAGGGCUCUUGCUGUCUUCUUGUGAGAAUCAGCUUGCCUGUGGCCUUACCAGUCUUUCCCAACAUACUCCGCUCUUUUAUUCCUGUUCCAGGUCUUAUAAGUGCACAUGCUCUUUCAGAGCACAAAUCCUUCGAUGCAUCAGCAACUAUAAUUAGCAUGCUUAAAACGAGGGACAUUAGCCAGACAAAAUAGAGGCAUUUUAUAUUAAGGCCAAUUGAACCGAUUACAUGUAAUAUAAAAAAGGACCGGGAGAGUCAAUCUGUUGUAGCAGAAUAGCAGAUAUCCCUGGCACUACAUGCAAACAGGCAGUUAUCUGGUUAUUCCAGGGCAAUGAAAAGCAUUAUCCCUCCCCAGAGCCAAGCUGUUGGGUUGAUUGCAAAGACAUCUCAACUUUAGUUAAAGGCAAAUGUUUUUCCAUUCCUCUUUAAGCGUGGACAAAACCCUGAAGCGAUUGAACUGGGCUGGGUUCAGUACUGUAUAUUAUUACCCAGUUUAUUACCCAAUAUAUUACCUAUUUCAUACAACCAGCAAAUUUUCCUAUGGCUAUCAAAAACUGCUCCAAGAAAGUAUGGCGUUUCCUGCCUUAUACACCUACGGUUUUCUGUUUGUGAAGCAGGAGGAAAUAUGUUUGCCCACUGCUUUUGCCUGGUUGAUUUCUCCUGGCAUGGUUCCUUAUCUCUGUAUAGUCACUAUCAAACUCAAGUAGUUAGGGAUCCUCAUUUCCCAGCCACACACUGGAUGAUAUUGAUCUGUUAUUUCCCCCUGCAAUCACUCCAUAAUCCACAUUUGUUUCAUACUUCCGCAGCUCCUUUGGGUUCACUUGAUCUCCCUUCUGUAACAAUGGAAGCACUUCCCAAUCCUCAUUUGCCUGCUGCUUGUUUUCCCUGGGGAAUGUUUGCAAGAAACUCCCCUAUGGCUUUUCUCCACCAUGCCUGCAUCUGUGAAACCUGAUCAUGGCUUGCCUGCGGAGAUGGCUUUUCCUGUUCCAAUAGGAUACCUCUGACUUAUCAUAUCUGUGGCUGUGAUCCUUUGUGAGAUGUGGCUGUAGAGUCCCAUGAGCAGGGCAGCCCAGUGGCUGGGCUGGCUGCUUCGAUUGAGACCUCUCUUUUCUCUCCCUUUUUUGCCUUGCAGCUCCAAGCUGGAGAAGAUGCCCUCUAUCCCCGAGGAGCCGGAACAAGGGGAGAGCGAAGUGGAGCGCUUCACCAUGCCUGACUUUCUGCGGCCGCUGCAUGACCUGGACGUGGUGGAAUCCAAGGAGGCUGUGCUCGAGUGCCAAGUGGCCGGGCUGCCCUACCCAGCCAUCACCUGGUUCCACAAGGGCCGGCGCAUCGAGAGCACUGAUGAUCGCAGGAUGAUGCAGUGUAGGCUUCUCCCCUUGCAUUCCCCCCAUGCGCAUAAGGGAGCUGCCUCAUGAAACAGGGCCAGAUCCAGAGCAGGGAGGCCUUGGACCAGGGAGCCUCUGUGCACUGCAAUCACCUCUUUCUUCCUCCUCCUCGUUGUUGCGGUGAUUGUAAUUUAUCUCAUCUGUGAGCUGCUUUGCACAAGAAACAGGUCCCCUCCAGACUUUUUUUGGGAGGGGGGAUGUACUUCCCCAAUAAAGAGCUGGAGGAUAAGUGGCUAUGUGAGCAGCUUCUUUUUUUCUUUCUUGCCACCAUUGUCCCUUGCUCAGCUCACCCCCCUCUGGGCCAGAGGAAGGUGGCUGUGGCAAGGAGGCCAAGGGGAAAGGGCCUGAGUCUCUUGGCAGUGGGACCUCUGCAGAGCCAUAGGUCGCGGCGGAUGCCCGACUGUGCCAACCUCUGACACUGGCCUUGAUACAGAAGCACCAGCUGGAGCUGGGGGGCAAUUUGCUGAGCCCUUCCCAGUGAGAAUAAGGCAGGGUUGCACCAAAACAUACUGGUAAUUGAAGUGGAAAAUUGGAUGAUCCCCCCUCUCUUAACAAAUUAACAUGAGGACGAUCCGCCAGGAAGUUCCCCAUCUCAGGCCUCACAGGAGCUGUGCUGUGACUUGCACAGUUUCCCGUGAUUUCCAAAGGGGCAUAUGCAGAACUGUGUCCAGGUUAACUCAGAUCUCUUUGUCUCCUCUUAAUGGUGAAAGGUGGCUGGGACCACAAUAGGUGGGUGUCAUUGCCUCCUGCCUGUGCCCAUCACACCUGUAAGGCAGCACGUCCUUACCCCAGCAGCACCUGCAGGAUUCUACCUUCCCCCCCACAUUGCUACACCUUCCCUCCUCAUGUCCCUAAUACCAUUUCCCUAGCAAACAUGUCAGUACCUGUAUGCUUUGGCUCUCACUGGUUGUUCCUUUGUACAAAGAUUGUAACGUGUUCUCUGUUCCCUCCCUGUCACCAUCCAUUGCAGACAAGGAUGUGCAUCGCUUGGUCUUCAUCUCUGUCAGUCACGCCCACGCCGGGGUUUAUAAAAGUGUCAUUGCCAACAAACUGGGCAAGGCUACCUGCUAUGCUCACCUCUAUGUCACAGGUAAGGAUGGGGAAACAGUGGGAGGAGCUGCUGUUCAGCAUCAGCACCCCAUGAGGUGCUUUGCUUUGGGCCCAGGGAUGGUGAACCUUGGGCCUGAGGGCUGACUAUGACCCUCUAGACCUCUCCAGCCCUUGGGACACUUCCCAGGCCACAACCCUCACUUGCCCUGUUCCCACCCUCAAGUGCCUUUGCAUGGCUGGAAUGUGUCCUUGAACUAUAACAAUGCCUGUCACUUGCCUGGAGUCAUGAGGGUGGGUUGGUGUAGAAUGUUUCGACUUUUGCACGGCUGGAACGCAGCCUAUUUGACAAAGGUAAGAGCCACAUCUCUUGAUCUGUCACUUUUGGCUCUGGUCCUGUUCUCCUUCUGCCUCUGGUCAUGCCCAUUGCAGGCAAGCAGCCCCACACAUCUUCUCUCUCUCUUUUUUUAACAUAUCAUUUUCAAAAGCAAUUAACCAUACUUUUACAUCUUAUUCAAAUUUUUGACUUCCAUCAAUCCUGUCUGAAAAUUUUCCAAUCUAAUCUCUCAGUAUGCAUUUCUUAUCUUCCCUAUUACAUUUCAAACUCAUAACCAAUAUCUCUAUCUUUUUCUGCUUUGUAACACUUCAUAUAUUUCUCCUUACAAAACUUCUUGUAGUCCUACUAGCGUAAUUUGUUGAUUACAGUUGCUCUUCAAAUAAUUCAUAUGCUUCUACCAAUCUUCUGUAAAUCUCUGGUCCCGCAGGUUUCGAAUCCUUCCUGUCAUUUUGUCCAAUUCUGCAUAGUCCAUUAAUUUCGUCUGCCAUUCUUCUUUCGUUAGAAUUUCUUCUUGUUUCCAUUUCUGGGCUAACAAUACUCUUGCCGCAGUUGUUGCAUAUAAAAGCCCCACACAUCCCAUAAUGAUGGCUGACUGGGAACAGUUGUGGACCACAGGCAUGAAAUUUACGGCAUGUAAUGCCCUAAGAGAGAAUAUUAUGAAAAUGAUAUACAGGUGGUACAUGACCCCAGUCAGGCUUGCAAAAAUCUAUCAUUUGCCCGAUAAUAAAUGUUGGAAAUGUAAGGAAACUGAAGGUACAUUCUUUCACCUUUGGUGGACAUGCCCAAAGAUUAAGGCUUUCUGGGAAAUGAUAUAUAAUGAAUUGAAAAAGGUAUUUAAAUAUACCUUCUUAAAGAAACCAGAGGCCUUCCUCCUGGGCGUAGUCGGCCAAUUGGUGUUAAAGAGGGACAGAACUUUCUUUAUGUAUGCCACAACAGCAGCAAGAAUUCUUAUUGCAAAGUAUUGGAAGACACAAGAUCUACCCACCUUGGAAGAAUGGCAGAUGAAGCUGAUGGACUAUAUGGAACUGGCGGAAAUGACUGGCAGAAUCCGAGACCAGGGAGAAGAGUCGGUGGAAGAAGAUUGGAAGAAAUUCAAAGAUUAUCUACAGAAAUAUUGUAAAAUUAAUGAAUGUUAGAAUGAUGUUCGAUAAAAACUAAGUGGUUCUUAGCUGAAAUGUUACAAGGGAAGAUGAAAAAAGGGUUUACUAUGUAAUAUGUAAAAAUCUAAAAGUACAAUAUCUUUAUGAUUAAUUAUUAGGAUAUUUAAAAGAGGGGAGGGAACUGCUGAACAAAAUAUGUGAACUGGAAUACAAAAAAGGGAGGCGCAAGGAGGUCGAGGAAACAAGUAAAUGAAGGAUGAGACAUAGAAAGACUAAUCUGUUUGUUUAACUGUUUUUAUUUUGUAUUUUGUAUUUUUCCAUUUUUAUAUCUUUUUUCUUUUUUUUAAUCUGCUUUCUUUUUUCUUUUUUCGCUCAUUUUUGUAAUAUGUUGAAAUUUUAAUAAAUAUCUUUUUUUUAAAAAAAAAAAAAAAGCCCCACACAUCUUCUCAGUGCUAGUGUGGAAUGCCCCUCUAUAAUAUUUUGGAUCAUUCUCUCCCAGGAUGGCAAAUGUGAAGUCAAACGACCUGAUUCGAGUCUUAAUUGGUCAUGGAGCUACUAUCUUCUGGUGGAGCAAGAAAGUCAGCUAUAGAGGGCUUCAGGUGUCUUUUAGCAUUCUGCUGUUUGAACCUUUAACAUGUAGGAGACCACAUAAUAUCAUUGAGUCCUGGAACUCACUCUAGAAAGAGUGACUUAAGCACCCACCAAUUAAAAACAUAGACUAGUACCCAAGCCUCAGAAUCCCCUAAGGAAGGGGCAAAUGUGAUCUUGGUCAGAAAGCAGAGCAUACUGUCUGUGUACACGCAAUAUAUUUAAAGCACUUUUGAAGCACAUUUCCCUACUCCUCAAAGAAUUAUGGGUACUACAGUUUACCCCUCACUUUGUUACAAUUCUCAGCAACCCUUCACAAACUACAGGGCUCAGAAUUCUUGGAGGCAAAUAACAUGCUUCAAAUGUGCUUUAAAGGAAUAAUGUGUACAUAGCCCCUGUCUCCUCAUCUUUCCCUGUGUUCUUGAUGGGUCCUCACCCACCUCCAUGCUUGUCUUUUACAGAUGUGGUGCCCACACCCCCUGAUGGCCCGCCGGCUAUAGCUGCUGUCACUGGCCGAGCAGUCACUCUGAAAUGGAACAAGCCCAAGUGGCUGGAUUCAGCUAUUGGUAAGCAGGGCCAGGAAGGCAAGUGGCAGUGGCAGUGUAGUGGCAGCCGGGUGGAGAAGGAGCUGGGCUGUGAAUAAAUAGCUGCUUGAGGUGCCAAUUGGGAGAAUUUGGUGUCAGAUGCAGGGGCUGGUUCCCCAGUCUCUCCUGCUGUAGUGCAAAUGCAUCUUAGAGGGCAGGCCAUUCCACAUAACUGGAUUCCUCUGCUGGGCAGCCUGGCAGUUGUCACUGGGCAGGUGGGUGCACAAUCUGGUGCUGCGAUUGCAAGUGAGGCCCCCGCUCUCACUGACAGCUGCCAUUGAUGUGUUGUACAGCCCACUCUCUCUGCGUGCUGCUGGCAGGCAAAGGGGGCAUUACACAUUUGCAUACACUGACUGGAAAAUGUGUUCGCAUUAGCACUGGUGGGUUGUUGGUAGGGGUGUAUCUGCUUCUCUCUCUCUCUCUCUCUCUCUCUCUCUCACACACACACACACACACACACACACAUCCCACACAUACAUAGCUGUGCCUCAGAAAAGCUGCAUUUUGCAAAUUAAGCCAAUUUGCACAAUUGCUGUUAUUUUGUAUACAAAAUAUGUGCAGGCCGGUAAAACAGUUUACCACAAAUCUUAUCCAGCUACCUGAAAAUUUCAGGUGGUGUUACUCACACACUUCCAAGCAUAUCCUUCUUAGCCCAUAAGGACUAGAAACUUACUUUGUUGUUUUACUUCUGUUGUUGCUGACCAAAAGCUGUUGUUCAUGCGAACCUAAAGGGCAUCAAUUAGCUUUAAGGGGGAGAAACCAUCCAGAGGGUGAGUAUUAUCCAGUUUUCCCAACAGCCUGCCAUAUCCUUGACUCACAGACAGGUGCUUGCCUCCCCAACUACUGUAGUAUUGAGUGGGGGUGGCAUGCAAGCAUAGCAUAAAGUCCUAACUCUGGACAAAUGAUGCAUAGCCUCACUAGCUUUUUGCUGGAAGUUCUCUUCUUCUGUUCUCAGACCCUGCAGCUGUGACUUACACCAUCCAGCAGCAGGUCCUGGGUAGCAGCCACUGGACUGUGAUUGCCACGGGGGUGCAUGACACCAGCUACAUCGUCCUGGCUCUGAAGAAGGGCAUCCGCUACAUGUUCCGUGUACUCACAGCUACAGCCAAGGCUAAUAGCAAGCCCUCUCCACCCACUGAGGCUGUGCAGCUCCUUGAUCGUGGUAAGGCAGCGUCAAAGCAGGGAAAGGGGAAGAGGACAGGUGGCAGGGGGCGGGGAACUAGGAGGAGGGAAAUGGAAAAGAAGCUGACACUAUGGUAGUCUCCUCACACACACAUACCCCAAGCUGGAGUGAUGAUGCCUGAGGGCAAAUGAGAUUUUCCCAGUCUCAGUCUGAUGCUCUGGUGGUUAAACAAGAAACAUAUUUAGAUAGAAUCAGACAGAAGCAAAUAGCCAAAGGCCCAUAACAAAACAGAAGGAAAGGUUGCAUUUCUAACUUUCUGCUCCUUUCUAGUCUUAUAAUUAGGCCGCAGGGUUUACUCGGGUUCUAAUCCUAAAUAUAAAGAUUCUGAUAUAAUCAAUGCCAUUGUUUCUCCAGAGCCCAUGGCAGAGAGCCAUAAAUGCUUUCUCCCUUGGGGGAACUGCUUGCCACCUCCAGCAUCUUUGAAGUAGCUCCUCUGUUGAAGUAGAGUUGCUGAAUCCUUUGCUUGGCAUGUUCUCUAUACACAUUGAAAGUCCCACAUAAGAACUGCUAGAAGUGGGUUUCCCCCUUGCGGCCAAGAGCCCAUAUUAGAGCACUUUUGGCAUAAUGCAUAUUCUGGGAUAGAGGAGAUUCGGCUCCGGGCUCAGUGUCUGGGUACAAUAAAUCAGGAAUUAUUCAGGAAUGGCCUCUGGAAUGUGAACCCCCAAAGUCAGGAUUCCUGUUUGAUGUGUCAAAACAGGAAUCUAACCUAGCUAGCUGAGAACUUGGAUAUCUGUCCACUCCCCUACAUACUGAUGGUCCAGGGUGGGGAACCUAUGUCCCCUCCAGAAGUUGGCCUCCAAGUCCCAAUAGUCUCAGCCAGCAUUGUCAAUGGUGAGAGAUUAUGGGAGUUGUGGUCUAGCAACCUCUGGAGGACCACAGGUUCCAUAUUCCCGAUCUAGAACAGCAAACUGACCUCCUUGUGUUGUCUGCUAUGGUGGCUGUGCUUGCAGGGCCUUACCUAGCGGAGGCCCCUAUGAUCCUGGACAAGCCGGAUGUGGUGUAUGCAGUGGAGGGGCAGCCGGCCAGCAUCACCGUAACCCUCAACCACGUAGAGGUUGCUGUCACCUGGAGAAGGUAGGGAAGCUCCCAAGUCACACUUCUAUAGAAUCCAGCUCACAGACUUGUUGGUAGGCUGUUGAGUCAACUGCAUGUGCCAUGACGAUGUUAAGAUCUGGGAUGAGAACAGCUGCCUUGUAUCUUUGGGAAAGGGAGGAGGAGGGUGAAAGGGAAAGAAAAAAUAAACGAAGGAGGGAUUUUUUCUAAGAGUGGCCUGCAAGGAAGGUAUUUGGCUUUUGCUGUUUUUUAUUUCAUUGCUUGUUUAUAGCCCUAGUCUCCAGGCUCAAGGUGAGGUAGAAUAAUUUCACCAGAAAAUCUGAUGUCGCUGAAGGACUCACAAUUUAAAGGCCAUUUUGUCCUUAGCUUGGAGCGCAAGCCUGGGUUUGACAUCAAAUGUUGAACUCAGCAAUGGCAAACCAUGACCCUUUUGGUAAGUCCACCUGUCUGAUACAGGUCUUUGCAGUGGAGGCUGGUCCAUUAGGAGAAUGGGAGACUGCCCCACAAUCCCAGAUCGUCCUCAACCCCAGCCCCUACUUGCCUGCCUUUGUAGUUACAAACAGUCCAGGAGACGGUACUGGCUCUCAGCUUCUUCCUACUUAGUCUUUAAAAAAAUAAAUAAAUUAUUAAGGGUUUUCUUGUUUUACACCAAACCCUACUUAGUCUUUUUAACUGGAAGGAUGGGUACCAAACUGGGAUUAGUUAGCUCUGUCUGUCAUUGCCUCUGGCUCUACCCACAGUUUGGGCUCCCUGCUUUCUCCCCUAACAGUACCCUAAUGGGUCUCUGCAAACACCUGCGCGUCUCAUGUUCCCACUUUCAGAUAUAUGGCUGAAAUAUCUUAGGUGGACGCCAAGGAUGAAAUUGUCACAACUUUAGCAACCUACGGCACUGAGUGGGUUAUACAGUGUUUGGCUGAACAUACAUUCUCACCAUCUUUUAAUUUAUUGGAAUAUGCAUGAAAAGGAAUUAUAACACAUUUUUAUAUUGUAUAACUUUAGUUUCAGGUGUGACUCAACAGCUCCUCAUGCUGCUAAUGUUUAUGUUUCAAAUUAAUCAAAAGAGCUGUGUUAUGAGUCACCCCCAUGAAAUAUGUCAUGCUUCUCAUCAGGAGCUCAGUGUUAAGAUUCUGAACAGAAGCAAGAGCUGUGCUCUUAAUUGCUGAGGAACCUGGAUUUGGUAUGAAGCCACAGAGGCAGUUGGUGAGGCAAGGUGACAAGGAACUGCUAGUGGCAAAAGAGGUGCAACAGAGGAGGCUCCCUUAUGCCGAGUCAGACCGGCAAUUCAUCUGGUUCAGGGUUGUGUAUACUGCCUGGUUGUGGAUCUCUGACAGGGAACAUUCCAGCCCCACCUGGAGACACCAGGGAAUGAACCUGGGACCUUCUGCAUGCCAAUCAGAUACUCUACCACGGAACUAUGUCUCUUCUCCGAAGUAGUGGGAUUUAUAAGGUGGGCUUCUACUAACUCCCAUUGUGCUCCUGGCAGGCGCCUGACUUAGCGCUAUGUUGAAUACAGCCCUGAGCCUCCCACCCCAUGCUCUUCUGCCUUGUCCCUGCCAGGUCCGGUGUGGUGCUGAAGGACAGCGAUGCCAGCUGGGAGAUGAGCAUGCCCGAUGAUGACCAGCACGCCUUGCGAUUCUUUCGGGUGGGCAGGGGGGAUGUGGGGGAAAUGACCUGCGAGGUGAGCAACCAGCAUGGAUAUGACCACUGCUUCAUCAGCUUGGAGUUGGCAGGUAUGGGAUGCCCAGAACCCCUGACAUGCUCCAACAUCGUCCCCAGUCUUGGCUCUCGGACGUGUCUCCGCUGAUGACCAUGCCCCACAUCCUUAUAUAUGGAGUCACAGCCUCGCCUAUUGGGAUAAAACUUGCCUUUAAGCUCUUCCCAGAAUCUGGAAGCAGACUUAGGGCUCACCCAAGCCACAGCCAGGUAUCACAAGAGGCAGCAGUCUGCUCUCUGUCCUAGGCUUUCACAUAAGCUGGAUAUCACAAGGCCAGCGGAGAAGGUCUUCCCCAGAGGGAGGGAGGGAGGAAGAUAUGCAGCUUCUUUAGUGAACUAAGCUGGGAAAUUUAUUUAUUUUGGGGUCACUUAGGGAGGGGAGGGGAUCUUCCCUUGCUUCAACAAAUUAUGUGUUUCUGUCCCCAGAGGCACCCCGCUUUGAAUCGAUCAUGGAAGACAUUGAGGUUGGGGUGGGCGAGACGCCACAGUUUUCUGUGGUGGUGGAGGGCAAACCCCUCCCGGACAUCAUGUGGUACAAGGUGAGUGUGGGUCUUGGUCUUGGGGAGGCUGCCUGUGACUGAAGAAUGUUCCUAAGCUUCAGUCUACGCGUCUACUGUGUCCACCCUGUCAGUGGCUCUCAGUUUUAACUCCUAGGGCCCAUGAUAUCUCAGCCAUGGCCUUCUCCUCAGUGGAGCAGAUUCCCCUCAAUCCUAACCAACUCAAGGGCUUCUUGGCCUGACGUGAGAUACUCAGGAGUCUCUGAGUGGCUAACUGCUUGGAAGUGGGGCAUGUGCCUUCUGUCCUUUCACGUGAAUAGCCAAGGCCCAAUGGUGUGGAAUUAAGGCCUGCCUAAUAUUCUCAUUCCCUGCAUCUUGAAUAAUACAGCUAAGUAGAGACAUGUGGGUUUGUUCAGAAAGAGAAUCAAUUGAGGAAAGGGCCUUGGACAGGGAGUCUCAAAGAGAAGCUCGAUCCUCUUACAGUUUCCUGAAGAAAACUGGGCCUGUAACAGCACAGUAAGAGAAAACCGUAAAGGAGAUUUCUUCAACCUGUGCUUAGGGAUGAUGGGAGUUGUAGUCCAAGAACAUCUGGAGGGCAACAGGUUGGGGAAGCCUGCCACAUGAAAUGGUUCCGCCUACCUGAUGUUUGCAAGUGGCUUGUCUUGAUGAAAUAUCCCCAAUAGGAUGAGGUGCUCCUGACGGAAAGCAACCACCUGAGCUUUGUGUACGAGGAGAGCGAAUGCUCGCUAGUUGUGCUGAACACUACAGAGCAGGACAGUGGGGUCUACACGUGCAUCGCCCGCAACCUGGCUGGAGAAGUGUCUUGCAAGGCCGAGCUGGUCGUCCAUGCAGGUACGUGAUAUUGUGCUAGUCAUAAGAGCUGCUGGGCUUUAGUUGGGUGCCAGGACUGCAAAAGCAGUGUUGGCUGUGGGUCUCCUAAUGGACCAUGGUGGGUGCCAAGGCAAGGCUAGAAUUGCAACUGGCAAUGCUCAAAUCUCGAGAUGGCAUGUGUGCUGCCCAACCCAGCAUCUCUGAGGUCAUUUGGUGGAGCUGGAGGCUUUAGUACAACAGGCAGAAGAUUCCAUUGACUUGACUAGGCAAGGGCAGAAGGCCAGGCUCCUGUCAUACUGAGAGUGAUCCUGUCCAAACCAGAGACUGCCUGCCCAUCACAGGAGGUAUAUUGACCAUCUCUGCUCUGUUCCAGCCUAAGAACCCUACAUGGAACAUUGGUAACUGGUUUAUACAAUCAGACCAGUUUAUAAAAUCCAGCACAGUAUUGUCUACAGAGUUCUAAGCAGGUGUCUUCCCCUGAUCUAUCUAGAGAUGCCAGGAACUGAACCUUGGACCUUUUGCAUGUGGAGCACAUACUCUACUGCUGAGCUACAGCGCGCAGUUGGCCACUGUGAGAACAGAGUCCUACCCCAGAUGGUUCUUUAGCCUGAUCAAGCAGGAGCCUUGUCAUGUUCUUACGUUCUCAAAUGUGAAUUUGGAAGCACACCCAGAGUGUGAAUGAGGAUGCUCAUCCCCUCCCCAACGAUGUUUAAGCCAGGGAUUCACUCAUACAGGUGAUCCGUGGUGUGUCCGUGGAUUUGUGGUUGAAGAUGGGGAAUGGCGCACCCAUUGCAUUAAAUAGUGAUACUGAUUUUUAAUUGUAUUUGUACUCCUUCUAUUAUUUCUCAUCUUGUAUUUUAUUGUAUUAAAGUUUGAAUUCUAUGGAAUAACAACAUAUAAGAAAGACAUCAUAAUUGCUACACGAGGCAGAAAAAUGAUUAAGUGGUCCAACAAGACGCUCUGAAAUUUUCCAGUGGUCCAUGGUGAAAAGAUUUGGGAACCACUAAUUUAAACCCAAGUCCAUAAGGGAGUCCCUCAUAAUGGACUUCCUACUAAAGAUUUGCACAACCCAUAAAGAUUUGCACAAUCUUUAUUCCUCUCAUAAUAUUGUACCAGUGUGGGCCAAUAGGAUAAGAGUCAGCUCUACAUGAGGAUGAUGAAGCUUCCCAGGUGAAUGUCAAAGGGGGACAGGAGGAGUCAUGGUCUUGUGCUGCUUAUUCCCCCCCCCCAAUACCCCUGAUCUAUCACUGCUCCUCCCACUGUUGCUCUCUCUAGCUGUGCCAGAUGCUGACGCCGCACGGGCAGAAGAAGCCGCACACACAGCUCGUCGCCUGGCUGAAUAUUACGAUGUCCACGAGGAGAUUGGCAGGUGAGGGAGUCCUCAGGGAAGAUAAAGCAGGUUAUACUGGGCCUUCCUCUUGGUGUGAGGUGGCUCAGGCUUGAAGGCUCCUUAAAAAGGAAUGGGAAACCUGUGACCAUGGAGAUGUUGUUGGGCUCCAUCAGUCCCAGCCAACAUGGUCAGUGAUGGAAACUGUAGUCAAACAACGUCUGCAGGGCCACAGGUCAGUCACCCUGACAUGCAAAGGAACGGAUGCACUACUUGCCCACAGGAGUUUUGUUGGACUUACAAACACAGGUCCACCAAUGGGUUGACCAGGUCUGUCCCCCUGGUGUACAGUUUACUGUUACCUGGGGUUCAGUGCAGUUGUCAGAAGCUCACACAGUAAGGCAGUGGCAGCAUCUUGCUGCUUUUCCACCUUUGCUCACAUAUGGGGAUUUAAUCUGAAUCGAUUCUUCCUGGGGGGAGGGGGGCAAUUGCCUCUCACUCCCAAGUACGUGGAAGGAUGUAGCAGACACCUGCCUGUACUACCACCUUGUCCCUGAACUGUGGCAAAGCCUUCCGGCUUCCAGAACACUCUGCUGGUGAUAGUGGCACAGCCUCAACCCUGGGAGUUUGCUCUGGGAUUAGAGCCUUUCACCGAGGCUUCUCAUGUGGCUUUGGUAAAAGCCUGUGCUUUACCAGCAUUUAAUUGAUAUACUAAUUGGAGGCCUCUCCCUUCAGGUUUAGAACAAGUUUUCUAGAGAGGACUAGAAAACAGCAGGGCUGGGCCCUUUGCUUCUCCAUCACUCCUCCAUCUUCACAGGAGAAGUCACUCUGCCAUGCCCUCUGACCUCUUUCCUUAACCAGCUGGGUCAAGGUCAAAACAGGAUGACCAUAACUCAGCAAAACAAGGGGAAGAGCAAGGAAUGGGUCUGGGUGGUGCCUCAUGAUGACCUGUGCUGUUCCUCAGGGGAGCCUUCUCAUAUGUGCGGCGAGUGACCCAGAAGAGUUCCGGUUUGGCCUUUGCUGCCAAGUUCAUCCCGUGCCGCGCCAAAGCUAAGAAAUCAGCACGCCGUGAGCUUGGCAUCAUAGCUCAGCUGGACCACGAACGCAUUGUCUACUUCCAUGAUGCCUUUGAGAAGAGGAAUGCCAUCAUCAUUGUCAUGGAGUUGUAUCCUCUAUUUGGGAGAUCUGGUGGUGGUUGGGAGACCCAGUAUCCAGCGCAGUAGGCCAUUUAAAAAAUAUAUGUUUUAUUUUUUGGUAAUGGUUAUGAGGGACUCCUAGGUGGACACUGCUUUUGAGAAGCUGGCAGGGUGGGGUCUCUACUCACAUGACAUUUCCCUUGACGGACUAUACAGCUGCACAGGAGAAGAACUGCUAGAGCGGAUUGCGAGGAAGACCUCUGUGAGCGAAUCUGAAGUAAGAGCAGGCUGCUGUCAUGGGAACAGGCCCUCAAGGCCAUCUUAUCUUCAUUGUCCUGGAAGGGCUUCAUUUCUUAGAAAAUGUAUUAACGCUCCUUUUUCAGCCUGUAUGGCUUUCCUAUUAGUUUAUAUGUAAUAAUAAAAAAACCACAGCAAAAGAAAACAACUGUAUAGGCAGUGAAGCAGCAGGUAAAGUAAAAUCAUAAGAGUUUGAAAAUGAUUGAAAAGCAAUAGAUCUUAAAAAUAAAAAUAAAAACCUAGCUAAACAAGUACCAGGGACAAGGACGAGCAGAUUUCCAUAGCAAUGACAAGUUGGUGGUUUGGGCUCCAAUCCCACCUUCUGUGUGUGUCUAAUUGGAUGUCUCUCUGUUUGACUGUACCUUACUCUGACUGUUGCUGGGUUACUCACCUGCAGAUACGUUGCUACAUGCGGCAGGUCCUGGAGGGUGUCAGCUACCUCCACCAUCAUGGCAUCUUGCACCUUGACAUUAAGGUGAGUGCUCCCUGGCGUGUCCUGCUGUGGUCAGCCUUGGCCCUCAUCUGUAUUCCCUGAGCAUUUGGCUUAGCCCGGUUGGGAUUCAACUCUUCCUUUGUACAGACUGAAAUCAUGGGCCCCAUCAUACAUUUAAAGUACUACGAUACCACUUUAAACAGCCAUGGCGUCCUUCCCGCAAAGAAUCCUGGGGAAUGUAGCUUGCUAAGGCUGCUCCCCUCACAGAACUAGGAUUUCUAGAGUAGUUUAACAACCAGUCCUUCCCAAGGAACCUAGUGUAGUGCAGCAAAAUUAUUAUUCCUUAUUCUUUAUUAAAUUUAUAUACCACCCUGUAUCCACAGGUCUCAGAGGAGUUCACAAGAUAAAAUUACAAGAUAAAAAACACAAAAUACAUAAUCAAAAUAUCAAUAGAAACAGCCAAAUAACACACCCCAACAUAUAAAAACAGUUUUAAAAAUUUACUUUUUUAAAAAAACACAAUUAAAAAGCAGUUUAAAAGUAGUUUAAAAGAAUGUAAACAGUACUCUCUGCUGGGCAGCAGCAGUUCUUUUUUCAGGCCCUGUCCUAGGCCUGGUGGAGAGAGGCAGGAGCAGGACCCUCAGACUCUCAGCAGGUGUUCCUUCCUUCCUGGGCAGCAGUCCUUUUGUUGUCUGUCAGGCCCUGCCCUGACAGGGAAUGGCUAAACUAAUAUGAUCUUUGAUGCUGUGGAAUUAGACUUUGCUCUAGAAAUGUGUUGGUGAGAGCUGCUAUCCUGUAUUGCAGAAACAAUUGGAAGGCCCCAGGCUUGUCUCCCUUGCUUUUCAAUUCCCUAACAUCCUUGGCUUUCCACCAGAUUUCCACUGGGCCAAUGAAUGGGCUGCAAGGAGGUUCUGGGAAGCUUAUGGAGUAAGAACCAGCUUGGGUAGCCAAAGGUAUCACACUGCCUUGUGAGAACAAAAAUUCCAAAUAACCUGAGGUUGAUGGCAGAACCCCCCUUAUAAUAUAUGCUUGUUAAAUAGUGAGUGAUGUUCUCAAGGUACCUGUAAUCUAUAGUAUGUUGUUGUUGUUUGGUUUUUGUUUGUUUUAUACCCUGCCUUUUCCCCUGAUGGGACUCAAGGCACCUUACAGAUUAAAAAUAAAAAACAUAGGAAAACAUCUGUAAAAAAACAACUAAACAUUGAUAGAAUUAAAACUAUACACAUAUAUAAAAUCUAUUAAAACUACAGUAAGGGUGAGCAGAAGGUGGACUGGGAUCUACUAGUAGAUUUCUGGGUGACUUGAUGUAGAUUGGCAAGGAUUUCUGACUCCCCAAUUGUUUAACAAUGACAGCAACAAAAUUAUUAUUGUCAUCAUUGAUUUAUCAGUUGCCUUCUGAACAGCUGUCUCAAGACGAUGUGCACUAAAGAUAAUUAGAAACAGUUAAAAACACAAAAAAGCAAACACAUUUAAAACAAAACUAAAACUGUAUAAUGUAGACACUUGUGGUAAAGACCCAUUUAUCCAGCUGGGAAAGCCUGUCUGAACAAAAAUGUCUUCAGUUGUUUCCGGAAAGUGCAGAUAAUGGGUGCCUGUCGCAUCCCUCCCUUAAUUAUACUGCUGAAAUGAAGGAAAAAACAUUUUUAGGGUGGGAGGAUAACCAGGAGUAGAUUUUUGUGUGAAAGGAUUGUGAGCUCUGUUUUGUUCUCUUACUCAAAACAAAUUAUUGGGUCUGUUCUUUUAUUCUGAGAAACACAUUUGAGAUUUUUCAGGAACCAUACAAUAAAACCAAACCAACAUGUAAACCAGCACACAUAGUACUUAAAUGUACAGAAUAGUAUACAGAGAACCCCAAACAAGGGAGAAAAGGAAAGAAUGAACCCCUCCAUCCUCUGCCCAGAAUGGGAAUAACACCAGGAAGAAGACACACCUUGUACACAAUCUCACCAUUAGGACACACAUAUCACAAAACAAUGAAAGAAAAUGGGGGCAGGAGGUAUGCACAUUCUAUGGGACACGAUAAGAAAUGAUGCCGCCCCACCUACGAUAUCACAAUUCACCAGAAGAAUUGAUGGCAGAGAGAUGGCCUGGGCUCCCCCACCCUGUAAUUAUUAUAAGAGGAAAAAAGGAACCUGCCACUUUUUAGUUCACCUCUGGCUGGGUGCGUUUUUCAGAUAAAGCUUCCUGCCAUACCUGGUUGUGCCACCUCUGGAGGGUAGGUUGUGGUUCACUUUUCCAAUCUCCAUCCAUGCAACCUGGAGGAGAUGGAUCAUUAGCAUGGUGUUGAAAAUUUUAAUGUGACAUGCUGGUACAGUUCUCUGGAUUUGUGCAAAACUAAGGGAUCAAUAAACACACACGCUCCUCCAUUCAGGAGAUUGCUGGAAAUAGUUACAAGCAUGCACAGCAUUGAGGAAGUAGUGGACAUGAAAAGGGGCUAGACACCUUUCUGAAGACCACAGCAUAGCUCACUGGUGUGAAUAAUGCAAUGUUGGCUGUAGGGAAUCCCCUGGAGAAGGGAAUGAUUUCUGUAAUCUGUGCCUAUUGUGGGUGAGUAUCUGUCACGUUUCACAGUUGUGAAUUAUUUUGCUUACUUAGCAGCUUUUUCUCGGGGGGCACCUCCUUAAUACCUUUCCACUUUCCUUUCCCACAGCCUGAAAACUUGCUGCUGGCUGAACCCAGCAGCGAUCAGGUGCGGAUCUGUGACUUCGGCAAUGCCCAAGAGCUGCUUCCGGAUGAGCUGCAGUACUGCAAGUAUGGCACCCCCGAAUUUGUGGGCCCUGAGAUUGUCAGCCAGAGUCCAGUCUCCGGUGUCACCGAUGUCUGGUAAACAGAUGCACCUGCACAAUAUGAUGUAUGCCUGUGCACACACAUCCCUGAAAUGAGCACCAGAAAGGAGGAAUUAAAAGCUAAAGGGGAAUUCCUGAACUUGAGUAUUGGGCAAUUUCAGGGAGGAGGAAUUACUGGGAUAGGCCCUUGCUUAACCUGUAGUCCAGAAGAUUUUUCUGGGACUGUGGGAUGCCUAUUGGAAGAACAAACUCAAUUGGACCUGGGCUUGCAAUUGCUGGUUUGCAUGGGGCAGAGUCAGCACAAGUGAGGUGUCAGGGUUGCUCCCUGUGCAGCUUGCUUUGCCUUGACUCUUGCAGAUCAGCCCAUGCUGUUUCCCCUUAAAGACAGUGCAAAACACUUUUGUAUAAGUCUUACUUGGGGAGUGUGAGCAUGAUGCACUGGCUCAUUAUUGCCCAUUCUACUGUAGUGCAUUUGUUUCAACCUUAAGUUGGAUCCCGACCUCUUGCAGACCCUAGAAUGCCCUGGUUCUCUGGACUCCCUGAUCAUGGAGCCAUACCAUUUGCUAGCCAGGGGCUAAUCUAAUCUAUCUAUUGUUACAUGCACCCCAAGGCUCGAAGCAGUGAGAACUCCAGGGGUGUGUCAUAAACUUGAUUUCUGAAGGCUUGUUUUUGUUUUGUGACAUAUGGUUUAUUUUCACAUGCAUACAGUACAAGUUGAACAUAGGUGGAGUUUCACAGCAUUAAACACACACCAGCAGAUGCUUCUCCCUCAUCAGAUUAGGGGGGCCACCAGCAAUGUAGUAUUCUUGCAGAGAGCAAAAACAGAGGCAUAUGAGUUAGCACAUUCCACAACUGGGAGAGGGAAGGUAAGCCCCCUUCCCAAAAGGCUCUCUUCUGGCAGAGGGGUCUCCAGCCUAUAGCUCCUGUAGAAACAGAUCACUUCUACUUGACCAUCUAUUUUGCAGAAAAAGCCACCACACCUUAUCUGACAACUGAAACAGCCCUUCUGUUGUCCAGACCCUAACCCUACAAUCACAGAAUCAUUGAGUUGGAAAGAACCUCAACCAGCUCAACCCCUGAUACCAUCAUCCCAUUUAAUCUAUCUAUCCUUAAGAUCACUAAGUAUAGGUACCACCUGGAUCAUAUAACUUAACUCCUCCUAGAGAUGUCCUGUCAAACCACUGAAAUUUUGUCUGUUCUUUCUUUACAGGCCAGUGGGAGUAAUCACAUAUCUAUGGUAAGCCUCAGCUUGGAGGACUGUGCUAGGACUGUUCAGGUUGUUCCCAUCUCCCUUGCAGCUCUACCAUAUUAUGGUAAAGAGAAGGCACAAUGAGAAAUACCAGGGCUCUUGCUUGUCCUGGAAGCAGAUAAUUCCACCACUAUGCUUUGACAUAGUGUUCCCAUUCAGCUCUCCAGAGAGCCAUGCUCUACUGUCUCCAGGGUGUGAAUUACGGCUUGGGGAACCUUGAAAAGCUACCCCAGUAAAUUUCCUCACCCCAUCGCUACAUCCUUGCAUGCAAGGGCAUGGGAAACCCAGAAAGCUUGCCCCAAGCCUGCGAGCCAAUGAUUUUCUGACUAUUCCCUCUCUCAGUCUCACAGGGAUCUCCCCGUUCGUGGGUGAGAACGACAAGACCACACUCAUGAACAUCCGCAACUACAACGUGGCUUUUGAGGAGAGUAUGUUCACAGGACUGACGAGAGAGGCUAAAGGCUUUGUUAUCAAAGUACUGGUCAAUGAUCGCCUGUAAGUAAUAGGGUAUAUUAAGGGUCUCCCUGAGGAUUAGAUAGAGGCAUUUACCUGUGUGGGAUGCAAAGAGGACUCCCCACACACAUACUCCCUGCCCCCAUGGCAGAGAGAGGGGAAAACAACUAUAAUUAUUCCUUCUCUGAGAAAGGGAAAGCUAUGUGUCCAGAGGCACAGAAAGAAAAGCCACCUUAGAGUGGGGGCCAAAGAGAGUUCCAGGCCUCCCCUACCAGCAGGCUGCCAGGGCUUUGCAGCGAGAAAAUUAUGCUCUAGGGCCCCUCCAGACAUCCUUUUAUUGUGUGUUGGUGAUGAUUUGUGCUCAGGAUGCUCUCAGGGUGGCCACACGUGAUCCUGUGGCUUCCUGCUGAAAUCCUGCGACUUUUUAUACCACAAGGAUUCUGGUAUACUUUUGUUCAGUUUUUGUAGUCUUAUAGCCCCUACAGGUGGCAAUAAUGUGAUAGCAUUGAGGAAGCAUUACAGAAGUCAAAGGAAAUCAAAAUAAAUCUCUAAUGGACUGUUAUUGUGCCAAGAACAUAUUGCAGAACACACACAUACAAUAAAACAACUGCCCAAAGGGGCCAACAUGUACUACAUCCACUUUAACACACCUUUUGCACUUAGGAAAAUUACAGAGAAAUGCACUGGAAAGUGUGGGACGAAUGAAUGGUUAAGGAGAUAUAAGAACCUCAAACUAGCAAAUGAGGAUGAAUGAUCAUUAUUGUAUAACCUCCCCACAAACAGAUCGGAACGAAUGCUCAAUGAAGACCAGACAUGGCAUAACCUCUGUCUGUGUAAGCUUUGUUUAAGCAAAUCAGGAUGACAGCUCAGUAAACAGGUUGUCUGAAGUAGCCGAAAGACACACAAUGCUUGGGGACAACCCCCACCCCACCAAAAAGCUUUGAUUUCCCAUGUGAUCCUCUCACCCUGACUUCCAUGUCUACUGUAGUAGCAAGCAAGUAUAGUGUAUUAUUUAUUGAUGUAACGUAUUUUAAUCCUACCUCUUGAAAAAAACCAAGGUGAUUGUGCAAGAGUGAUCCCACUCUUUUUAAGCUGUGAGGUUUGUUAGCCAUUCUAGAAAGCAAGGAAAUGCUCUCACAGUCCUUUUAUUCAAGCCUGGAAAGAAGGAGCAUUGGAAUGCAAGUAAUCAGAGGACACCAUUCUGCUUUUGGUGGGAGAGAGGAGAGUGAUUGGAGGUGGGCUGGAGGAAGCAGAAGGAAAGGAAAAGGACAUGCUAAGGAGCAGUGUGUGGAAGUGUGGGGUGUGUGGGCUUUAGCCGCAGCUUUCCUCUGUGCUAGCGAAUGCUGUAUUGACUCGUUCUUGUUUUCCUUCCCAGGAGACCCAAUGCAGAUCAGACCCUGGAACACCCCUGGUUCAAGGUAAGUCCAUUUUCUGAUGCCUCUUUAGAAAGAGAAGUGGGGCCCAUGUUGGGUGGUGGUGCCUUUCUCUAGGCAGGAGAAAAUCUUGGUAGCUCAAAGUGGGAGAGGUUCCUUCAAGCAAAGGCUUCUGCCACACAUGCAGGGAGCAAAAGCAACUCUUUCCGGCUGCCUGAGCCAGAGGCAUCUCUUUGGCCACUGUGGGAAACAGGCUGGACUAGAUAGGCCUUUGUUUUGACCCAGCUACAGAGCUCUGCUUGUUCUUCUGACCCUGCCUGCUUCCACCCUUCCUUUCAGACAUUAGCCAAGGGCAAGAGCAUCAGUACAGAUCAUCUCAAGCUCUUCAUAUCUCGCCGGAAAUGGCAGGUAAACUUAGUACCUGACAGCAUGAUGGCAAUUUAUUGAUUGGUUGAUUUGCAGUUGUGAAUUCCCUCCAGCAGCAAAAUUAAGGAGGGGGUGGAUGGUAAGGUGGACACCAUUGUGCAGAAAAUGCUGCCGUGGAGCACAAGUGGUGUGUGUGCAGUUGUGAGUGUCUGUGUGUGCAUAUGACCCUGACAGUUUUCCAUGGUGCUCUUCACAUGUUGUUGGUCAACCAACGUGUCCAAUGGUCAGGGAUGAUGGAAACUACAGUCUGGCCUCAUAAGGAGGGUGGGCAGCCAAGCCUGUGAAAUGAGGUGUGGGUGGAACAGAGGCUCUCUGGGUCUUUGCUUGAGCUCCAUCCCAUUCUCCCCUCAGCGUGUGCUUUCUUUCCCCAGCGCUCCCAGAUCAGCUACAAGUGCAACAUGGUGCCACGGCCGAUUCCUGAGCUCCUAGAGGACACAUCCAGCCACUUGUCUAUUGCUGUGCCUCGCCUCCUCAAGGAGACCUCAGUGUUGUCCUCCUCUUCAGAUUCUGAUGACCCAGAGGAGUUGCCCUACAUUCCCAUGCCCCAUCAGCCCGAAUUUUCCGGCUCCCGCAUGUCGCUCACUGAGAUCCCAACAGAUGAUGAGCCUCUCAGCCCUGAGGGGGCUCUAGCAGAUGAAGAGGGCACAUUGAUGGAGUGGCAGGAUGAUGAGGGGCAGGGAGCUGUGGUGGAUCCCAAGAGAAAGGAAGAAGCAGAGCUCUCUUUCAGGAGGCAGAAGGGCACGUUGCCACGGAAGCGCUCCACAGAGGCUGAGGAGCCUUGCUCUUCUGACGAGGAGACUCGCGAGGCCCAGAAAAGGCCAGAGUACCCCAGGAAGGCCCUGAAGAAAGGCUCCAGCCUGGAUUCCCCAGAAGCAUCUGACAAAGCCUCGCGUAAGGGGGAGCUGCGCCGCGGCAGCUCUGCUGAUAGUGCCCUGUUGCUUAGUCUCCCCUCGGAUGAAGCGGAGCCCCACUCCCGCAAACGCCUGACCAAAGCAGCCUCCAUGGAGCUGCCCCGUCGGAGCCCCAGCCCCGGCACAUUGUACCGCAGGAAGGGCGGGCUGCCAGAGGAAGAAUACACCCAGCGCCUGGAGGUCAUGCGGCAGCGCCUGCUGCAUGGCAGCCCCGUGGACGGCAAGCUGAGCGGCUUGCGGGGGCCGCUGCUGGAGACCCUCGGCCUUGAGAAAAAGGGCUUGAGGCCUCCCAGGCUGGAGAAGCAGCUGUCCCCCGGGCACAAGAUGGUGCGCGCAGCCUCCAGCGAGACGGCUCCACAGCACAUGCCCCCUGAGGGGCGCCUCCUCCAAAAGAGCAGCUCCUUCAGCCAAGGCGACGGGGAGCCUGUCACCCUGCACCGCCGCUCCGGAGCACCGCUGGAAAUCCCUUUAGCCCAGGCCGAAGUCCAAAGGCUGAAAGAGACGCCGUCCCUCUCCGCUCUGAAUGAAUCCAGGCCCCACACGCCACACGAGGUUCCCUCCAAACCGCCUACCCCUGAGGCGGAGGCGGGAACAAAGCCCAUCGGCAGGGCUAGCUUGAGGAGACCAACCGCCAGGGGACCUGAGGAAAAGACGUUGGCGAGAUUGUCCGAACCUGACGCUCCAGAAGCUGUGAAAGCCAUAGGCUCUCCAAGGGAGUCAACAACUCGCACACCCAUCUCUCCCACCCCAGGCAGCUCGGCCCCCAAGCGCUCGGCCUACGCUGAUGUCAUGCAGAGCCUGGCUGGCGAGUCAUCCCAGGUCCCUCACAGGGAGGCCGCAGAACCUUCUGUGGCUGCCUCAGAAGGUAUACCUCAAACCUUUCCAGCUGCAACACAGUCCCACCCCACUGCUGCCUUUGCCAAGAAGGCUGCGCAGACCCCCAGCAAGGAACCCUCCCCCCAAGUUCGCUCCUCCAGUGCUGAGCACAUCCUGGACAUUGACUCUGAAGAGGUCUUUGAGGCCAAAUUCAAGAGAGGCAGGGAAGGCUCCCUCAGCAGGGGCCGCAAGCUGCUCUCCAGGUCUGAGGAGCGGCAGCUGGCCGGGCCGCGGGAAGAGGGCAUCUACCGGCCAGGCCCUGUGGGUGCCCCGCUGGAGCUGUCCAAGUCUGGGGUCUCUCGACACCUGGGCGAGCGCUCUCGUUCUGUGCAGGACCUGCAUGAAGUGGAGAAGGAGGGCGGCUUCAUCCGCAGGAUGUCGAUGCGACUCCGACGCACGCCUCCCGUCGAGAGGAGGAAGGCCAAGGAGGAGGAAGGAGGGGGAGCGAGGCUGUCUGGGGGCCUGGCUUCCAAGGACAAAAAGGACUCGGACAGCCAGCAGUCGGAGCCUGGCUCCAGUGAGUCGCCCGUCAUGGCUGUGCGCAGGAAGAUUGGGACCACCAUGGGGCGCCUCUCCACGCAUCUGCGCAGCCACUCGCAACGUGGCGAGGAAGACCAGGCAGCUGCUGCUGGUGGUGACCGUAUCAGGCAGCCUGAGAAGAAAGCUCCUUUCCUCUCUCACCUGCGCCGUGCAACUUCUGAGGGGGAAAACCUGCGUCAAGUGGGUAUCCCGCAGAACCAGCUGGCAGCCCAGUCUGCAAGUGUCCCUUCCACAGAGUCCUUCCAGUCUGACACAUCCACAGGCAGCGGUGAGCAAUGGUCUACAACCAUUUCCCACCUGGGAAAGUGUGUGUGUGUGUUAUGGUUGAUGUUUCUCCAUUGAGGGAUCAUGGCUCCUCUGGGCAUGUUUAAAGGCAUCCUUUAUAAGUGCUGCAUGACUUUUAACGGGGGGAAGGGAGUGAGGCUUACAAAUUGUAGUUCCACCAACUUGUUGGCCACUUUUUUGGUUGUGGUACAAGUUCCAGGAAAAUGCUGGAGGAACUGGGGAUCAAGGAAGAGAGAAAAAAGAGAGAAUAAUAAGUUGGAUGUUUUAGAGGAUGCUAACACGGCUGAGGUGGAGGAGUGUGUGAUUUGAGAGUGACUAAUCCUGCUCUGGGCACACCACACAUUCAGUAGAAGCUUCUUCUUUGGCGAUCACUUAGCCGAGUAAGAUUGUCUUCCAUAAACACGGUUUUAACAAUGAGUCUGUAAGUGACUGUGGAGGCCAAUUCUGGACCCACACAUCCUUCCACAGUGAGGAUAUUGGUUUCCGGGCGGGAGUUGAUCACGGUGUGGAUUUGCCAAGCGUGCCUUCCUCCUACCACGUUUCUCCCUUGCGUCCUGAGUUUGAGUGUCUACAAAGCCCAUGACACCUUUGGUAAAGGCUGUUCUCCAACUGGAGUGCUCGCAAGCCAGUGUUUCCAGGUUGUCAGUGUUUAUACUACAUUUUUUUAGAUUUGCCUUGAAACAGUCUUUAAAGCAAGCACUGCGUCACUCAGGCCCCCCAACCAUUUCCCAGGAUUCUCUUAGCUUGCGCAAGAAAGAGCCCACCCAUAUCUGUCAUUUUCACAGGUCCUGGUGAAAGCCAGCGGCGCGGUUCUCGCUGGGAACGCUGGAGCUUGUCCAGAUCCAAGAAAGACAAGGUUGCUUCACAGCCCAACAUUCCUGCCAGCCUGAGAGGGGACGGUGUUGUCAUUAUGAGUCAACCCUAUGUGCUCAGCGAGUCAGGUAUGCCCAUGAAGAAGUGUGGGGCCAGAGCUGCCAUUGAGAUAAAUUCAGCCUGGUGUAGCUGGCCAAUGGAAGCCUGAGUUGCUCUCACCUGUUCAGCUAUGCUAGAAAGUUCCAGCCGCCGGGGCAAUUACAGUGGGCCGUUCUAGGGAAACGUGAUGGCGAAGGGCUGAACCUGUGUCUUCUCCACUCCACUCUAUAGCGCAGGGGUGGGAAACCUUUUUCAGCCGGAGGGCCACAUUCCCGCGUGGGCUGCUUGUCAGUGGUGGGCACAGCCAGGGCAAAACUGAGUGGAAGAGGUGGGACUCCUUAGAGCAGGCCAAAUUCCAGUCAAGCAAAAGUCAGAGGUUACUCCUCACACCUCUAAAUGACCAGGCAAGGAAGAGGCAUUAUUACCAUUCAGGGACACAUUCUAGCUAGGCAAAAACACUCAAGGAAAUAAUGGAGCAGGACCAGUGAGGAGUGGAGCAUGGGAAAAAGGGGUGGAGCCUGUAGAGAGAGGCAUUGUGUAGAAUUCUGAGGGCCAGGCAGAGAGUCCUGUGGAGCUGCAAUUGGUCCCAGCCCUGUUACGGGGAUCAUUUCUAUGCUGGGGAUGGAAUUUCUGCCAAACCUUUUAGCACCAUCUAUGUGGUACUUGGAAGCAGCCUCGGAUUUACCCCUUUUAUUCUUUGUCCAACGCAGACUUCCCUCCAGUUUUCCACAUAAAAUUGAAGGACCAGGUAUUGCUGGAGGGAGAGGCAGUGCAACUCUGCUGCCUUCCUGCAGCCAGCCCUGCCCCUCACAUACUGUGGAUGAAAGGUAAGCAUUGUGUCACAAGGAGCGUGUGUGUCUGCAUGUUGGGGCAGGAAGAAGCAAUAUAGUUUCUUGACUCUCAAGAUCAGAAAGGUGGAGUCUGAUACCUGCCGAGUUGUUUCCCAGUGUGUGAUUCCUAACAGGUAUCCUACCAGACAGCCAUGAUGCAAUGCCACCCAAGGCAGGUUCAGCCACAGAGCUAGGAGAGGUCAAGCCCAGAACUGAGCUGCCAUUUGGGCAUCCAUGCUGACAGACCUAGCUGCAUACCCCUGCAUCACCAUGGUGCAAAUUGUGUAUCCUUGCACUGGUUGCCAUCCACAUGGUUACAUUCUCUUGGAACUCAGAAGUGCCAAACUCUGUUGGGAUAGGGACCCCUUGGGUUCAGCCAGGAAAAGAGGUACUCCAACUUCUGAUGAAGCUCACAUGUUUGAGUAACUGAGUGGCAAAGAUGCAUUAGAGCACAAGCUACAGGAGGAGGAUGUAAGGCAGUGUGCGAUAUUGAUAUACCUACAGUGGUUGUACGGAUCGGUUUUCUUGUCCUCUGCAGAUAAGAACACCCUGGUAUCAGAGGGUGUUCUCAACAUUGUGGCAUGUAAAGAUGGCCGCCAGCUGCUCACCAUCUCCAAAGUCUCCAAGAAGGAUGCAGGCUUGUAUGAAUGCAACGCUACCAAUGCACUGGGCACUGCCACCAGUUCCUGCACCCUGGCUGUAGCAAGUAAGUAUAGAAAAAGAGUGCGCUGUGGUUCCCCACCACCCCAACCAAACAUCUAUGAGCUUGUUGCGGCAAUAUAUCUCAUGUAGCAAUGGAAGAGAAAUAUGAUUCAGUGUGCAUUGACAACCGAAUCUAUAAAAUUCACCUAUUCUGAAACAGCUAUCCCUUUACAUUCACACUCAUCUGAAUUCUGAAGUGCAGUUCUCCAACCAAAUAAUCUUUACAAAAAUGCAUGUAUUAUAGGAAUAUAUGCAUAAAAAUGAAGAUAUUUGUGUAAAUACGUGUACCUUAGUUUUUAAAAAAAUGCAUGCAGAAAUUUAUCAAGAGAAAUUUGUACUGAAAUGAUGGUACAUGAGUUUUGUUUUUUUUUAAAUCCACAAAUUCCUGCAAAAUGUGGAGAACUGAAUUUAAGACGGGGGGGAAAUAGAAACUGUGAGAAAUGAAAUCGACAGAUCCUUCCAUCCCAUAUCUCAUUGGUUACUAUCUCAUGCUUUUCCAUUCAUUUCUCUUUUCUCAAACCUGUUCCUAACAGAAAUUCCUGGGAGACCAGGCACCCCAGAAAUCCCCCAGAAGUACAGGAACACAGUCCUGGUGCUAUGGAGGCCAGCAGAUACUCAGGCACCCUGCACGUACACGCUGGAACGGAAGAUGGAUGGUAUGAACUGGUGGGAUGUGGAAAAUAUUGCCAGCUGCUUUCUGCCCUUUCCUUUGCAGAGGCUCUAGUCGUCACAUGCAUUCCCCUGGUUCUUUGUGGACCUUCUGGGGCUCCAUAUCCACCACCUCCAUGUUCGCAUGUGCAGAAUUUUUUAUUCUUCUAAUAAGGCUACAGUGCAACUUGCAGCCAUCUUCUCAUUCCUACUCCUUUAGUUGCCUGCCCAUUCCCAAACAGCUGGUGGUACAUCAAUACCGAAAAGUAUUGCUUCCUAGCAGUCUCCCUUCCCCAUCCUCUUGCAUUAUAUGCAGUUCAGUUACAGAUUCAGUCCAAAUCUGAGGACAAGAUGCGGAGUUCAUCACCUUUCUGUAGAGAUGGGUGUUUAGAUUCAAUCUUCAUGCAAGGCACAACCUCUUGCAGUGAGCCCUCCCCCCUCCCCCCCCCGGAGGCAAUAUCCAGCCACUGUCACACAUGUUUUAGUAACAUGAUCCAGAUUAGCAGAUAUGGUGCACGCCUUACGUGGAGCUGAUUCUAGAAAAGAAACUUCUGAAGUUCAGAAACUUCAGCUGGUGCAGAAUUCAGUAGCUAGGAUGGUGCUUAUCAGAGCAUAUGACUCCAAUAUUGUUCAUUUGCUAACUGUUCCUAAUUCAAAAUCCUGGUUAUGACUACAAAGCCCCAAAACAGUUUGGGACCAAGCUAUUUACAGUCCUGUCUUAUUUGCAUUCUUCCCCAUGCUUUGUGGAGCUCUCUGCCCUGCCCUAAUCAAUCCUCUCUUUACCUGCAUUUCAGUCUGAUACCAAAUCUUUUUUUCUUGUACCGGGUUUUCAUUUGAUCCCCCCCCCCCCCUGCAUUCUGUGGUUUUAUUUUUUUGUUUCUGGUUUUCAGCAUUGGUUUUGUUUGGUCUUUAAUGUGUUAUAUUUACUGCAUAUAGCUUUAAUUGAUGUAUUUCUUCCCCCGCCCCAGGAGAGCAUGAGUGGAAGUUGGUCAGUUCAGGCAUCGCUGACUGCUACUUCAACGUGACAGAUCUCCCCGUUGCGAGCAAUGUCAAGUUUCGUGUUGCCUGUGCUAACAAGGCCGGACAAGGCCCCUACAGCAACCCCUCGGGGAAGGUCUUCAUUGAGGGUGCAGGUGAGGACAUUCCCACCACUACCAGGAAUCCUAGGAGCUGUUGUUUACCCCUACAGGACCUUUAAAAAAUUACAGUUCCCAGGAUUUUAGAGGGGGGAUUUGUUUCAGAUAUAUGGUAUGCUUCAAAAACUGAAUGGUGUGUAUGCAGCCAUUGUGCUUGCAAGUACUCCACAAGCCAUGUCCUAAAUUCUGGCUGCAAGCCCACCUCAUGGUGUCAAGGUGCAGCUGCCCUCGGUAGGGAGGAUAUUUCUUUUAUUGAGCUGGCUCUGUCAUAGUUGGGAUUCCCACUGUUUGGUAGCUGAGAGGGGUUCCCUCUAUAGAUUUUUCCCUUGCCUUCUGAAAAGAGGCAGGCCCUCCACUUUUGAGCCUAAAUCAGCCUCUUCUCCUCUCCCAGAACCCAAGACUGCCUUUUCAGCUCUCACUGCCAAAAAGAGUACAACUGCCCUGGAGAAAGCCGCUUUCACCAGAUCCACCCAGACCCUCACUGACCAGUCUCCCCAACCCGUGCGCAGAAAUACAGGUCCCCUGCCGUCCUCCCCUCCCAGGAAGCACAAGGGGGCAGUGCCGGCACAAGGGGGGAAGGCUCCUGCUGCCCCCAAAGUGACUCAACCUGAGGAAAAGCCUCUGGCCACGGUGAAGGCCAAGCUCCCAAUUGCGGCCCUGGUUCCAUCCUCCAAGGAGGCCUUGUCUUCCGAACCUCCAGCUGUUGCGCCAUCCACCUCUCCAGAGCCAGACUCGAAGCCUUCCAGAACAGCAUCUUCUCUCAGCACCCACAGUGCCUCAGUGCCCACCAGGGUCUCGCCUGCUGCGGCAUCCUCCCCUGGCUCUUCCGUCUCCAAGUUUUCGCCCAUCUCUCCUGCCUUACCAACCCCCGCGGCAGACUCGCCAGUGACCGUCUCCCCGAAAGCUGUUCCCUACAUGGCCACCUCUUUCAUCUCCAUCCCACCAAGGGCGCCCAGCACGACAGAAGGUGCACACAGCCAGCCAGUUACCCCCAGCCCAGAAGAGGGGCCUUCUCACACUCGCUUCCUGAGCCGCAGCGCUACCCCUGGCCGGGACGCUGGGAGUGGGGCUCAGAGCAGGCUCACUUCAACUUCCAAGGACGAGUCGUCGUUGCGCCAAGGGGUCCCUCAAAAACCCUACACCUUCUUGGAUGAGAAAGCAAGGUAAGAGAUCUUUCAUAGGGACAUAGGAAGCUGACAGCCCAGUGCAUGAAGUGGUCAUUCUGGUCCACUGUUAUCUAGCUGUUGGUGCUCCAGGUUCACAGGAGAAAACCUUGUUCCCAGCCCUGCACCUAAAUAUGUCAGGGUCUGAACCUGAGACCUUCUCCUAGAUAGUGUGCAAAGCAGCACAGAAUGCCUCCCUCUAGUCCAUUUCUGGACCAGGAAUUUCUCAGCAUUGGGUGCAGCAACCGACCUUCUCUGAUCCUGGAUGUAACCAAGGGCUCUCAUGUUGUAGCCAUAGCAUUAGCAGCCUCCCUUGCCCCUGUCCAGUGCCUCCAAAGUAUCUUCAGAGAUUUAGACCCCACACCAGAAACCCUCCUUCUCCUCUGUGCCCAAGCGAUGCUAAACCCCCUUCCAUUCCCUUGUGGUACAUUUCAGUCAUGCACUUGACUCUCCGACUCUCAUCUCCACAGGCCCAAUCACACAACCAUGUUUAUUGCAUGAAAAUGGCAAGAAUCGUAUGGCAACUGUUUCAUUUCAACUAAGCCGACGGAGAUUAAACUUGUCAAACAAAUUCAAGAGCUCUUUCUACGCAUUAUGCAGUUUAAAGUAGUAGACCAAAGUGGUAGAAUUCUGGAUAGCACUACUUCAUACUGCUGUGGCUGGGCAACACAUAUCUUUGAAUGUUCCCUCCAAUGCUUUUAAAAAACCUUAUAUGUACUAAACUAGCUUGUCAGAAACAUUUAGUUAUAAACUCUCUUCUUAAUGUGCUUGCUUACUACAUGCAAUGAACUUGUUACAAGAUGGAGCAUUCAAAAAUGUGACACCUUCGCGGCUGUGAUCUGUAGUGGUACUGUCCAAAACUGUACUAUCACAGUCUUAUAGUCUCACUCUGUAAAGCAGAUGGGGAACCUCCAGCCCACAGGCCAAUCUUGGCCCACUCUGUCUUAGCCAAUCCUGGGUAAUUUAGCCAUGUGAAAACUGUUGUCAUAUCCAUUGAACUCUGUGGUUACAUGUGCAGUGCUGUGUAACAGAAGCUAUGUACACUGUGCCUUAGCUUUUGUUAGGCAGGCCUAGCAAGCAUCCAGACAUGCACUUGGCAUGCUCCAUGUAUAUAUGUGCAGGGGCCGGUUUGGAGUGAUUCGGGAAUGUAAAGAGAAUGCCACGGGCAAGCGAUUCAUGGCCAAGAUUGUGCCCUAUGAAACAGAAGGCAAGCAGAGCGUCCUGCAGGAAUACGAGAUCCUAAAGGGCCUACACCACGAUCGCAUCAUGACUCUGCACGAAGCAUACAUCACCCCCCGCUAUCUGGUGCUGAUAGCUGAACACUGCCCCGGGAAGGAGAUCCUCUACCACUUUGUUGACAGGUUUGUUGGGGGGUAGGUUGGGAGGCAGGAGGGGGUUAGGGGUGGGACUCCAGGAUGUUAAGAGGAGAAGCUCUGUGUCUGAGGGUCCACAGAGGGGUUUGGCUAACUAGCAAGGUAACAGAGAGUUGCAAACAUAAAAACCAGGACGAGACAGAAGUGUUGGUCUAGUCACAUGCAAUGGGAGCAUGAAUCAGUUUGUGGGCCUGAAUCAGUUUUAGUUGACCAGAAAAUCCAUGGCAGAGGUGAUAACUUGGCAAUUGAAGAGGGCAAACUGUGCCACUGAGUCAGAAUAGUAGAGCUGAAGGGAAAUAAAAGUAACACAGUCCAGAUACCUCCACUCGACCCAAACAUUUGAACCUAUUCCUUGUCAUCUUCUGCUUUAUAAUGUGGAACAGCAAGAGACAAGUAAAUUAUGCUAUGCUUUAAGACACUGUAGGACACCUUUAGUAAAAUACAUCUAGAUGGUUCAAGGAAGGGCCUGGCUUGAAUGAAGAGUAGUUAGUGACUGAGGACCACAUUAUACAGAGGAAUUUUUUUCCUGCAAUCUUACUUCUGUGAAUAUGUAAAAGAUAAACGGAUAUAAACCUUUCCUGCGCUUUGAUGUUAUGAGAUUGACAUGAGCGGAUUCCUGUGAAUGUGCAACUUGAUGGGUUUACAGUCAUUAGUUGUUAACCCUUGCCUCUCCUAUUCCUCUUGUGGCUGAAAUGCAUAGUAUAUGUUCCUUGAGGCAAAGACCUUUUUUGUUGUUGCUUUGCAUAAGAAAAGGGGUGAGGGAUUCAUUGUCCUCCAGAUGCUGUUGAAUUCUGCCUCUCAUCAGCACAGCCAAUGGCUGAGUUGGUGAGAGUUGGGAAUCCCAAAAACAUCUAGAGGGCCACUGAUUCCCCACCCCUGCUACAAAGCAUCAUGUCGAUUGAUGGCACUGCCAUCAUGAUCAUAUACUGGCAGCAACCUCAGAUCUCUGAGUGCCAGUCCUCAUGUAGCCAAAACAGUGCCACCCAUGAACAAAAGGCUCAGGGAAGCCCCAAGGUUUGCAAAAGUACAAAACAUUUGUGGGGGUGGGGAGACCUAAACAGCCCAAUAAGAACUGAAUGUGCUCAGUGGGCAUAGAAUGCAGACCGAUGGGUAGAAAUGGAAUGCAGUAUGCUGACAGGAGAUACUGUAUUUUGUCACGUCCCACAUGUAUAAAUAGUAGUAUACUAAUUAGUAGUAUAUCAUGAUAAUAAUGAUAAUAACAAAUUAUUAUUAUUAUUAUUAUUAUUAUUAUUAUUAUUAUUAUUAUUAUCAUCGGAUCAUAAGUGGCUUUCUGUUGUGCAACUGAUACUCCUUGCAACACUUUUAAGUGGAAUUUCUUUUUUCAGAAGAGUCUGUAUAGAGCACAGGUUUCCAGAGCCUCUUAUUUUAAUUUUAGUGCAUUUGGCAGCCAAAAUGUCUAUGUCUCUGUCCUGGAUAUAGCACUGUUCAAUAUUAUGACUAAUGACUUCAGUAAAACAUUAGAUUUUGCUGAUGAUACAGAACCAGAGUGGGUGGGGGAAGGAAUUGCAAAAUGUUUAGGCUAUGAUUCAAAUCAGAAAGAUCACAAUCAGUUGGAGCAUUGGGUGGGCUGGGGGUAAAACACCCAAACCCAACAAAUGGAUAAAACACAGGACAGAAAACCCCAAGUGGACACAAGACAACUAGAGGUAACUGCUGCCUAUUUCCCUAAAGGGUUGAGGGGCUGCCUCGCCCCUAUGUUUCAGACUCCAUGUGAUUCUUCAAACCCUGCUGUGGUUCCAGCAACCUGAUAGCCCUCUCCUCCUCCAUGAAUUUGUCUCAUCCUCUUUUCAAGCCAUCCAACUUGGUGGCCUUCACUGCCUCCUGUGAGAGCAAGCACCAUAGCUUGGCUGGUGCUGCGUGAAGAAGUACUUGGUUUUGUCUGUCCUGAAUGUUCCAACAUUCAGCUUCAGCAGAUGUUGACGAGCUCUAGCAUUAUAAGAAAAGGAAUAUGGUGGUGGUAUUUAGUCACGAAAAGUGGAAUCUACAGCAACAUGUUGCAGUGUGGAGUGCUUCUGUUCAGUCAGCCCCUCGUGCCUUUGUUCCAUUUUCCAUUCCACCCAUUUCUCUGAUGUUCCUCCAGCCAUCGGUCAAAAUUCCAUGGCUGCUAAGUCUGCUUAAUCCUCCCUGGGAUGUCCUUUGGGGCGUUCCUGUCCUGUCCCUGUCCUCCCUCCUGUGUGAGGACAGUGCUAUUUUGAUUGCACGUGCAAAGCCUAAGCAGCAGGAACAAAGGAAAUUGCAAAGUAAUCUAGAGCAGAAACAGGGUGGUGGUGAAGUGACUGAAAGUAAAAAUGAAAAUAAGAAAAUAAGAAACUAACAUAUUGAUCAGCUCUUGACCAUUUAAUGUCCCCCGUUGUCACACAGCAACACACAAGGAUGAGGUUGGGGUGGGGUUAAAAUUUUAACUUCCAACCACUGUCAGCAAAAGACAUCAUAGGUGGGCUUUGAAUGGGAUUGUACAGACAGGGAAAAGUUUUUAAAGAAAAGAUCAGUUCAACAAAUGUAUAAAACAGAAACAAAAAUAGAUGUAUAAGCUGUUUUUUAAAAAAAAUAAAAUAUAAUCAUGGGUUUGCACUGUGUAUAACAUAAACUCACCAGUGUGCUUAUUUAGGAGUAAUGGUACCAUAUUGUUGUUUAAUUGUACCAGUACAAGUGUAAGUGCAAGGGAAGGGUUCUUGUGUCCUUCGCUCUAUCCUUUCGAUGACAUGCUUUACUCUACAGGUUCCGUUACUCAGAGGAUGAUGUGGUGGGGUACGUAACACAGAUCCUCCAAGGACUAGAAUAUCUGCAUGGACGGCGCAUCAUUCAUCUUGACCUGAAGCCUGAUAACAUCAUUGUCAGCCCCACAAACACAUUAAAAAUUAUUGACUUUGGCAGUGCCCAGACCUACAACCCACUGGUGUUGCGCCAGCUGGGGCGUCGUGUUGGCACACUGGAGUACAUGGGUGAGUAUCUUUAUGGAAUUGGCAUACCAGAAGAUUGGGUAGGGGAGGAUGUGCGUGAGAUUUUGUGGGCAAAACAAACUGCUUGUGGAGUAAGUUUGCCAUGGAAUGAACAUACGUGGUACCUAUAGGCCGAGCUAUACAUGUGGCUAAUGGGUUGAAGUUGCAUACCAUUUAAUUGACAAAGGGACUAGCAUCAAAGAGUGGAGAUGGCAGAAAUGGGGGGAUUCCUCCCUCCCCAGAAUGUUAAGUUCUUGGUUUCGUAGGCUACUCUUUUGCAGGACUCACACUAGGAGAUGAGGACAGAACUUUAAAUCAUAGAGUUGGAAGGGACCCUCAGUAUCAUCUGGUCCAACCCCCUGCAAUGCAGGAAUAUGCAGCUGUCCCAUACAGGAAUCGACCUGCAACCUUGGCAUUAUCAUCACCAUGCUGUAGCCAACUGAGCUUUCCCCAGACACUUUACUGUUAGGUUUGUGUUUGUGUGUGUGUGUGUGUGUGUGUGUGUGAGAGAGAGAGAGAGAGAGAGAGAGAGAGAGAGAGAGAGAGAUUUGCUGCUCCAGGCUUAGAGCUGUUUACUUUACACAGUUUUGUUCACCUCCCAGGCUAGACCACAGAUGAUUCACUUGCAUCUUAACCAUAGAGUGGCAGAGGAUCAAUCAGCUUAAUCCAGUGGGUCUCACCAGCACAACAAACAGAAGCCCCUCUGGGCUCAUUAUGGCAAUUUAUUUAUUUAUUUUUGUAUAAGAUUUAUUGCCCACCAUUCACCAUAAGGUCCCAGGAAAGCUUAUAAAAAUAUAAUCAUACAAUUAUAAAAGCAAGUAAGGCAGUUUAUACAACUAUUAAAAAAACACAAGUAAAACCAGCAGUGAGGUGGCAUGGAGGGGCAGAGACACCUACCUGACUUUCUGGCAUGUGAUCCACUGCCGUUUACCAGGAGAGAAAAGGGGGAUGGGAGGGACACUGGCAUGGUGCAAACACACCAACUCCCAAAUUUGCAGCCAGCUCACCUCUCCAAAUAAGCAGUAGUGACUGACCUAUCAGGAGGUCAGGUAUACACUUCCCCCCACCCCACUGUCCACCCCUGAGUAAAAGAGUUCCAAAUAAAAGCAGCACAGUAUAGGUUAAACAAAAAAACCUUUAACUGUCAAAGGCCAGGGUAAAGUGGUGCAGCUUCUAUGCAGGGAAAGAUAUGACCCUUCACUGUUUACUUUGCAGCUCCAGAAAUGGUGAAGGGGGAUCCCAUUGGUUCGGCAGCUGACAUCUGGGGCUUGGGAGUCCUCAUAUACAUCAUGUAAGUAUGGCUGAAGAGGACGAAUGUGGGAAUCUGACAAGCAGGGGAGAAGAGGUGGAAUUAGAAAUGGAUGUCCAGAGCCUUCUUUUCUGACUCACCUGACCAGAUUCACUUAAAGGACAGGAUUAUCCUAGACUCCUGCCUGCAGUCAUAUAUCUCUGAUGCACCAUAAAAACUUAUCCAUAAAAACUUCAGAUCGGUACCUCUGAUCGGUAUCGUGGAGGUGCUGUUCCUCCCUUGCAGCUGGGAGUGCUGGUUUGAUGGACGAGUGAUAUUGUGCAUGUGUGUGCCCUGCACUUUUAUCUUCUAUUUUGCUUGUCAGGCUCAGCGGACGCUCCCCAUUCUUUGAGACGGAUCCCUUGGAAGUAGAGAGCAGGAUCCUGGCAGGGCGUUAUGAUGCCUUCAAGUUGUACCCCAACGUCUCCCAGAGUGCUGCACUCUUCAUCCGCAAGGUUCUCUCUGCCCAUCCAUGGUGAGUGAAAGGAGUGAAAGGCCUUGGAGGCAACGCCAUGGGAUGGGUGGCGAGGAAAAGUUGCCUUCGUAAAGAGCAGUGGAACAGACAGAUCUAGAAUCUGGGGGAGCUUCAAGGCAAGACUCAGAUUACUGAGGUUUCUCUCUCUGGUGGCAUUUGGGCCAUGGGAAUGGUGCUAUGGCCAUAGCCCCUGUGUCAAAAAAGCAGGUACUGCUUAGUCUUGGAUUAGUCUGGAGUUCAGUAAUAAAGUCCUGAGAGCUAAAUGAGCUGCUGAGGUUGAGAAUUCCUGAGCAGAUCUUUCCAGCAGUAGCAGAAUGCAGUCUGAGUCCAGCAUCCCUGAGAUCACCAUCACCCUUCAUGUUUAAAGUGUUUGUACCAGGGAUGGGGAACAUCUGGCCCUAUAAAUGUCCUUUGACUCCCAUCAGCCCUAGCCUAAAUGGCCAGUGGUCAGGGAUGGUGGGAGUUGCAGUCCCUCUGGACUAACAAUACUAGGACCUGUAAUUCCAAACCAUGCAACCCUAGGCAUGUGUGCCUGGAAGUAAAUUCCACUGUGCUCAACAUGGUGUACUCCCAGGUACUCCUGGUGAGUGAGAAUGGGCUGUUCUAGGAGAUGAGAGUCCUGAGCUAUAUCCUCAGUCCCCAACUUUUCUGCUACAAAUGUUUGGGGAAGGACUGUUGCCCAGUGAUGGAGCUUGUGAUUAUGUUCUGCAUGCAAAAACCAUGGCUUAAGGAAAUAUAGCUUCCUUGGCUUAAGGAAAUAUAGCUACAAAAGGGAGAAUUCCUGGUUGUCAAGAUCCAGGUUUGAGGCAAGUAAGAGAACCCCAGCAGAGAUUUAAAAUCACAAAACACGCAGCAAAUUAAGGCGUGCCAAGAUAGGCUGUUAGACCUUUAAAAUGUGCAUCCUUUAAAGUGAGUUCCAAAGUUUCCCUCUUCCCCUAACAUAGAAAAAGACCACAUUUGGUAUGUUAAAAAUGGUUUACAUAUAAACUCUUCAACAGUCAGAUUCAUGUGCUUUAGAAAACUGCACAGGCAGCAAAACUUGGCUUAGUUACAGUGGUGAUGGUUCCUAAAUUAUUGGUAUAGGUAGAAGUCAAGAGUGGCUUGUGAGAGCCAUUCAGCUAAGCUGGAGCAACCAGGUUAGCCUCUUCUCAGGUGGACCGAAGGAGAACAAAGGCUUGAAUGCCCAGUUCCUCCCAAGGUGAGCUAAGCCUGGCAGGACAGCUUACUCUAUGAUCUUAACCCUUUAAGGCAUUAAUUAGACUUAAGAACAUUGCCUAUAUGAGGCUGGUUAGCCCGCAAAAACUCCUAGGUUCAGUCAUCUGAGUGUCCAGGUAGGGCUGGGAAGGGCUGCUGCUCCUGAGCUAGAUGAAGCAAUGGCCCAGCUCGGGAUAAGGCAGCUUCCUGUAUGUUGUCCACAGCUCAUUCCUCCAGUCAUGUUCCUACUUCCUCCUUGUUCUUCUGGGUCUGGGGAGGGGAAAGGCAGCCUCAUCCUAAUAUCCCUUGGCCUUGCAGGAGCCGCCCAGCUCUCAAGGACUGCUUUGCCAACCCGUGGCUCCAGGACGCCUACCUGAUGAAGCUGCGUCGGCAGACCCUCACCUUCACCACCAGCCGCCUGAAAGAGUUCUUGGUGGAGCACCAGCGGCAGCGCAACGAGGUGGCCACCAAGCACAAGGUCUUACUGCGCUCCUACCAUGGCGCCAGCAGCCACAUGCCCUAGCCGCCUGCCCUGCCGGAGGAGCCACAGAACAUUCCAGCAGGGGGCGUGAUGGGCCAAGUACCCACCCAGCCAGCCAGGGUGGGACUUGUUGAUAUACCUCAUGGAUCAAGAAGAGUCGUCAGCACUGGCCGCUGUUCUUUGCUCUACCUACCAGUCCUGGAGGUAGCCUGGCCCAGAGAGAGGGAGCCUGGGGGCCGAAAAUGGCAGAUUGACAAGAUUCGCUGGGGUUGGGUUCAGGGAGGUAUGAAGCACUGUGGGCCAUGAAGCCAUGCUGUUCCCAGGCCAAGGUCAAGGGGGGAGGAAAAAGCCUUGACGUUUCCUUGUCUAAAUAAACUCCUCCUCCCCGUGGGGAUGCCAAGGGCCCUUCCUGUAUUGUGCCUCAAGGGCUGCGUCUGUACCCUGCGUAGGUCAGGUGCAACCAAGCGCUCCCAUUGACUUAACAGCAGAUGCAAAACAUGCCGGCUGCAGCCACUGAGCAAUGGGGCAUCUCUUCCUUACAUGCCAGGCUGAGCUGGGAAGAUGACAAUGAAGGAUCAACCCGGAAGUACUGCAGAUAAGGCAUUUCAGCAAUGGAAAACUCCAACCCCCCACCUGUGCAGCCAACAUAUGCAGUAUAGGGAGUAUAAUGGAUGUUUCUGGCCCCCAAGGCAGGGGCUGGGAGGGAAGGUGCACAUUAAAUCCACAGCACCCCUACACUUAAGACAGCAGCUAAUAACAAAGACUGCUGGAGUCAAGGGCUGAUGUUACUUUCCCUGGGGUUCCUCUCCACUCAGCUCUGCUUGGGUAUCCAGAAGAAGCCAAUCAUGUGAGGCACCCACCAGUUUUCCCCUGUUUACAUACCUACCAUCCCACAAUGCCUCUUCUUUGCUGCUGCCUUCCUUGUGUUUUUCUGACACGGAUACACGCAGCCCAGUCCUACCUUAAGCUUCAGAACCAGUGCAGAAGAUAGAUGCCUUCUCUCCCUGCAUGCCUUUCUGAAUCAAGGACAUGCUUCAGAUACACCACCCCCUCAUACAUUUGCCUACAUGAACCCGCCUCUCUUCCAGUGCUCUUUUGCCAUAGCCCCUUCUGGCACCUACAGAACACUCACAAUGGCACAGAGACAGGCAGAGGUCCUCCAAACAGGCACCUUCUCCUUUUGCAGUCAGGCACACAUGUGACCUUACAUGGCCUCUGGUGGUGGGUGGGUUGAAGAGGACAACAGGGUGGGUUCUAAGUCCUGGGAUGGGGGUAGUGGCCGUUUGUUUCUCUGCUCUUGACCUGUGUAGUGUCCAUAGCAAACCAGACCUGACAUACCCCACUGAGAAUGGUGGAGGCCAUUUUGAAACUGAGUCUACAAGUUUUCACAGCUGCGCCUUAGGGCAACCCAGGAGGGACAAACCUGGAUUUUGUAUGGGUAGGGAAUGAAGAGAAUGUACCAUUGGCGCAGAGUUGAAAGCAGACCUACCAAAUGAAGCAGACCUACCUAACCACCCCCACCUUGGCUGUGUGAAUCCAUGACCAUGGUUCCCCAUCUCAGUCUUUUCACCCCAUGCCCCAGUGUGUUUUGAUUGUGAAGAUGCUCGUUUCCCUGUGGCAUGGAGCAAGCAAAGCAAACCAGGACUGCUUCCAGAUGGGUGGCUUCCUAGCGCUAAUAAAUCAUUGCUCUUCCACUGUAAGGUACAAGAGGAAUUGCACACUAUCAGGGAUAUUGCACUUUUCUGUAUGUUCAUCCUGCUAUGUUCCAUCCACACCAGUGGGUGUGACAGAGCUCCUGGGUGGGGGAGGGGGAGGAAAGAUCUAAUUCACCUAAGUGGCCAUUUGAAGAAGAAACCUGAGUGAUUCUUAAAAAAAUAAAAUAAAAAUCAGUUAUUUAUUUAGCGCUAAGCACUUCUUCAUUAAAGUGUGAUCGCCCAUGAUUGCUAUG